AUGAAGAAGAAGAAUUUGAACAUCUGUGGAAAAUACGGUGAGGAGCUGGGAGAACCUGAGGGGAGCUGGUUNCGUGAUGGCCAGGUUCUUUCCGCCGCAGCUCUGCCCGGCGUCCAGAUCUCGUUCAGCGACGGCCGCGCUGUUCUGAGCAUCCCCGCUGUGACCGCCGCACACAGCGGACGCUUUUCUGUCAGAGCCACCAAYGGCGCUGGACAAGCCACGAGCACCGCUGAGCUCCUGGUUACAGCCGAGACGGCGCCACCGACCUUCAUUCAGAGACUCCAGAGCUCCACGGUGAGGCAGGGCAGCCAGGUGAGGCUGAGCGUCAGAGUCUCAGGCAUCCCCACACCGGUGGUGAAGUUCUACAGGGAGGGAGCCGAGAUCCAGAGCUCUGCCGACUUUCGGAUCCUGCAGGACGGAGACCUGUACAGUCUGCUGAUCGCUGAGGCCUUCCCAGAGGAUUCUGGGGCGUAUUCUGUGACGGCCACCAACAGCAGCGGGCGGGCCACGUCCUCCUGCGAGCUGCUGGUUCAAGGUGAAGAAGCAGUUCCCAUUAAGAAAACAAAGACGAUCAUGUCCACCUCCCAGAUGGAGAUGUCCGGAACCACAGUGGAGAGGAAAUCCAUGGAGGCCAGUUUCCAGGCCACCACCAUGAUGGAGAUGCAYGUUGAAGGAGGAAUCAUGACUCAACACAUUGCUCACAAAACCCCACCGAGGGUCCCACCGAAACCCACAUCCAGGUCUCCGCCGUCCUUCGUCUCCAAGGUAACGGGAGGCCGCCAGCAGUCGCCUUCACCCGUCAGACACGUGAAGGGGCCAACKCCCGCGCCUGUCAGACCCGUCUCUCCCUCCAGCAGGAUGUCCAUCUCUCCCAUCCGACCUGUCCGGUCUCCUGUGAUGACCAGAAAACAGRUAUCUGGGUCCGCUGAGGUUCUGCCGCCCUGGAAGCAGGGAGAUUACGUGGCUGAAGGCUACACCAGUAUGACCAGCAUGACCAGUAUGAGCAGCAUCAGCAGCUCCACACAGCUGCACAUGGAGAAACAGUGGGAGCAUCAGGUGGCCACCAGCAGAGAGGAGGCGGUCGCUGUGCCAAUGAGAGCCCAGGAACCUGCACUCCCUCCCACUAUCCUGGCAGGCCUGAAAAACCUGACAGUGACAGAGGGCGAAUCAGUGACCCUGGAGUGUCAGAUCAGCGGUCAGCCCGCCCCCAUCAUCAUGUGGUUCAGAGAGGACUACAAAAUCGAGAGUUCAAUCGACUUCCAGAUCAGCUAUGAGAACGGCAUCGCCCGGAUGAUGAUCCGCGAGGCGUUUGCCGAAGACAGCGGWCGCUUCACCUGCACCGCCACUAACGAGGCCGGAACCAUCAGCACCUCCUGCUACCUGCUCGUUAAAGUUUCAGAGGAAAUAGAGAGCAGAGAGGAGAUGGUGACUGUCACAGAAACUGGGCUCACACAAGCCAAAACCGUUGCUGUCGAGAUGAGGGAGCAGACAGAGAUCAGCACAGGAGAAACUGCUGCCCCCUUCUUUAUUAAGAAGCCCACUCCCCAGAAGCUGGUGGAGGGAGGAAGUGUUGUGUUUGAGUGUCAGAUUGCAGGAAACCCAAGACCUCACAUCAUUUGGAAGAAGAGCGGCAUUCCGCUCACCACUGGUUACAGAUAUAAAGUUGCCUACAAAAAGGAGACUGGCGAAUGCCGACUGGAGAUCUCGAUGACCUUCGCUGAUGAUGCAGGAGAAUACUCCGUCUUUGCUAAGAAUCCUCUCGGGGAAGCGUCAGCCACUGCCAUCCUGCUGGAUGAAGAACAAUAUGAAGCCUACAUGAAGCAGCAAGAUGUGACAUAUAAAACCGAAGUGACGACAACCGUGGUCCAGGAACCUCWGCCAGUCGUAGCUCAGUACGAGUUUGAACAGAGGMGGGUGACGACCCCCAUGAGCUUCGUCUCAGAAACGGAGUUCAUGAUUUCAGCUUUUGAGGAGAGGAUCAUCCAGGAGAUUGAGAUCCGUAUCUUGAGGAUCACCUACAGAGAGUUGGUGACCGAGGACGGAGAGCUGAUGGUGACUGUCGCAGAAGAAGAGGCGCUGCAGCCGGCCUUCGAGACGCCAGUGAAAAACUACCGGAUCAUGGAGGGAAUGGGCGUCACUUUCCAYUGCAGGAUGUCUGGCACGCCGCUGCCUAAGAUUGUUUGGUACAAAGACGGCCAGCGCAUCCGGCCCGGUGGCCGGUACCAGAUGGAGGUCCUUCAGGAUGGACGAGCCAGCCUCCGUCUGUCUGUGGUUCAACCAGAGGAUGAAGGAGUGUACACCGCCUUCGCCUCCAACAUGAAGGGAAAUGCCGUCAGCUCAGGGAAGCUCUACGUGGAGCCUUCUGGAGGUGUAACCCCUCCCAGUUACACACCACAGCCAUCAAUGCAGAGGAUCAGAUCCGCAUCUCCUCGCUCUCUGAGCCGCUCUCCUGGCCGUUCACCUGGUCGUUCACCUGGACGUUCCCCAGCUCGCCGCCUCGAAGAGACUGAUGAAAUUCACCUGGAAAGACUUUACAAACCAGUGUUUGUUAUGAAGCCUUCCUCUAUCAAAUGCGCAGAGGGACAAACUGCCAGAUUUGACUUAAAGGUUGUAGGCAGGCCAAUGCCUGAAACCUACUGGUUCCACAAUGGACAACAAAUUGUCAACGACUUCACACACAAGAUAGUAAUUAAGGAGGACGGCACUCAGUCCCUGAUCAUUGUCCCAGCUGUGCCAAAAGACUCUGGAGAAUGGACCGUUGUUGCUCAGAACCGAGCUGGACGAACAUCUGUUGCCGUUAAUCUCUCUGUUGAAGCCAGAGAAAGCGUAUCCAGACCUCAGUUUGUUGAAAAACUGAAGAACAUCACCGUGAAGCAGGGCACAUUGGUGGAACUGGCUGUCAAAGCCAUUGGAAACCCCCUACCAGAUAUUGUUUGGUUGAAAAACAGCGACAUCAUUACUCCAUCAAAGCACCCACACAUCAGGAUUGAAGGAACCAAAGGAGAGGCCAAAUUCCAGAUUCCUUCAUCUGCUGGCCCAGACAGCGCCUGGUACACCGCCACAGCCAUCAACAAGGCUGGCAGAGACACCACCCGCUGCAGAGUCAAUGUGGAGGUAGAUCACUCUGUGCCGCAAGCUGAGAGGAAGCUCAUUAUUCCCAAAGGAACCUACAAAGCCAAAGAGAUUGCCGCUCCAGAGCUGGAGCCUCUCCACAUGCGUUAUGGCCAAGAGCAGUGGGAGGAAGGCGACCUUUAUGACAAGGAGAAGCAGCAGAAACCAUUGUUUAAGAAGAAACUCACSUCCAUCAGGAUGAAGCGCUUUGGUCCAGCCCACUUUGAGUGCAGGCUGACUCCAAUUGGAGACCCCACCAUGGUGGUGGAUUGGCUGCAUGACGGAAAGCCUCUGGCUGCUGCCAACAGGCUGCGUAUGGUCAAUGAGUUUGGCUACUGCAGCCUGGACUAUGAGGCUGCUUAUGCAAGAGACAGUGGUGUGAUCACCUGCAGAGCAACCAACAAGUUUGGAGUCGACCAGACCUCGGCUACCCUGAUCGUYAAGGAYGAGAAAGGCCUUGUUGAGGAAUCUCAGCUUCCUGAAGGCAGGAGGGGAGCAUAUCGAAUGGAUGAGAUUGAGCGCAUUGCUCAUGAGGGAGGACCUGCAGGAGUCAGCCUUGAUGAUGAAUCCGAAAAGACAAAACCUGAAAUUGUCCUGCUUCCGGAGCCAGCCAGGGUGCUGGAAGGAGACAUCGCUCGGUUCCGCUGCAGAGUGACCGGCUAUCCGGCUCCAAAGGUUAACUGGUACCUCAAUGGACAACUCAUCCGCAAAAGCAAGAGAUACAGACUUCGUUACGAUGGUAUUUACUACCUGGAGAUUGUUGACAUCAAGUCGUACGACUCCGGCGAAGUCAGAGUGGUUGCAGACAAUCCUUUAGGCACAACUGAGCACACUGUGAAGCUGGAGAUCCAACAGAGAGAGGACUUUAGAGCAGUGCUGCGUCGCGCUCCGGAGCCCAAAGCUGCUGAGGUCCCACAUGAUUCUGGCAAAAUCGGAUUUGACAUCAUCAAGGUGGACAGACCUGGUGAGGUCCCACAGGACAGGGAAGUAGUUAAGCUGCGUAAGGCACAGAGAAUCGUUCAUGAGAAAACCUCUGAGGAGUCUGAGGAGCUGAAGAGCAAGUUCAAGCGCAGAACAGAGGAGGGCUUCUAUGAAUCUAUCUCUGCAGUAGAAUUCAAAUCUCGCAAGAGGGAUGACUCCUAUGAAGAUCUACUAAAAAAGACUAAAGACGAGCUACUUCAUCACAUGAAAGAGAUGGAAGAAGCUGAAAGGAGGAGGAUGGAAGAGCAAGGCAAUAUCACCAUCCCCACAAUCAAACCAGACAGGAUCCAGCUGUCACCCAGCAUGGAAGCCCCACACAUCCUCGAACGGAUUGGAAGCAAGACUGUUUCUCCAAAGGACGAGGUUCGUUUCAGAGUCAGAGUUGUUGGUAGACCAGAACCUGAGUGCCAGUGGUUCAAGAAUGGCAUUCUUCUGGAAAAAUCUGACCGUAUUUACUGGUACUGGCCUGAGGACCAUGUGUGUGAACUGGUGAUUAGAGAUGUCACAGUAGAGGACUCUGCUAGCAUUAUGGUUAAGGCCAUCAACGUCGCUGGAGAGUCGUCAAGCCAUGCCUUCCUUCUUGUACAAGCCAAGGCAGCCAUUAGUUUUACCCAAAACCUGGCAGAUGCCAGUGCAAAUGAGAAGGACACCAUGGUGACCUUUGAAUGUGAAACCAACGAACCAUUCGUCAAGGUCAAAUGGCUGAAGAAUGAUGUUGAGAUUUUCUCAGGAGACAAAUACAGGAUGCAUUCUGACAGAAAGGUCCACUUCCUGUCUGUGCUGAUUAUUGAAAUGAGUGAUGACGCAGAAUACUCAUGUAUGGUCAUAGAUGACGAGAAUAUCAGGACUAAUGCAAGGCUCCAUGUAGAAGGUGCCGCCCUGGAGCUCAACAAACAUUUGGAAAACAUUGAAGUACCAGAGAGCUACGCUGGAGAGUUUGAGGUUGAGGUUUCUCGUGAAGAUGCUGAGGGAAAAUGGUUCUUUGGCGAGAAGGAGCUCUCUCCCAGCAGUAAAUACGUUAUAUCCUCCCGCCGAGGACGGCACACCCUGGCUGUCAAGGACGUCAGGAAGGACGACCAGGGGACGUACAGCUUUGUUUGUGGAGAUCUGAGGACCAGCGCCUCACUGAAAAUGAAAUUGCGACCCGUGACUCUAAUGCAGCCGCUGACUGACCUUACCAUCUGUGAGGGUGACAUUGCUCAGCUGGAGGUCAGGUUCUCCCAGGAGAAUGUUGAAGGUACCUGGCUGAAAAACGGCCAGGCAAUCUCUGCCUCAGACCGCGUCCACAUCGUCAUCGACAAACAGGUUCACAAACUGCUGGUGGAGAACGUCAGCAGAGAAGACGCUGCUUCCUACUCAUUUGUAGUUCCAACUCAUGAGAUCUCCACCUCAGGCAAACUCAAUGUGCAAACUAUCGACAUUGUGGUGCCACUGAAGGACGUGUCGUCCAUYGAAGGCACAAAGGCUGUCCUUGAGUCCAAGAUCUCAGCUCAGGACAUCAGCUCUAUCAAAUGGUACCACAACGACAAGCUGCUGAUCCCAGGUGACCGAGUCCAGGCUGUGGCAAAGGGCACCAAGCAGCGACUUGCCUUCACCAGGACCUUUGCUUCAGACGAAGGACAUUACAAACUGGUGGUCGGCAAGGUCGAAACCAGCUGCAACCUGACUGUUGAACAGGUCCAUAUUGUGAAGCACAUGGAGGACAGAGUGUGCUCAGAGUCCCAGAACGUUACCUUCAACGUUGAGGUUUCAYAUCCUGGAAUCGACCCACUCUGGACCUUCAGGAACCAGCAGCUCAAGGCUGGACCUAAAUACAAGAUGGAGUCCAAGGGAACGGCUCACUCCUUGAUUGUAUUAGACACCAUGAAAGAUGAAGAGGGCCAGUACAUGUUCCAUGCUGGGGAGAAGACAUCCAGCGCUCAGCUCACUGUCUCUGGUGGCGCCAUCACACGGCCUCUGCAGGAUGUGACGGUGGCCGAGUCUCAGACCUCUGAGUUUGAGUGCGAAGUCGCCAAYGCUGAAGCUGAAGGCAAGUGGCUAAAGGACAGUCAGCUCGUGAACUUCAACGAGAACGUUGUGAGUGAGGUGAACGGGUCCGUCAGACGUCUCGUCAUCGUCAUCACCAGGCCACAGGAUGUCGGAGAGUACACCUACCAGGUGGCCAACUCCAAAACCAGCGCAAACCUCAAGGUGGAAGCUGUGAAGAUCAAGAAGACUUUGAGAAACCAGACAGUCACAGAGACCCAGGAGGCCAUGUUCUCACUGGAACUCACCCACCCGGACGUGAAAGGAGCCCAGUGGAUCAGGAACGGAGUCGAACUGCAGAACAGCGACAAGUUCGAGAUUAUCUCAGAAGGAACGAUCCAGACUCUGAAGGUGAAGGACUGCAACACACAAGAUGAGACGGUUUAUUCCUUCAAGCUGGGGAAACUGUCCGCCACUGCCAGACUCAAUGUAGAGACAAUCAAGAUUGUCAAGAAGAUUAAAGACGUGAAAUCCCUGUUGGACGGCACCGCCUCCUUCGAGUUGAGCCUGUCGCACGACAAUGUCCCCGUCAGGUGGAUGUUCAAAGGCGUCGAGCUGAAGGCAAGCGAGAAAUGCAAGAUUUUGUCGGAGAGGAAAGCUCACAAACUGAUCCUGCAGAACGUCGACAGCAGCAACGCAGGAGAGUACACGGCCGUGAUCGGACACCUGCACUGCAGCGCCAUGCUUACUGUAGAGGCUCUUUGUGUCACCAAACCAAUGGAGAGUGUGGAGGUGCCUGAGACCCAGGUGGCCACGUUUGAGUGCGAAGUUUCUCACUUCAACGUGCCGUCCACCUGGCUCAAAGACGGCGUGGAGAUUGAGAUGAGUGAGAAGUUCAGGAUCGUGGUUCAGGGSAGACUUCACCAACUGAAGAUCAUGAACACCAGCAGGGAAGACUCUGCRGAGUACACCUUCAUCUGCGGGAACGACAAAGUGUCGGCGACGCUUACCGUCAACCCUGUCCUGAUCACCUCCAUGCUAAAUGACCUGAACGCUCAGGAGAGAGACACCAUCACCUUUGAAGUCACCGUAAACUAUGAGGGCAUCACCUACAAAUGGCUGAAGAAUGGCGUAGAGGUCAAAUCAUCGGAAAGAUGUCAAGUCCGCAGCCGGCAGCUCACACAUUCACUCACUAUCCGAAAUGUCCACUUUGGAGACGGAGGAGAAUACCAGUUUGUAGCAGGCUCUGCUGCUAGCGCCGCUAACCUCUUUGUUGAAGCUCGUGUGAUUGAGUUCACCAAGAAGAUUAAAGACAUAAAGAUAACYGAGAAGAAGAAGGCGAUGUUUGAGUGUGAAGUUACUGAGCCGAACAUCCAGGUGAUGUGGAUGAAGGACGGCCAGGAGUUGGACUUAACUGAGGAAAGGUAUGUAAUGACAGCCGAGAAGUUUGUCCAUCGUCUGAUGAUCCAGACGGUUCGUAUGUCAGACGCUGGAGAGUAUUCAGUCGUGGCCGGAUCCAGCGUUUCCAAGGCCCAGCUGAUCGUAGAGGGACGUGACGUCCGCAUCGCUGAACCUGCAGAGCGCGAAAUCAUGGUUCUUGAGAAACACAGAGCAACCUUUGAGUUUGAGGUGAAUGAGGACGACGUCGAAGGACGCUGGCUGAGGAACGGCGUGGAGAUCCAGUUCUCUGUGGAGGAAAGAUUCAGCUAUGUUGCCAUCAGGAAGCUGCACCGCCUCACCAUCUCUGAGACYUACAGGAGUGAUGCUGGAGAAUAUACUUUCAUCGCCGGAAAGAACAGGAGCACCAUGCACCUGAGAGUCAACAUCCCGGAGCCUCCUCAGAUCCUCCGUCACAUGGAGCCCCAGUCAGUGGAGGCRGGAAAGCCGGCUCGCUUCUCCGUUCAGGUGAGCGGCGUUCCUCCACCGCAAGUCUCCUGGUACAAAAACUCCCAGGCUCUGUCGCCGGGCUUCAAGUGCAAGUUCCUUCACGACGGCAACGAGCACACGCUGCUUCUGAUCGAAGUAUUCCCCGAGGAYGCCGCCAUCUACAACUGCGAGGCGAAGAACGACUACGGCACGGCCACCAGCACCGCCACGCUAAAUGUGGAAGUGUCAGAGGUGGUGUCUCCAGACUCCGCUGCCCCCAUCGCUCCGCCCGUCAUCAUCUCACCCAUCUCCAACACCUCAGCCAGAGAGGGAGAAUCCGCUCACUUCCAGUGCAGAGUCCGUGGAGACGAUGUGAAGAUCAGCUGGUUCCACAAGGAGAAAGAGAUCAAGCAGUCAGACUUCUUCAGGAUGUCUCAGUUUGACGACAGCUGUCAGCUGGAGAUCUCCAGAGUUUACCCAGAGGAUGAGGGGGAAUACACCUGCGUGGCCACAAACGACGCCGGGAAAGUGUCCUGCUCUGCCACUCUCACACUGGACGUGACUGUUGUGAGGGAGCAGAUCGAAGCCACAAUUGAAGAAGAAGUUAAAGAGCGUUCUAGCACCACCAUCACCACUGUGGAAGAACGAGAGGAAACCUUCUACACUGGUGUCCAGUUACCACAGAAAUCUAAAACACUUGAACUCAAGCCAGAACCCAAACGUUACUCUUCCACUUUAGAGAAGAAAAAAGAGAAGCCAGUUUUCCUCAGCCAGCUAUCCCCAGCAGCCGUAACCUCAGGGGAAACAGCCAGAUUUACGGUCAAGGUGUCCGGCUUUCCAAAGCCAAUUGUUCAAUGGUCUCGCAAUGGUAGGGUGAUAAAAAGCUCCUCUGCGUACAGGCUGGUAGAGGAGAAGGAGGAAUACACAUUGGUGAUCACCAAAGUUACGUCWGAGUAUGAGGGCGAGUACUCGUGCACUGCCACCAACAGGUUUGGGCAGACAACAUGCACCACAUACCUAGAAGUGAAAAAGCCUGACAUCAGCCAAGCAGAGAGGUGGGUGGAGAAAAUGUUUAAGGUCACAGGUCAACCACCUACAUUUACUGUUCAGAUCCAACCUGUUAGAUGUUCAGAGGGAGGGGAAGUUUAUUUUAAUUACAAAACCACAGGAGAUCCAGUCCCUGAUGUGAAAUGGUUGAAAGGGGCUUUCCAAAUCCAGCCCAGCAGAAACUGCAUCAUAGUAGCCAACCCAGAUGGAUCUGGCCUAAUCAAUAUCAAGAGCGUCAAACAGGAAGACAGUGGCCUAUACACAUGUAAAGCCUCCAACCAGUUUGGUGAGGCAAACUGUAGUGCUGAGCUUGUUGUGUUUAGGGAGUCGGUCUCCGUUUCACACAAAGAGGAUCAGCUGACCGUGGUUCAGAAAAAAUCCUAUAAGGUGUCAGUAUCAGAACAGGCGACAGAGUCUCGUCUGUAUCAGGUCAGCCUUCCAGGCCAGGACAAAACCCGAUCAGAUCAAAUGGUUUACACCAUUGGUACUGAAGACAGGAAGAUCAUUCCUAGUGAGCAGGUGGCCUCGCUUGGGGAGGUUGACAUCUCUGCUGCAACCAUCCAUCGUGAGACACUGACCCAACAGGCAGCUGUGCUUCAGACUCAUGAGAUAGAGGAGAGGGUUUCUGUGGUUCCCACUCACCCGCCUCAAGCAUCAGCUGUUCCUGGAAAGCAGCUUCACAUGGCAGCAUUUACAUCCUCUGUGGAAGAGAGUCAGGGCCUCACAGAGCAGCACUGUGACCGCAUUCAGAGUCCUGAGGUCAUUGAACUGCAGUUGGCAAGAGAAAAACAAUCAAAAUUAAUGUCUGCUGUGGCAGAGGAGCUCACCCCACUUUCAACUGUCAGCACAGAGCUUCUGCAUGACAGGCAGCCUGCUAAAGUCAAACCCACCUCCGAACCCAAACACCUGGUCAGCGGGCAUCAGGUAGAGUCGCAACUUGCUAUUGUAAGAGAGCAGUCUGAGGAUAUCCCUGGACAACAGCAGGAGAAGAGCUACAGGGUGAAGGAAGGUAUUAAAAUUUUAUAUUCAGCUCAGUCUACAGAGAAACAAGUAAUGGAAGAAGGCCACACAGCUGAACUAUCAACAGCAGAAUCUGCUGUCAAAUCCGCCAUUAAGAAAGAACAGCGUCAGCCCAUUUUAGCCUCAAUAARUGAGUCCAAGCAAACUCUUUCCAAGGAGACAGGGUUCUCAAUGGAGAUGCCUGCUGAAGAAGCAGCUCAGCUUUCUAAAGAUAGAAUAAUGAAGGCAGCUUUAAAUGCUGAAGAAAGGCAAAUACUGCAGGCUGAGCCGACUAAAGAACUGCCAUGUCUGGACAGGGAAGUGACUAUUCAGUCACAUGUAGAAAGUGGUAAGGUACUGCACCUGCAGGUCAUCACAGACCAAGACCUCCUUUCAUCUGAAAAGAGCUUCAGUUCUGAAAAACCAGCACCUGAGCAGGCAGAUACCAGGAAGAGUCCCACCCUGCUGCACACUGUAAGUCAGGAUGAGCAAAGAACUGUUUUUUGUGAAGACAUAUCAGAGUUUGAAGCGAAGGCCAGCUCGAUGGCCAUUCAACCCCAAAAAGAGGCUCAGACUGUGCUGCAUCUCCAGUCAAUAAUGCCUGUAGAGGUGCUGCCGAAAGAGGGCAUUUUCACAGAUGAAAAGCCUAAUGAACAGGUAGCAACACAGAAGCAUGAAAAAUCAAGGAGCCAUGCAGCUGUCUCAGAAGAAAGACGAGAACUCACAGCAGAUUACCAUGCAGAGCUAGAUUUGUCAGUGACCGGGGUUCAGUCCAACAUUCGAACUGAGCCCAAGCCUCAGAAAAUCCUCCAGGUCUCCUACCAGCCCAUGCAGCUGCCAAAGGAGACCCCCAUUACUGUUGAUCUCAAGCACCAGAAAGCUUUAGUUCAGAAAGAAGAUCGCUGGAAUGUGAUGCAUGUCACCAGUGUAGCAGACAGUCAGGUCCUAGAAGAGGGACACACAGAAACUCUGUCAGGUGUGGACAAGUUUAAGUGUCUAUCAACCACAGAGCCUAAAAUGCCCACUGAACCAGUCCAUAUUGAAGAGAAGGAGAUCUCCACUGAGAGCAGCAUCUCUCUGGAGGCAGCAGAACAGGACUUUGCUGUUCAGAUCCAAGAGGGUCAGUCCGUUAGGCAGUCGAUAGUGAUGGAUGAGAAGCGAGUGUUGACAGGGGAGCUUUCUCAAGAGAUCUCCAAGUCUGAGUCGACUAAAGUUAUAGUCAGCACACAACCAAAACUGUCCCUAAUGGCAUCAGAAUCCAACGACAGCACUGCUCUCCCCAAAGAGAUGAUGUUUGUGAUUCAAAUCCCUAAACCUUCCAGUCUGAAUAUACGGCAUCAGCUCAGAGAGGCACUGCAGUCUGCUGUUGCCAGCGACCAGCCAGUCCUACUGGCUGAUGUUGUUGGAAAGUUACAGGCUGUGGAAGUGCAGGAGGUCAAAGUUCAGCGAGAACCCAAACGGUCUAUGUUUACAUAUCUGAUCACAACAACAGGUGCCCCCAUGGAGAUCACACUAGCUUUUGAAGGUGAAUACCCGCAAAAGGCUGAUCUCAGGACCGAACUCCAGGCGGCGUUCCACUCUAUUGUGUACCAGGAGGCUCAUGUUCUUACCUCAGAGCAACCAGGCACCCUGCAGCUAGACAAACCCCAGAGGGCUCAUGUUUCCUCAGCCAGGUCAGAACAAAUGCUUUCUACAAUGGUAGAGUCUGUGCGUGUGGCAGAGAGUACAKUAGAUUUCACAGCUGCGAAAUCUCAGGCUGCUGCACUGAAGAUUGAGUCUGAUGUCACAGUUGAAUGUGCUGCAGAAGAGGGGCAGGUUGUAGUUCAAGAAUCCAAGACAGCAAAGGUAGAAAAGUCCAUCUCAUCUAAGACCAAGAUAACCACAGAGACUCAGGUGGCCUUUGAACAGUCGGUUCAGGUAUCAAGAAAAGAAAUGAGGUCUGUAAUGGUAGAAAGUAAAGAAAAAGAAGUGGGAGCAGCUUUUGUCACUACUGCUCUGCCUCUUGCCACCAUCCCCACUGAGCAAACACUAGAUGUAAGCAUCCAGCAGGAGCACAGGGAAGAGAUCUACAAAGAGGAAGUCACAUUAUCCAGACCAGAGCAGAGAGAAUACCCUGAAAUAGUCACCUCCCUACAGGACUUGGCUAUUGAAGAAGAUGGUGAAGUCACCUUUAUUACAACCAUUAAAUUUGCAACACAAGUAAGCUGGUUUUUCAAUGGCCAAUUGGUGAAAUCUGGCAAAGAGUUCAAGUGUUUCAAAGACCAUGACACAUACUCACUGGUUAUCAACAAAGUUGUCAAGGAGAGACAUCAAGGAGAAUAUGUUUGUGAGGCUGAGAAUGAAGCCGGCAGGACAACAACAUCUUCAAGACUCACUGUGGUCCCAAGAGKGCCACCUGUUUUCAGGCAGAAAAUCAACCCUGUAGAGAUCAACGUUGGAGGCCAUGCAAAGUUCGACUGCGAAACCGAGGAUGCGCCGAACGUGACCUUCAAGUGGUACAAAUCUAACAUUGAAAUCAAACARAGUGAGAAGUACCGGAUCAUCAGCCGCCACACGGGAUCUUCACUGGAGCUCCUGAAUCCUGUGAAGGCCGACAGCGGUGAAUAUACCUGCAAGGCUUCGAACCAACACGGCUCCGAUAGCUGCACCGCCUCGCUCAUCGUGACUGAGAUGUAUCCACCAGUGUUUGUUUCAAAACCAGAGCCAAUGACCUUAUUUGUGGGCAAACAAGCUGUUCUCCAGUGCUCACUCACUGGAUCUUCACCAAUGGAGGUUGUCUGGCACAAGGACAACAUAGCCAUCGCAUCUGAAGGGAAUUAUGUCAUAAAAAGUGAAAAGAACAAGUAUUCUCUUCACAUUAAAAGUCUCGAGUUGACUGAUCAGGGAGUAUACCUGUGCAAGGCCUCCAACAGUGUCGGCACUGCUACUUUUACCACAGAGCUUACAGUUAUAAGAAAACCCAGCUUUGUUAGGACCUUUGAACCAACAUCAGCUGCUGUCAAUGACCCACUAAAACUGGAGUGCCAGGUGGAUGAGGACACUGCGGUGACCGUCACCUGGACCAGGGAUGGCAAAAAAGUCCACCUGAGCAUGGACUGUAAGAUGUCCUUUGAGGAUAAGGUGGCAAUUCUUGAGAUUCCCAAGUCCAAGGUCAAGGACUCUGGGAAAUAUGUUUGCACAGCCACAAAUGAGGCUGGGAGCUCAUCCUGUGAGGCUGUGGUAACAGUUCAAGAACCCCCUGCUUUUGUCAGGAAAAUGGAACCUAAGUUUACCUGGAAGCAGGGUGCAGCUGCACGUUUACAAUGCAGCGUUAAAGGAUCACCUGAACUUCACAUCCACUGGUUCUGGAAUGACAGAGAGCUUAGUGAUGGAGAGAAAUAUAAAAUCACCUUUAAGAACGGAGUUGCAUCUGUGGAAAUACUAAACCUUCUGGUGACAGACAGUGGAAGUUACACGUGUGAAGUGUCGAAUAAUGCCGGUAGUGAGAGCUGCUGCACUGUGGUUGCUGUUAAAGAGCCUCCAUCCAUUAGAAAAGAUCUGCAGACCRUAGAAGCUGUGAAAGGUGCAGCAGCUCAGCUGGAGUGUGAGAUUGCAGGAACGGCUCCUUUUGAAAUCAGCUGGUUAAAAAAUAAGAAGCCCAUCACAGCUGAUCAUAAGUAUAAAAUCAUYUCCCAAGACUCUUUGUCAAGGCUAGAGAUCCAGACCUUUGAAAGCGCAGACAUUGGAGAUUAUCAGUGUGUCGUUUCCAACGAUGUGGGGAAGGUAACCACCAAGGCCUCAGCUAAGCUGAAAGAGCCACCAUCUUUCUCAAAGAGAAUUGAAAGUGUUACAGCAGUGUUGGGAAAUGCAGUGAAGCUACAAGGAACCAUAAAGGGCUCAGCUCCCAUCACUGUUAAAUGGAUGAAAGACUCUGAAAUACUCAGAGAUGAUGAUCCAAAUAUCAAGAUGGUUUUUGAGAACAAUGUUGCAAGCCUUUCUAUAACAGCAGUGGCCAUCAGCCAUGGUGGCAAGUAUUCAUGCCAAGCAGAAAACGAGGCUGGGCAGCAAAAAUGUGAAGCCACUCUGACUGUGCAAGAACCUGCUAGAAUUGUAGAACCUGCAGAGUCCAUUAGUGUGACUGCAGGGGACUCAGCCACAUUGGAAUGUACAAUCUCUGGAAGCCCAGAGCUGAAAGUGAAGUGGUUCAAAGAUGGGAAGGAGAUGAUAAGUGGGCGGAAAUACAAGAUGACAUUGAAGGACAACGUAGCCACCAUGAAGAUUUUGACAGCGGAGAAAGGAGACACUUCAGAGUACAAGAUGGAAGUGUCCAAUAAAGUCGGGAAAGACCAGUGCACAUGCUCAGUCACUGUCUUAGAUCGGAUAAUGCCUCCUACUUUCACCAAGUCCCUGAAAAGAGUCGACGGCAACAUUGGUAAUGAUGUGUCCAUGGACUGCAAGGUGUCUGGGUCCCAACCCAUGACCAUUGUUUGGUUCAAAGAUGACCAGGAAAUAGAAUUGGGAGCCAAAUUUCAAUCAGAGUUCAAAGAUAGCUCUGCCACACUGAGGGUCAGUCGGCUGGAAAAGGCAGACUCUGGAGUUUACAAAUGCAAAGCCACCAACUCGGCUGGCUUUAAAGAAACCAGUGGCACGCUCUACGUCAAAGAGCCCCCAGAGUUCACAGAGAAACCAGAAAACCAGGACGUUAUACCAGGAGCCAAAGUCUCCUUCAGGGCAGCCUUCACUGGAACUGCUCCUUUGGCUGUUAAAUGGUUCAAAGAGGAAAAAGAGGUUGUAACUGGAGGCAUUUAUUUUAUAAAGAAAGAUGCUUCUUCCAGCACUCUGGAGCUUCACUCUGUGAAACCCAGUGAUUCCUCUAAAUACAUCUGCCAAGUGUCCAACGAUGCUGGAAAAGUGGAUUGCUCCACAGUUCUCUUUGUGAAAGAACCUCCUGUGUUUGUACGAAAGCUUGACGCGACCAAGCUCGUCACAAGUGGCGUCUCCAUCAGGUUGGAGUGCAAAGUGUCAGGCAGUCCGGUCAUCAGUUUCAAAUGGUUCAAGGAUGAGAUGGAGAUCAGCUCCAGUCCUAAAUAUACAAUCAGUGUGUCUGAUGUAGAAGCAACUCUUGAAAUAUUGAACUGUGCAACUGGGGACAGUGGCGAUUAUGUCUGUGUUGCAUCAAGUGAAGCAGGCAGUGAUCGGUGCAGCAGUACAGUUACUGUCAAAGAACCACCGGUGUUUGUACGUAGCUUGGAGGCCAAAGAUGUUGUGAAAGGUUCUGAGAUGAUGUUGGAGGGCCAAGUCUCUGGCUCUGCUCCUUUYACUGUGUCAUUUUACAAAAACGCCAAGGCAAUCAGAAAUGACAAGAGACACAAAAUCACAGUGAAAGAGGAUCUGGUGGCUCUGCAAGUGCAGGCAGUCGAGGCUGGAGAUGUUGGCUUGUACCAGUGCACUGUUGAGAAUGAAGUGGGGUUAUCAACCUGUGAAUGUCAAGUGACACUCAAAGAACCACCGUCUUUUGUAAAAAAGCUUGAAAAUGUCAAUUCAUUGGUGGGCAGUGAUGUUUCUCUCCAAUGCACACUGAAGGGCUCUGAGCCCAUUACUGUGACCUGGCUAAAGGACAACCAUGAGCUCAAAGAAGCUGAAAAUGUUAACAUUUCAUAUGAGAACAGGACUGCCCUGCUGCACAUUAACGGAUUGCACAACAAACAUGGAGGAAAAUACUCCUGCCAGGCACAGAAUCAGGCUGGUAGCCAGACAUGCUCUGCUGUUCUGACAGUCAAAGAACCAGCUAAGAUCACAGAAGACGCUAAGUCCAUCAGUGUGACUCAGGGGGAUCCGGCCACAUUAGAGGUCAGGUUCUCUGGGACAAAACCACUGAAGGCCAAAUGGCUUAGGGCUGGCAAGGAGCUGACCUCAGGCCAGAGAUUUAAAGUACAGACCACAGACACCAGCUCUGUGCUCAAAAUUCUCAAAACUGAGAAAACCGACAGUGGUGAAUUCACCUUUGAGAUUUCUAAUGACGUUGGACAAAGUUCUUGCGAGGCCACGCUCACCGUUCUUGAUCAAAUAAUUCCUCCAUCCUUUACGAGAAAACUGAAGCAAACAGAAGGUAUUAAAGGAUCAUUCGCUCAUCUGGAAUGCCUUGUGUCAGGCUCUCUGCCGAUUACUGUCCAGUGGUACAAAGACGAGAAGGAGAUUCAGGCUGAUGAUAGACAUAAAUGUACAUUCUUUGAGAAUGUUGCUUGCCUGGAAGUAUCUGAUCUUCACCUUAAAGAUGGUGGAAGUUAUACAUGCAUCGCCAAAAACAAAGCAGGGACAGUCCAGUGCUCAGGAAUCUUGUUCGUAAAAGAACCACCAUGCAUUCUUGAAAAGCCUGAAUCCAUGAAUGUGUUACCUGGAUCAAAGGUCCAGUUUGAUGUACUGCUCUCUGGCACACCCCCACUGAACAUCAAAUGGUUUAAAAACAAGAAAGAGAUUUUAUCAAGUGCUGAUUGCUCUGUGAUUAAAGACAACACAUCCAGUUCACUGGAGCUUUUCUUUGCUAAGAGCUCAGAUUCUGGAGACUAUGUGUGUGAAAUUCAGAAUGAUGUGGGAUCCACUUCCUGCCAAGCAACGCUUUUCGUCAAAGAGCCUCCUAAGUUCACUCGGACACCGGACCGUGUGUCCGUAGUGCGUCCCGGGCAAAGCAAAGUGUUUGAGUGCCAGGUGACCGGCACACCUGAAAUAGACAUCUAUUGGUUCAAGGAGGGCUCUGAGAUCAGCSCCAGUGAUCACUUCAAGAUGGCCUUUGUAAACUCUGUCGCUACUCUGGAGRUUUGCGGGGCUGAAAUUAAAGACGGUGGCCUUUACUACUGUGAGGCUCGCAAUGAGGCUGGCAGUGAGAGCUGCAGCAUGGAGCUCAAAGUGAAAGAACCACCAACUUUUAUUAAAGAACUUUCUCCAGCUGAUGUUGUGAAGGGUUCAACGGCAUCUUUUGAGUGCCAGAUUGCUGGAACAGGUCCAUUUCAGAUAACCUGGCACAAAGAUGGAAAAGAGAUCAAGCCCAGUGCAAAACAUGGCUUUUCCCAGAUAAAUGAUACUUUGACCCUAGAGAUCCACAGAUGUGAUGGUGUAGAUGUGGCUGGAUAUCAGUGUACUGUAGCUAAUGAGGUUGGAACCUGCACUUGUAAAACAACUCUAAACCUCAAAGAACCUCCAACCUUUACCAGGAGGAUUGAGGACAGUGUUACUGUCCUGGGUAAACUGGCGCAGUUUCAGUGUGUUGUUGUGGGUUCUCCAACUCUUUCUGUCCAAUGGCAGAAAGAUGAGAGCUGGAUUUUGGAGGAUCCAAGGAUUGAGAGAACUUUUGAAAACAAUGUGGCGACUCUCAGGAUUUCUGCCUGUGAAGCGUCUCAUUCAGGCAGAUACAGCUGCCAGGUGAUAAAUGAGGCUGGGCAAGAUAAAUGCUUCGGUACUCUCACAGUUCAAGAACCCCCUCAGAUCUUAGAGAAGCCUGAGGAAAUCAAGGUAACAGUCGGAGAUCCAGUCAGUCUGGACUGUAAGGUGAAAGGCUCACCUGAGCUCAAGGUGAAAUGGAUGAAAGAUGGCAAGGAGCUUCAGUCCAUUAGGCAGCACAAGCUGAUCUUUGAGAACAACAUCAGCAGCCUAAAGAUUCAGGGAGCGCAGAAAGCAGAUGAAGGAGAGUAUGUGUUUGAGGUGUCAAACCACAUCAGCAGCUGCUCCUGCAAAGUUAAAGUGGUCGUAUUAGAGCAAGUAAUUCCUCCAAGCUUCAUCAAACCACUGGUAGAAAUGCAGGAGAUUCUGGGCUCAUUUGUUCAGAUUUGCUGUAAAAUAUCCGGUUCCCUCCCAAUCUCUGUGGAGUGGCAGAAAGAUGGGAGUAAAAUCUCCAGUGGUGUCAAACACAAACUGAUCCAGCAGGACAACUCUGUGUCUGUGGAAAUCGAACAGCUUGAAAGACCUGAUGCUGGGUCGUAUUCUUGCAAACUGACCAAUGCAGCUGGGAGCUGUGAAUGUAGUGGAUCCCUCAGUGUCAAAGAGCCUCCCAGCUUUGUGUUGCUGCCCGAGUCACAGGCGGCUCUGCCCAAUGCCACAGUUCGCUUCAAAAGCAUGUUUACGGGCACGCCGCCCUUUACGGUCAAAUGGUUCAAGGACGACACGGAGCUCAUKACCGGGCCAACAUGUUUCACAGGCGUGGAUGAAACGUCCUGCUUCUUAGAGCUCUACUCAGUGGCCGUCACUCAGAGUGGAAUUUACUCUUGCCAAGUCAGCAACGAUGCUGGUUCUGUACGCUGUAGUGCAGAUUUGACUGUCAAAGAACCACCUGAGUUUGUGCUGAAACUUCCCGCCACUAAGUUUGUAAAGCGGGACGAAUCACUCCGCCUGGAGUGCAAAGUCCGUGGCACAGCCCCUCUGAAAACAACCUGGUACAAACACGACACCAAGGUCUCGGACGGGGGCAACUACAGGACCUCGUUUGUUGACUCGGUAGCUGUCCUGGAGCUGGUGUCCAGCAGCUUUGAUGAUGACGGAGUUUACACCUGUGAAGCUCAGAAUGAUGCUGGCAGUGUGAGCUGCAGCACCACACUUACGGUUAAAGACCCCCCUGCAUUUGUGAAAGUACCCCAGCCUGUUGAGGGGCUGAUGGGUAGGGACGUGAGCUUGUACUGCGAGAUGAGCGGUUCCGCUCCGUUCCAGGUCGCCUGGUUCAAAGACAGGAAACCUCUGAUGGAGAGCAGGAAGUAUAAGAUGGUGGGCGAGGGCAGCUCAGCCACUCUGCAUGUCAUUGGGAUAGAGCCUUCGGACGCCGGCGAGUAUGAGUGCAAAGUUACAAACAGUGUAGGAAGUGACUCCUGCCACACUUCGGUUAAACUCAGAGAGCCGCCAUCAUUUGUGGAGAAACUGUCCAACAUGACAGUGAUGCUGGGAGAGGAGGUGACCCUUAAGGCCACCGUUAGAGGCUCUGAACCCAUUACUGUGUCCUGGGUUCAGGACAAGGAUCACAUUCUCAGGGACAGUGACAACAGGAAAAUCACCUUUGAGAACAACCAGGUGGCGCUUACUGUGUUUAAGGCGGAUGCAACCGUUGCAGGCAGAUAYACCUGCCAACUCAGAAAUGAUGCUGGGAGUGUGGAUUGUUUCGCUAACUUGACUGUCCUAGAACCAGCUAAGAUCAUAGAUAAACCCGACACUUUGAGCGUGACGGCCGGCGACAUGGCCGCCCUGGAGGUCAAAGUGUGCGGWACGCCGGAGCUCGUCCCCAAGUGGUUCAAAGACGGCAUGGAGCUGGCCACAUCCGGGAAGUACAAGAUCUCCUUCUCGCAGAUGAUCUCCAGUCUGAACGUGCUUUCUACUGAGAAACUGGACUCUGGGGAAUACACCUUCCAGGUCAUGAACCAAGUGGGAAAAGACCUGAGUAAAAUUAAUCUCACUGUUUUGGAUAAGACGGUUCCUCCAUCGUUCACCAGGAAGCUGAAGGACUGUAAGAUGACGGUAGGAGAAGCUGCAGAGAUGGAGUGCAAAGUGUCGGGCUCCCCACCUUUUACUAUUUCRUGGUACCACGAUGGUGAGGAGAUUCAGAGCGGGCCGAACUGCGAGGUUUCCUUCAGCGACAACAGCUGCACGCUCAGAGUGCCGACCCUGAGGCUGACUGACUCCGGGGUUUACAAGUGCAAAGCCGUCAACAAGGCUGGUUUCAGCGAAACCUCAGCAACUUUGGCUGUCAAAGAACCUCCGUCUUUCGUGGUGCCACUGCAGCCGAUGGAGGCCAUGCCGGGCUCCAACGUGACCUUCUCAGGCAUGGUGAAGGGCAGCGCGCCGCUCACCCUGAAGUGGUUCAGAGGAACCAAGGAGAUUCUGCCAGGGAAGGACUGCAGCUUCACCCUGAAGGACAACCAAGUGACUCUGGAGCUUCACAACGUGAGCCGAUCCCAUGCUGGAGAAUACACCUGUCAGAUCAUCAACGACGCGGGAAAAGAAAGCUGUGCUGUGAAUCUCACAAUCAAAGAACCGGCAACCUUCUCUAAGAAGCUGAAGGACGUGUCGGUCGAGAAGGGCAAACCUUUAAUGCUCGAAUGUUCGUACACCGGAACUCCAAAGAUCACAGUGAGCUGGUUCAAAGACGGYCAGCAGAUCUUUGCUUCCUACAAAUACAACRUCACCACGACGGAAAGCUCCUGCAUCCUGGAGUGUCUCAGCACAGACGACAAGGAGGCCGCAGGGACGUACAGCUGCCAGGUGUCCAACGACRCAGGAAAGGACACAAGUGAAGCUGUUGUGUCCAUUUUGGAGCCUCCRUACUUUGUUGAAUCUCUGGAGCCCAUGGAGGUGACCGCUGGUGAUGCAAUGUGUCUGAAGUGCCAGGUGGCAGGUACACCUGAGAUCAAGGUGUCCUGGUUCAAGGCUGACGGCAAAGUGCGGUCCAGCUCCAGCUGUAAGUUGGAGUACUCAAAGGGCGUCGCCAGUCUGAAGCUCAGCAAAGCCACCAAAGCUGACAUCGGGGAGUACACCUGCAAGGCAGAGAACAAGAUCGGCUCUGCCUCCUCYACCUGCAGACUCAAUGUUCUCGAGGCCAAAACGCCUCCUUCCUUCCCCAAAAAGAUCACCAGCCUGCAGGAGACAGAGGGCCAGGCGGUGCGUUUUGAGUGCCGUGUCGCCGGCUCCUCACCCAUUGAGGUGUCAUGGCUGAAAGAYGGCGAGCCGCUGACGCAGGGAGCCGAGUUCUCUAUGCUGUAUGACGACAACACGGCAGUGCUGCAGAUCAGCCGUGGYGAAAUGAGGCAUUCUGGGGAAUAUACAUGUGUGGCGACCAACAKUGUUGGCUCAACUUCCUGCAGAGCCAAACUCACCAUGCAAGAACCCAGAUACGCUCCGGUCUUUGACAGAAAGUUGUCACCGCGGGAGGUGACGGUGGGUGACAGCAUCGAAAUGGAGUGUCACAUGACUGGGUCCACCCCCAUCAAAGUCACAUGGUCCAAAGACCAUAAAGAUAUCCGCUCUGGUGGGAACUAUAAGAUCAGCUGUGUGGAAAACACCGCCCACCUGACCAUACUGAAGGCGGAUAAAGGUGACACAGGGAAAUACUUCUGCCAUGCCUCCAAUGACAUGGGGAAGGACUCUUGUUCCACUGACAUCUCUGUCAAAGAGCGUAAAAAUCCGCCGAUGUUCACCAAAAAACCCUCGGAGCACAUYGAAGACAUGGAGGGCAAACUGGUAAAAAUCGAGGGCAGAGUCUCCGGCUCGCAGCCCGUUUCUGUCAGCUGGUUCAAAGACGGCAAGGAAAUCCACAGCUCUGACAAAUAUGAUAUCAGCUUUAAGAGCAAUGUGGCGGUGCUGUGCAUCAAGAGCAGUCAGGUGACUGACAGCGGCAGGUACUCCUGCCAGGCCUCCAACGAAGCUGGAAGAGCUUCCUGCGACGUCACUGUGGGCAUCCUGGAAGCCAAGAAGCCUCCAGUGUUUGAUGUUCCACUCAAACCAGUGACUGUGGAUGAAGGCGACAAGCUGAGCCUCAGGUGUCACGUCUGCGGGACCGCUCCUCUGAAGGUCCAGUGGAUGAAGGACAGGAAGGAGCUUUCAUCAGCCGGCAGCAUCAGGAUCGGCUUCUCUGAUGGUACGGCCAGUCUGGAGAUCAGCUCAGCCUCCAAACACGAUGCUGGCGAUUACCUCUGCAAGGCUACAAAUGAAGCCGGCGCCGAGUUCUGCAAAGCCAAAGUUACAGUGAAAGAGAAACCAGGAGCAGCUAAACCUGAGACUCCARCAGCAGCUCCAACCAAAAAACUGGAUAAUCUAUUCUUCAUUGAGGAACCCAAAUCCGUACAUGUUACUGAGAAGGGAACUGCCACUUUCAUCGCUAAGGUUGGAGGAGAACCCAUCCCAAGYGUGAAGUGGAUGAAGGGAAAAUGGAGGCAGCUCACCCACGGCGGCCGCAUCUCCAUCGUGCAGAAAGGUCAGGAGUCCAAGUUGGAGAUCCGAGAGGUGACCAAGUCRGACUCGGGUCAGUACCGRUGCGUUGCCUCCAACAAGCACGGCGAGAUCGAGUGCAACGCCGACAUGCACGUUGACGGAAAGAAAGAGGCGCCGCAGCUAGAGGGAGACCUCCGAGCCAAACUGAAGAAGACGCCAUCGAAGCAGAAGAGUCCGCAGGAGGAGAAGGACAUCGACAUUGUUGAGCUGCUGAGAAACGUCGACCCCAAAGAGUACGAGAAAUAYGCCCGUAUGUACGGCAUCACCGACUACAGAGGUCUGCUGCAGGCCAUCGAGCAGCUCAAGAAAGAGAGAGGCGAAGAAAGUGGAAGACCGGAAGUGGAACGUGGAGACAGAGAGUCAGAUGAGGACAUGGCUCGGUUGGUGGCCGACCUGCAGAAGAGGAUGGAGAGGACAGAGCCCGUUACCGUGGUGAAGGACAUCUCCAACCAGUCCGUCUUCACCAACGAAGAGGCGGAGUUUGAAUGCGAGAUCAAGAUCAACUACCCAGAGAUCACGCUGUCGUGGUACAAGGGCACGCUGAAGCUUGACACCGACGACAAAUACAACAUCAGCAUCAGCGGCGACCGCCACCUGCUCAAGAUCAAGAGGUGCCAGCCGUCCGACCAGGGCAACUACCGGGUGGUGUGUGGGCCGCACAUCUCCAGCGCCAAGCUCACCGUCACGGAGGUGGAGGUGGAGAAGCACCUGCAGGACACGUCGGGUAAGGAAGGCCAGGCCUGCACUCUGUCUUGUCAGUUGUCUGUUCCUAACGUCGAGGCUCAGUGGUUUAAAAACGGAAAGCAGCUAGAGAUGAAGGGGAGGUAUUCGUCCGAAGUGAAACACAAAGUUCAGAAGCUUCUGAUCAAAGACCUGAAGUCUGAAGACCGGGGGAGAUACUCCUGCAGAUACCAGCACCUGGAGUCCUCGGCGGACCUCAAGGUGGAAGCCGAACAAAUUCAUUUCACCAAACGCAUCCACAACGUGGAAGUCAACGAGCGCCAGUCGGCCACCUUCGAGUGCGAGGUGUCCUUCGACAACGCAAUCGUUUCUUGGUACAAAGACACCUGGGAACUGAAAGAAUGCACUAAGUACAACUUCAGAAGCGAAGGCAGGAGACAUUUCAUGGUCAUUCGAAAUGUGACCACUGAAGACGAAGGCGUUUACUCAGUGAUUGUGAGAUUGGAGCCCAGAGGAGAGGCUAAGAGCACAGCUGAGCUUUAUUUGUCUGGCAAAGAAAUCGAAUUAGCGAUGGUACCGACAGAUUUCCCAGACUCUUCAGUUCAGAGGCCUGAAGUGCCUUCAGCAGAAGAAAUUCAAGAAUCUUCUGAGUUCUAUCAGUAUGAAGAAAAGAUCGAACAGAGAGAAUCAGCUGAAUAUUCAUAUCAGUAUGAAGAGGAGGUGCAGCAGAAAGUCGAGUAUCAGAGCUGGACAGAAGAGACUGUAACACAACAGGUUUCAGAGACUAAAGCUGCCAGAGUUGCUGUUGAAGAAAAAGUGGAGAYCAUGAAAGUUGAACUGAGAGAGRAAAUCCCAGCUAAAGUUGAGAAGAAGACUGAAGAGAAGCCAACUGCAGCUGUGGAGGAACCCAAGAAAAAACCAGAAGCCAGGAAGCCAGUAGAGGAAAAGGUUCAUGCAGUUUCAGUCCCAGAGAAGAAGGACGUUUCUGCUCCCAAAGAACCAGAGGAGGUGAAGAAACCAGUCGCUGCUCCAAAAGAGAAGCCCGGACUUCCAACCAAAGAUGAAGCCAAGCCUCAGGUUCCAGCUGAGCCCAAGAAACUGGUUCCUGAAGCAAAGCCCAAAGCGGAACCAGAAGCCAAACCCGCUCCAACUCCAAAGGCAGAGCCAGAACCAAAGGCUAAACCCGCCCCGGCUCCAAAAGAACCAGAACCCCCUGAAGAGGCUGCAAAGAUCAAACCUGAACCAGAAGCUCCAAAACCAAAGCCAGAACUGAAGAAAACAAAACCAGAAGUCCGUAAACCUGAACCUUCUAAACCAGAAUCUGCAGAACCAACACCAGAACCAAAGGAACCUCAGAAGAAAGUGCCAGAAGAACCAGUAAAGAAGGAGGUGGCUGCUCCUCCACCUCCUUCAGUCCCACAGAAAGUACAGAAAGAGGCAGAAGAACCUCAGAAGAAGCCAGUUAAAGUUCCCGUGGAAGAAAAAGUUCCUGAUCUUCCGAAAGCAGCGAAGAAACCAGAACCUAAAGCGGCUCCUCCCAAAGAAGAGCCACCUCAGAAGGACAAAGCUCUCAAGCYCCAACAGAAAUCUGACCAGAAAAUGCCUGAUGAGGAGGCUGUGUUGGGCAAAAAAUCUGAAAAAAUAUCUGAAACGGCAGCAAGAAAAGCUGAGGUGACGGAGAAAAUGCCGAAAAGUAAACAGGAAGUUGCACAGAAGGUGGUGGCUGAAAGAAUCCCARAGAAAAUACAGGAAAAAAUACCAGAAAAACUUCCAGAGAAAAUUUCUGAGAAACGUCCAGAAAAAAUCCCAGACAAACCUCCUGACAAAAUUGUAGAGAAACCUCCAGAAAAAAUCUCUGAAACACUUCCAGAGAAAAUCCCAGAAAAAAUUGAAGAAAAAAUCUCAGAGAAACGACCUAAAAAAGUCUCUGAGAAGCUCCCAGAGAAAAUUUCUGAAAAACUUCCAGAGAAAAUUCCUGAGACAAAGCCUGAGCUUAAACCUCCUCAGAAAAAGGCUGAAGAGGUGAUCAGUCAGAAAAAACAUCCUGAGAAAGUUGACAAAGUGAAACCACAGAAACAAGCAGAGAAAACCUUUGAAGGUGAAACAGUUUCUGUUAAAACACCUGAGAAGUUCGGAGCAAAACGAGAAGAAUCUCUUCAGAAAGAACCUGUAGUUGAGAAGACGGAGAAGAUUCGUCAGGAGAAGAAAGUCUUUGUUCCUGUUGAAAAAGUUCUAACUGAGAAACCAGAAGAAACUCAGAGGAAACGGGAAGAGGAGAGAAAAUCUGUUAAAAUCUCUGAGAUAAAACACAAAGUUAAAGCAAAAGUGACGGAAGAUGAGUCUGAAGAGAUCGAAUCACCAGCAGACGAGUUAACAAAAUGUUCAGUUAAAGAAGAGUUGGCCAGAAAAACAAGUGAAAAAUUAGAGCUUAUCAGUGUGAAAUCUGAGAAAAUCUCAGGAAAACUCAGCAGAUCAGGAGAAGAAACUCACAGAGAAGAGAAAGAGACAGAAAGUAAAUCAGAGCUAACUGAAUUGGUUGCAUCUUUUGAGAUAACCGAAGAGGAAAAGGUGAGGUCUGCACCAGUGUUUGAUGUAAAACCGGACCACUGCUCUGUAAAAGCAGAACUAGAGACCUCAGAGUCGRUCMCAGAGCUGGAGUUUAUUACCAAGUUUGUGCCAAAAGAAGAGCAGCUGAAGUCUGAAGACGUUCCUCCUCAGAAACCCAAACUCUUAAUCCAGGAUCGGAUGAAAYCUUCAGUCUCUUUAAAACCAGAAGAAGAGAUACAGAUUCCCUCAGAAACAGCCKCUGGAGAAACUGAAGACAAACUCAAGAAGCUUCCUUCCAAACCUGCUGAGACAAAAGAAAAGAAAGUGGAGAAAGCUGUUGUGAAGGAGAAGGAGUUGUCUCCAGAACCCAAAGAAGUGAAGCCAGCUCCUCCUCCAGAAGAAAUMAAACCAAAAGUUGGAGAAGCCCCCAAAAGACCUGAAGUUACUCAAAAGAAAAUCCCUCCAGCAGAGGAAACAAAACCAGUGGUCAAGCCUGUUGUGAAGGCUGAAGAACUGACUAAGGUGGUUCCAGARGAAGAAAAGCCAGCUCUGAAAGAUGAAACCAAAGGACCGGUCCAGACACCAGGAGGAGUCCAGAAAGAAACUGUUCAGCACAAAAAGGGUAAAAUACAAGUCACAGAGGACGGGACGUUUGAGAUUCCCACCUUGAAGAAAGCAACCAGAGUCAUGAGGGAAGUGGAAGAGGAGCAAGAGGUCGUCACACUGAAGAAGGUCCCAUCAGUUCCACUGACAGAAUCUGAAGAGGAACAAAAACCUCAGAAAGUCACCAAAACCACCGUUUUCCAUGCCGAAGAAAUGGUGCAGGAAGAAGAGUCUUUUGAGAUGUCUGUUGUCACCAGACGGACUGUUGAAGAAAGAAAACCCAAAGAGAAACCUGAUGUGGUGAAAAAGCCAGACGUUAUCAAGCCUAAAGUGGAAGAAGAAAAAGAAACUCCAAAAGACGCUUGGACCCGCCAGAAGCCCGCCCCUAAAGAUGAGAAACCAGAAGACAAGUUCUCUCUUAAGAAAACCCCAAAAGCACCAAAAGAAGAGGAACCUGCUCCUCCCAGUGCAGCACCGAAAAAAGUGAAAAAGUUGCCCUUAUCUGAAGCUGAACCAGAAGUAGUCAAGCUCAAACCUUUUGAGAAGCCUGUUGAACCUUUAGAAGAGCCAGAGAAAGAUAAGAAGGAGAAGCCAGAGAGAGAUAUUGUGCCUUUCCAGAAGGGAGAAAGGAUCCCGCGAGAGAUGGAACCCAAAGAGCCAGCAAAGAAACCUGCGGAGGCACUCCCUGAGGUAAAGGAGCCUCCAACUAAGGUACCAAAGCCAGCAGAUAAAAAGAAAGCUCCAGAGAAAGAGCCAGAGGAAAUCAAAGCACCAACUAAAGGGAAGAAAAUCCCAACAGCAGAACAGGAAGUGGAAAGCGUCAAACUGAAGCCCUUCUCCAAACCUUCCAAAGAAGCUGAGGAGCCUGAGAAGAAACCACCAGAGGAGAAAGACAGGAAACCAUCUGAUGACCUGCAGCGCCGUCGCACCAGUCCUGAUGAAGAACCAAAAGCAAAAGAGCCAGAGGCCAAGCCCAAGAAACCUGAGGUCCCUGAAGCUCCUGAGAAAAAGCCAGAGAAGCCAAAGGAGGAGGUAGACACAGCUCUAACAGAGAAGACACCUGACAAGAAGCCUGACAAGAAGCCUGAGAAGACUCCAGAGGAGGUCAAACCUAAGGCUUUGGAGCCAAAGAAAGGAGUUAUACCCAAGUCUAAAGAGGAGAAGGAAGACGUAGCACUGAAGCCAGCGGAGCAGCUCAAAAAGGCAGAGCUGAAAAAGACUCCUUCUCCUAAAGUUGAAAAACUCAAGGAGGUAGAAGCAGCUCCGGCUGAGAGGAGGCCGAGCAUUGACAAACUUAAAAAAGAGCCAAAAAGCGUUUCACCCAAAGACUCCGUUGAAGCUGCAACUCUUAAAAAGGUCCCAAAGAAACCAUCACCAGAAGAGGCAAAGGCUGUCAAACCAGCAGAGCCUGGCAAAAAGAAAGUUCCCGCAGUGAAGGAGAUCUCUCCCGGGGCUGUGCAAAUAAAGAAGGUCGCCACUCAGCCAGAGGAGGAGGUGUUUGAAGAGGAGGCAGAGGAAGAGGCUGAGCUGGAGGAAGAGGAAGCCUGGGGCUGGGAGCUGGUUCCACGGGACAGCUAUGGCUCAGAGGACUGGGAAGGUGAAGGAGAAGAAGGUGCCUUGGAGGUUCCUGGGGUAACCCAGAGAGAGGGGCAACCGGCAGAGGAAGCAGGAAGAGGCAGAGGCAGAGGGCUAAAACCCAAGCAGACRCCAUCGCCCGGAGAGGGCAGAGGUCGGGGCAUGAAGCCUGGUGGCAGAGGCGGCCCCACACCACCAGAGGAACCUUUUGCAGGCUUCAAACUCAAAGCUGUUCCCCUGAAGUUCAUCAAGAARCUUGAAAAUAUUGUCCUCAAGGAGGCCGAGUCCAUCGGUUCAUCGGCCGUGUUUGAGUGUGAGGUUUCACCCUCUACKGCCAUCACCUCCUGGAUGAAAGAUGGCGGCAACCUGCGUGARAGUCCCAAGCACAAGUUCACUUCUGACGGCAAAGAUCGGAAGCUGCACAUCAUUGAUGUSCAGCUGUCCGACACUGGAGAAUACACCUGCGUGGCCAAGAAUGCUGGAAAGGAGAUUUCUUGCACUGCUAAGCUCAUAGUUGAAGAGCUUCCUGUAAAAUGGAUCAAGGAGUUGGAACCAGAGAACUCGGCCAUCCUGGGCCAGCCCAUCUACAUAUCCUGCGAGCUGAGCAAAGAGAGGGACGUGGUCUGGAAGAAGAAUGGUGARGUCCUCAAGAAAAAGGAGGGCAAGAUUCAAAUCAACAUYAUUGGAUUGCAGCAUGCCGUGACCAUCCAAGGCUCCACGCUAGAAGACGCUGGUACCUACACCUGUGAAGUGUCAGGACAGGAGGACGUCGUGACCACCACAAACGUCAAAGURCUCGAGAUUAUUAAAGACUGGAUAGUAAAACCACUUAGAGACCAGCAUGUGAAACCAAAGGCCAAUGCCACRUUUAAGUGUGAGCUCUUCAGAGACACUCCCAACUGGAAGUGGGUCAAAGGAGAGAACGAGCUCACUCCAUCAGACAARGUUGAGAUCACGAAGGACGGAAAGGAGCUGACGCUGACCAUUAAGAACUGCCAGCCGGACGACRUAGCAGAAUAUGCCMUGGAGGUGGAAGGACGCRUCUAUACCGCCAAGCUAACGCUAGGAGAGCGUGAAGCUGAGAUCCUGAGGCCUUUGGCCAGUAUAGAGGUGGUAGAGAAGGAAGAUGCURCAUUUGAAACAGAAAUAUCUGAGGAUGAUGUUCCAGGAGAAUGGAAACUCAAAGGAGAGGUUUUGACCAGAUCUCCGACGUGUGACAUCCAAAUGGAGGGUACGGUUCGUAGGCUCACACUGAAAAACUGCCAGUUGGAUCAGGCCGGGGAAGUGUCAUACCAGGCCCUGAACGCCAUCACAGCCGCAAUGCUAAAUGUCAAAGAAAUCGAGAUGGACUUUGUUGUCCCGCUGAAGGAUGUUUCUGUGCCAGAAAAGAAACAGGCUAAGUUUGAAUGCACCAUCACCAAGGAUGUCGCCAAGGUCAUGUGGUAUAAAGGGGCUGACAUCAUCACCCCAGACCAAAAGUACGACAUCAUCGAUGAUGGGAAGAAACACAUGCUGGUCAUCAACUGCUGCGAGUUUGAUGACGAGGAUGAAUAUACAAUUGAGGUUUUGGGCAAAACUUCCACAGCUAGACUCACCGUCGAGGGUAUCAGGCUCAGAUUUGUCUCACCACUAAAGGACCAAACCGUAAAGGAGGGCAGUACAGCUCGCUUUGAGCUGGAGCUCUCUCAUGAGAACAUCCCUGUCACYUGGUACAAGAACGACGUUAAAAUYCAUCCGAGCAGAACCGUCGUCACUCACACGGAUGGAAAGAAACACAUACUAGAAAUUAAGGACGUGACUCUMGACGAUAUCUGCCAAAUUAAGGCCGAGGCCAAAGGAAUUCCUUCCAUGGCCAACUUGACAGUUAUAGAGGGAGAUCCCUACUUCACGAUUAAGCUGCAGGACUAUACUGCAGUCGAGAAAGACGAAGUGGUUCUAGAUUGYGAGCUCAGCAAAGACGUCGAUGUCAUGUGGUACCACAACGAGGCCGAGAUCAAGGCCUCAAAGAUGGUGGCCAUCAAGGCUGAGGGCAAGAGGAGAACACUAAUCAUCAAGAAAGUUGGUGACAAAGAUAAGGGACAGUAUGUAUGUGACUGUGGGACAGACAAAACGACAGCYGAGCUUCACAUCGAAGCUCGGCACAUCAAGGUGGUUCGGCCCAUGUAUGGUGCCGAGGCCUCAGAAGGAGAGACGGUUCGAUUCGAAGUCGAACUCAGUGAGGACGACGUUCACGGCCAGUGGAGGCUAAACGGAGAAGUCCUCAGUCCUUCUGCUGACAUUGAAAUUGUGGAAGAUGGCGCCAAACACACUCUGGUUUUGUACAACUGCAAACUGCCCCAAACAGGGGAGCUUGUGUUCACCGCCGCCAACGCCAAGUGUUCUGCUAACCUGAAAGUGAAGGAGCUUCCCAUCUCUUUCAUUACMCCAUUGGCCGAUGUGCAUGUGUACGAGAAAGACGAAGCUAAGUUUGAGUUGGAAAUUUCACGAGAGCCCAAAAGCUUCCGUUGGCUCAAAGGAACUCAGGAAUUGUCAAACGACGAUAAGUUUGAAAUCCAAGUAGAUGGAAAACGACACACUCUAGUCGUAAAAUCUGCCAAAUAUGAAGAUGAAGCCAAAUACAUGUUUGAGGCUGAGGAUAAGAGGACGUCUGGAAAACUGAUUAUUAAAGGUAUUCGCCUUGAGUUUAUCAAGCCGAUUAAAGACGUAACCGUGAAGGAACGAGAAACCGCAGAGUUCAGCGUUGAACUGUCUCAUGACAAGAUUCCAGUAGUUUGGUACAGAAAUGAAGUGCGCCUGCACCCCAGCAAGCUGGUGCACAUGUCRGAGGAAGGCAGAUCACACACACUGGCCUUCAAGGAGGUCACAAUCGAUGAUACCUCCAUGAUUAAGGUGGAGGCAAUGGGAAAGACAUCAGAGGCAAUGCUAACUGUUCUCGAGGGCGACCUCUACUUUACAGUAAAACUCCAGAACUACACCGCGGUCGAGAAGGACGAGGCGAUCUUGUCCUGCGAACUGAGCAAGACCGCCGCCGAGGUCAAGUGGUUCAAAGACGGUAACGAAAUCUUUGCGUCCAGGAACGUUCUCUUCCAAUCCGACGGCAGGAAGCGAAUGUUGGUCAUCAAGAAAUCGGCGAAGAAAGACAGGGGGGCUUACACCUGCAACUGUGGCACUGACAAAACCACAGCAGAGCUGGACAUCGAAGAGCGCAACAUUAAGAUUGUCCGCCCGCUGUACAGCGUGGAGGUCACAGAGACCGAGACGGCCUCGUUUGAAACGCAGAUUUCUGAAGACGACAUCCACGCCACCUGGAAACUGAAGGGCGAGACGCUCCACCCGUCUGCUGAUGUGGAGAUAAAGGAGGAAGGAGCACGACACACUUUGACACUCUUCUGCUGCAGAAUGGAUAUGGCCGGAAGCRUUGACUUCUCUGCAGCGAAUGCAAAGUCUUCAGCGCAUCUCAGAGUCAAAGGCCGGGUGAUCUCCCUGGUGAGGCCCCUGAAGAACAUCACAGUGACUGCCGGGGAGACCGCCACCUUCCAGUGCGAGCUGUCCUGCGACGACAUCCCCGUUGAUUGGUACCUGGGGGAGACGAAGCUGGAGUCAAGUGACAGAGUUGUGUUCAAGGAUGAAGGAAAAACCUACAGUGUCACGGUGAGAGACGUCCAACUGAGUGAAGCUGGACGAGUCAAACUCACCGCCAAAGACUUUGAGACGGAGGCCACCCUGACUGUCAAAGAGCCGCCUGUCGAGUUCACCAGACCUCUGCAGGACCAAACGGUGGAGGAGAAAACCACCGCCACGCUCGAGUGUGAAGUUUCSAGAGCAAACGGAGAGGUCCAGUGGCUCAGGGACGACCAGGAGAUCCGCAAGACGAAGAAGUAUGAAAUCCUGGCAGAGGGCUGCAAGAGAACGCUGGUCAUCCACGAGUGCACGCUGGACGACUCGAAGACCUACACCUGCGACGCCAAAGACUUCAAGACGUCCUGCUUCCUCACGGUGGAAACUGCCCGUGUCGAGUUCUCCAAGCCUCUCCAUGAUGUUGAGGUUCGGGAGAAGGAAACUGCCAGGUUUGAGUGUGAAGUUUCCAGAGAGGACGCUAAAAUCACCUGGCUGAAGGAUGGAACUGAAAUCAGAAAAGGAAAGAAGUAUGAAAUUAUUGCACAAGGCCGCCAACACAUCCUUCUCGUCCACAAGGCUGCGUUUGAUGACGAAGCUGAAUACGAAUGUGACGCACAGACCUCCAAAUCCUCCGGCAUGCUCACCGUUGUUGAGGAAGAAACUACUUUCACUAAAAACCUGCCGAACGUCGAGGGAACGGAGACGGACAGCGUGAGGCUGAUCUGUGAGAUCUCCAAGCCCAACGCUGACGUCACCUGGUACAAAGGCGACAAGGAGSUGCCAGACGGCGGCCGCUAYGAACACAUCRUCGAUGGCAAGAAGAGGAUUCUCCUCAUCAAGRACCUGAAGACAGACGACGCCGGAGAAUACAGCUGCAGGCUGAGCACCGGCACCAAAACCWCCGGAAWCCUCAAGAUCAAYGAACUGGCUGCUGAAUUCCUGUCCAGACCUCAGAACCAGGAGGUGGUGGAGGGUAAUAGGGCAGAGUUCACCUGCACCGUCUCCAAGGAAACCUUCAGUGUCAAAUGGAUGAAGGAUGGCAAGGAGCUGGAGUCAGGAGACAAGUACGAGUUGGUGAGUGACGGCAAGAAGCGCAGUCUGGUCAUCAAGGCGGCCGAGCUCAAAGACGAGGGCGGAUACGUUGUGGCGAUCGGAGAGACGAGAGCCAGCGCUGACCUGACUGUGGGCGAGAAACUGAAGGUCAUCACCCCUCUGAGAGACACAGAGGUCAAAGAAGGCCAGGAGAUCGUCCUGAACUGUGAGGUGAACAUCGAGGGAGCCAAGGCCAAGUGGCUGAAGAACGACGAGACUUUGUUCGAGAGCGGCAAGUAUGUGAUGGUUCAGAGAGACAACGUCUUCUCGCUGAGGAUCAAAGACGCUCGGAAGGGAGACGAAGCCGACUACAGCAUCACGCUGACCAAUCAGAGAGGAGAACAGGCCAAGAGCUCUGGCAAACUCUCCGUCAGAGAGGAGAGUCUGAGGAUCAUGGUUCCUCCAGAGGACAUCGACACUCAGGAGAAGAAGACCAUCAGCUUCUCCUGCAAGACCAACAGACCCAACGCCACAGUGAAGUGGAUGAAGGCCGGCCAGGAGAUCACCUUCAGCAAGCGCAUCGUCUACAGGGUCGACAARGAAAAGCACACGCUCACCAUCAAGGACUGCACGCUGGCCGACGAGGGCGAGUACACGGUGGUCGCCGGGGACGACAAGGCCACCGCGGAGCUGAUCAUCAGCGAGGCGCCGACCGACUUCAACGUGCAGCUCAAAGACCAGACCAUCACCGAGUUCGACGAUGCMGAGUUCACGUGCGAGCUGACCAAGGAGAAGGCCGAGGUCAAGUGGUACAGGAACGGACGGGAGAUCAGAGAGGGACCAAGGUACGGCGGCGGCAACUUAGCUCAAGAUGAGUUUAUUGGAAAACACAGGCAGCAAUUCAUGACGGGGCUGCAGAAGGACUCCUUCUACUUCUUCAGAGUCAGCGCCCGAAACAGGGUCGGCAACGGACCCUUCGUUGAGACGGACGAAGCUGUGCAAGCAAAGAACAAGUUUGACGUUCCUGAACCUCCUCUGAAUGUUGACGUUGGAAACGUCACCAAGUUUGGCUGCACCGUCUCCUGGGACCCUCCAGUGUCAGACGGCGGCUCUCCCAUCACCUCCUACAUCGUGGARCUGCGCGACAGGACGUCGGUGAAGUGGUCGCCUGUCCAGGUGACGAAAGCCGGCGAGCUCAGCGCCAUYGUCAAUGACGUCAUCGAGAACAAGGAGUACAUCUUCAGAGUCAAAGCUGAGAACAAAGCUGGCGAGGGCAAACCCAGCGCCGCGUCACGACCUGUUAAGAUCAUGGAUCCAAUCGAACGUCCCAGUCCACCUCAGAACCUGACCUGGCAGGACCAGAACAAGAGCUCAGUGCAGCUCACCUGGGAGACGCCGCUGAAAAACGGCGGCAGCAUCAUCACCGGCUACAUCAUCGAACGCUGCGAGGAGGGAACCGACAAGUGGCUCCGCUGCAACGCCCGCCUCUGCCCAGACCUCUUCUACAAGGUGUCUGGCCUGAAAUAUGGAACCAAGUACAACUACAGGGUGCUUGCUGAAAAUGCUGCUGGAGUUUCUGAACCGUCAAACGUCGUUGGACCUCUGCUGGCAGACGACCCACAUUUUGCUCCGUCCUUUGACCUGAGUGCUUUCAAAGACGGCCUGGAAGUGAUCGUCCCUCAGCCUCUCACCAUCAGAGUUCCCAUCAGCGGAUACCCGACCCCCGUCGCCAAGUGGACCUUCGGAGAGAAGGAGGUGACGACCGCAGACGAACGCGUCUCCCUGAUGACCAAGUCCACUUUCACAGAACUUAUGAUCACGCCGAGCGUCCGGCCAGACAAAGGCAUCUACACCCUCCACCUGGAGAACGACGUCACCUCUGUGUCUGGAGAUAUCGAAGUCAACGUCAUCGCUGCACCCAGCGCACCCAAGGACUUCAAGGUCCUAGAGGUGACCCGGCAGCACGUCCAUCUGAGCUGGGAGGCUCCAGAACACGAUGGAGGAAGUCCUCUAACCGGCUAUCAGGUGGAAAAACGGGACGUGUCCCGCAAGACCUGGGUGAAGGUUAUAACAGGGAUCCAGGAUCUGGAGUUCACCGUCACCGACGUGGUUGAAGGGAAGGAGUAUCUGUUCAGAGUCACCGCCUGCAACAAGUGCGGCCCAGGAGAGCCAGCCUACAUCGAUGAGCCCGUCAACGUCUCUUCUCCAGCCACUGUGCCAGACCCACCAGAGAACCUGAAGUGGAGAGACAAGUCAGCCAGUGGCAUCUUCCUCAUCUGGGAGCCGCCAAAAUAUGACGGCGGCACCGGCAUCCGAGGCUACAACGUGGAGCGCUGCCAGAGAGGCACAGACAAGUGGGAGCCCUGCGGAGACAUGGUGCCAGAGCUGAAGUGCCAGGUGACCGGUCUGAUCGAGGGCGAGUGGUACGCCUAUAGAGUCCGAGCUCUGAACCGACUCGGAGCCAGCCGGCCCUGCAAACCCACAGACGAGAUCCAGGCCGUUGAUCCGAUAGAGGCUCCAGAGAUCCAGCUUGAUGCCAAGCUUCUGGCCGGUCUGACGGCCAAGGCUGGCAGCAAGAUCGAACUCCCAGCUGAAGUGAAGGGAAAGCCUGAACCCCGAGUGAAGUGGACCAAGGCCGACCUGGUUCUGAAGCCAGACGACAGGGUGUCCAUCGACACCAAGCCGGGACACUCCACUGUCACCAUUGCUAAGACCAAGAGAGACGACACCUCCACCUACAUCAUCGAGGCAACCAACAGCAGCGGCCGCGCCACCGCCACUGUGGAUGUCAACAUCCUUGACAAACCUGGUCCUCCUGCUGCCUUCGACAUUUCUGAGAUCACCAACGAAACCUGCCUCCUGGCCUGGAACCCGCCACGCGACGACGGCGGCUCCAGAGUUACCAACUACAUCGUGGAGCGCCGAGCUGCCGACAGCGAGAUCUGGCACCGACUGUCCUCCACUGUCAAACAGACCACAUACAAGGCAGUCGGCCUGGUCAAGUUCAAGGAGUACAUCUUCAGAGCCUUCGCUGAGAACCAGUUYGGUGUCGGUCCACCAGCUGAACACCCGCCCAUCAUCGCCAGAUAUCCGUUUGACACCCCUGGUGCUCCCUACAAACUGGAGCCUUCUGACAUCGCCAAAGACGCCGUGACCCUGAACUGGUACGAGCCGGAUGAGGAUGGAGGCAGCCCCAUCACAGGCUACUGGGUGGAGAGAUACGAACCGGACCAUGACAAGUGGAUACGAUGCAACAAGCUGCCCAUCAAAGACACCAACUACAGAGUGAAAGGUCUUCCUACGAGGAAGAAGUACAAGUUCAGAGUCCUGGCUGAAAAUCUGGCUGGAACUGGAAAACCCAGCAAAGAGACAGAUCCAAUCCUUAUCAAAGACCCUAUUGAUCCUCCUUGGCCUCCUGGUAAACCCACCGUGAAGGAUGUAGCCAAGACUUCCUGCUUCCUGACUUGGACCAAACCCGAGCACGACGGCGGGGCCAAGAUCGACAGCUACGUCAUCGAGAUGUUGAAGAGCGGAACCACGGACUGGAUCCGUGUGGCAGAGAACAUCAACCUCCUGGAGUUCUUCCUGAAGGGCCUKAUGGAGAAGCAGGAGUAUUCGUUCAGAGUGAGAGCCAUUAACGUGGCCGGGGAGAGCGAACCCAGCGAGCCCAGCGACCCGGUGCUGUGCAAGGAGAGGCUGAAUCCUCCAUCGGCUCCUCGAUGGUUGGAGGUGGUGAGUAUCAGCCGGAGCAGCGCUGACUUGAAGUGGACGGCUCCGGAGCGUGACGGAGGAUCUCGCAUCACCAACUACGUCGUGGAGAAGCGCGACGUCAGGCGUAAAGGCUGGCAGGCCGUGGACACCACCGUGAAGGAGCUGAAGGCCACCGUGUCUCCGCUCAACGACGGAUCGCUGUACGUGUUCAGAGUCGCUGCUGAGAACGCCGUGGGUGUCGGGCCGUUCUGCGAGCUGGAGGACUCCGUGUUGGCCAAGGAUACUUUUACUACUCCUGGGCCGCCCUAUGCACUCACCGUCUACUCUGUGACCAAAAAGUAUGUGGACCUGGAGUGGGAGGCACCUAAAAAUGAUGGCGGUAGACCGAUACUCAGGUACUCUAUUGAGAAGAAGGAGAAGCUUGGAACUCGCUGGGUGAAAUGUGGAAAGACUUCUGGUCCAGACUGUAAAUACCGAGUAACGGAUGUUAUUGAGGGAACCGAAGUACAGUUCCAGGUCCGGGCUGAGAAUGAGGCCGGAGUUGGACACCCAUGUGAACCUACCGAGAUCCUGACCAUUGAAGAUCCAACAGGAAUCCCAUCUCCUCCCAUCGAGCUGCAUGUAACCGGAGCCAGCAGGGACUUCCUGUCCAUCGCCUGGAAGCCUCCGCAGCAGGACGGCGGCUCCCUGAUCCGCGGCUAUCAUAUCGAGAUGUGCGAGGCCGGAACCGAGAAGUGGAUGAGGGUCAACUCCCGUCCAGUGAAGGAGCUGAAGUACCGAGUGGAGGAAGGCGUCGUCCCUGAGAAGGAGUACAUACUGAGAGUGAGGGCCAUCAAUUCUGUAGGGGAGAGUGAGCCCUCCGACAUCUCAGAAAACGUCUUUGCCAAAGACUCUGACUGUAACCCAACACUGGAGUUCCAGACUCUGGACCUCGUUGUGGUGGAAACAGAGAAGCUCCACAUCCCAGUUCCCUUCAGAGCCGUCCCGUCUCCCAAAAUCACCUGGCACAAAGACGGCAAGGAGCUGAAGGCUGAUGAGCGUCUCAUGUUCAGGAAGGAGUACACUUCCUGUCACCUGGAGAUUGACAGCAGCCUUCACCCCGAUGCUGGAGUUUAUAAAGUGACUCUGGAGAACAAACUGGGAAGUGCCAGUGCUACCAUUAACGUGAAAGUCAUCGGUCUUCCUGGUCCCUGCAAAGAGAUUGUUGCAUCAGAAAUCACAAAGAGCUCAUGUAAAGUUUCCUGGGAUCCUCCAGACUACGACGGCGGCAGUCCGAUUCUUCACUACGUCCUUCAGCGGCGUGAGGCUGGUAGGAGGACCUACGUCAACAUGAUGUCUGGAGAGAACAAGGUGAGCUGGACGGUGAAAGACCUCAUCCCCAACGGAGAGUACUACUUCAGAGUCCAGGCCGUCAACAAGAUUGGAGGAGGAGAGUUCAUCGAACUGCGCAACCCUGUCAUUGCAGAGGACCAAAAACAUGCUCCUGACGCGCCAGUGGACGUGGAAACCCACAACCCCACUUCCAGCACUAUAACCCUGACCUGGAAGCCUCCUAUGUACGAUGGCGGCGCCAAAAUCAUGGGCUACAUUCUGGAGAGGCAGCAGAAAGGCGAGGACAAGUGGGAGAGGUGCAAUGACUUUCUGGUUCCUGUACUGUCCUACACAGUCAGAGGACUAACAGAGGGCAAGAACUACAUGUUCAGAGUCAAAGCUGAAAACGCUGCUGGCAUCAGUGAUCCGUCACGCAACACAUUGUUCGUUAAAGCCUCUGAUGCUGUUGAUCCUCCAAAGGUUUUCCUCAGUGGUAGCCUGCAGUCUGGUCUCAGUGUGAAGCGAGGCUGCGAGAUCUGCCUGGACGCCAAUAUUUCCGGCUCGCCGUACCCUCAGAUCACCUGGUACUGGAACAACCAGGUGAUCCAGCCUGAACCGCUCCAAGAGAAGAAGGAGGAGGAGAAGAAGCCAGAAGAGAAAGCUGCUGAGCCAGAGGUGGAGGAGCCUGACUAUCCCACCAUAAAUGAACGUCUGACCGUCAAUAACAGCCACAGGGGCGUGUCCUCCAUCGUCAUUAAUGAGUCAGUCCGCCCAGAUCAUGGGGUCUACAUGGUGAAGGUGGAGAAUGACCACGGCAUUGCCUCAGCAACCUGCGAGGUCAACGUGCUGGAUACUCCUGGUCCUCCUGUGAACUUUAGAUUUGAGGAAGUGAGGAAGAACUCAGUCAUUUGCAAGUGGGAUCCGCCUCUGGAUGACGGCGGCAGUGAGAUCCUCAACUACACCCUGGAGAAGAAGGACAACUCCAAGGUGGAGUUCGGCUGGAGUUGUGUUACCGGCACAUUGAGAGGCUGCCGCUACCUGGUGCCCAAACUCAUCGAGAAGAAGGAGUAUAUCUUCAGGGUUGUAGCUGAAAACAAGUUUGGCCCUGGUCCACCCUGCGUCUCCAAACCUCUCAUCGCCAAGAAUCCCUUUGAACUUCCUGAGGCUCCAGAUAAGCCACAGAUUGACGACGUCACAGCCAACAGCAUGCUGGUCACUUGGGAGGUACCAAAGGACAAUGGCAGCCCCAUCCUGGGUUACUGGGUGGAGCGCAGGGAGAUCAACAGCUCCCACUGGGCACGUGUCAACAGGGAGAUCGUCCCAGACACGGAGCUGAACGUUGAAGGUCUUCUGGAGGGACUAACCUACAUCUUCAGGGUGGCGGCUGAAAACCAGGCCGGCCCUGGAAAGUUCAGUCCUCCCUCUGAGCCUAAAACAGCGCAGGCUCCAAUCUUGCCACCUGGACCUCCCAUUGCCAGAGUGGUGGUAACCACUGACCACUCCAUCGAAGUAGAGUGGGAUCCUCCUGCCGACAAUGGUGGAGGAGAGAUUCUGGGAUACCAUGUGGAUAAGGCAAUGGCUGGUACCAAGGACUGGUCUAGAUCAACAGAACGUGCCUGGAAGCAGCGUAACUUCACCGUCUAUGGAGUUCGUGAGGGGGCGAAGUACGCAGUCAGAGUCAUUGCCUGCAAUGCUGCAGGAGAAGGAACACCUGGUUUCACAGAUGCUGUUUUUGUCCGGAACCCAGCAGAGGUCCCAGUAAUUGACAUGGACCUUGCCAUCAAGAAUGGUAUAAUCAUCAGAGCUGGAGAAACGCUGCGUAUUCCUGCUACAGUCACUGGUAAACCCUAUCCAUCCAUCACCUGGACAAAGGAUGAUGGYAAACCAGAUAAAGACCGUGUGGAGAUCCUUAGUGAGGGCAACGACAGUGUUGUCUCAAUCAAGAAUGUCCAGAGGCAAGACUGUGGAAAAUACCAGAUCUCUGCCUGCAACCCCAGUGGCUCCAAGUCUGCAUCAACCAGAGUGGAAGUGAUGGAUGUCCCUGGUCCCAUCAAGGACUUGAAGCCAGUCGUUGUUACUCGUAAGAUGAUUUUCCUGAACUGGGAUGACCCAGAAGAUGACGGAGGCAGCGAUCUGACAGGCUUUCUUGUGGAACGAAGGGAUGCUAAGAUGCACACAUGGAGGCAGCCUGUUGAAACUCCUUCGUCCAAGUGCGAGUGUGUAGGAAUCAUGGAGGGACAGGAGUACUUCUUCCGUGUCACUGCCAAGAACAAGUACGGUUUGGGUGUUCCUGUUGAGCUGGGACCCAUCAAAGCUGUGGAUCCUCAGGGUCCACCAUCAUACCCUGAAAAGUUCCACUACACAGAGAGGACCAAAAACUCCAUCACUCUGGCCUGGAAGCCACCGCGCAGUGAUGGUGGCAGCCCAGUUAUUGGGUACUUCGUAGAGAAGAAGAGGCAGGACCAACAGGCCUUUGAGCCUUGCAACACAGAGAUCUGCCCCAACAUGACUCUCACUGUUGAAGGCCUGGAGGAGGCUUGGAUGUAUGAGUUCAGAAUCAAGUGUGCCAAUCUCAUUGGAGAGAGUGAGCCGUCCAUUCCACUGACUGUAGUAAUUCAAGAUGAUGAAGUUGGUCCUGAGGUCCACAUGCUGAAGCAUUUUACUGCUGACUGCAUUACUGUGAAGAAGGGUGAGCCUAUUGAAAUUCCUGCUGAAAUCAUUGGACUCCCCAUCCCAAACAUCGAGUGGUCCAAGGACGACGUGCUAAUUGACAAGCCAACAGAGACACUGCUUCUGGAAACAGAGGUGACUGGAAGGCUGAAUGCCAAGACCAAACUAUCCAUCCCAGCUGCCAACAGGAGGGACCGCGGCAGCUAUACUGUGUCAGCAUCCAACAACAUGGGUUCAGCCAAACACACCGUCUAUGUCAUGGUGCUUGACCGACCAACUCCACCCAGGAAUCUGGCUGUGUCAAACAUCAGGGCCGAGUCUUGCUACUUAAACUGGGACCCACCAGUUGAUAAUGGUGGAAGCGAACUGACCAACUACAUUAUUGAGAGGAAGGAAGUGCGUAAAGACCAGCCUGAGCCAGAAGAGGGAGAAGAGGCUCCACCUGAGCCGCAGUGGGAAGUGGUCAACAAUGCCGUAAUUGAAAGGAAAUUAGGGGUGUGGGAGAUGGAGACCAACAAGACCUAUCUGUUCCAAGUCAGAGCCGAAAACAAGUACGGCAUAUCUGACCCGUGUACAACGGAGGAAGUCCUUAUCACAGAUCCAUUUGGUCUUCCUGGCCCACCACAGAAACCAACUAUUGCAGAAUACUCCAAGACCUCCAUGACACUAACAUGGGAGCCUCCUAGAGAGACUGGAGGCUCAAUGAUCACUGGCUACUGGCUGGAGAAAAGAGAGAAAGGAACGGACUAUUGGGCCAAAGUUAACAAGACGCCAGUCACAAAAAGAGGCACGAAAGGUUGGGAGUAUCAGGUGACUCGACUGUUUGAAGGAACUGAGUACGAGUUCAGGGUUGCAGCCUCCAAUUCAGCUGGAACUGGACCAUUCAGUGGGCCGUCUGACUCUGCCUUUGCAGUUGAUCCGAUCACUCCUCCAAGCAUGCCUGCUGCUCCUGAGAUUGCUGACAAGACGAAGCACAGUGUCACGCUGUCCUGGAUGCCACCGGAGAGUGAYGGAGGAAGCCCCAUUAAGGGAUACAUUAUCCAGAUUCAGGAUGAAGGCUCGUCAGAGUGGCACAAGAUCAACGACAUUGACAGCCUGCACCCCACCACAGAGUUCACUGUGCCCAGUCUCCGUGAGUUGAAGCGCUACCGCUUCAGGAUCAUCGCUGUCAAUGACAUCGGCGAGUCCGACCCCAGCCCGCGCACCAGCGAAGUUCUGAUAGAGGAUGUCCAACUUCCUCCUGUAAUUACAAUUGAUGUCUUGGCCGAAGAGCUAGUCAACAUUCGUGCUGGAGAUCCAAUCAGGAUUCCCGCAACCAUUAAGGGCCGGCCUGCUCCCAAGGUUACAUGGGACUACGAAGGCAAAGCSAAGAGCGAGAAAAAGAACAAACUGCACACAAUCCCUGUUGAGGCUCAGGUUGAGUCCACAGACACCACCUCAGUGGUGAACAUYCCUGUGAGCUUGAGGAGUCAUUCUGGACGUUACACCAUCACAGCCAAGAACAAGUCUGGACAGAAACAUGUCAACGUCAGAGUCAUUGUCGUUGAUGUUCCUGGACCUCCAAARAACCUGAAGGUCACUGAUGUAACUCGUUCCACCAUGAGGCUGAUCUGGAAGCUCCCUGACACUGAYGGAGGAGAGAGGAUCAAGAGCUACUUCAUUGAGAAGAAGUCUGUKAUUGACAAGGCCUGGACCAAGGUGAAUGCCACUUGUGCUAGCCAGGCCUUUGUGGUUCCAGGCCUGCUUGAGGGUCAGGAUUACCUGUUCAGGGUUCGAGCAGAAAACAGACUGGGAUUUGGUCCUUUUACCGAGACGACCGAACCCAUCAGAGCCAGAGAUCCCAUCUACCCACCUGACCCCCCGACCAAGCUGAAGGUAAACCUAGUCACAAAGAACACCGUCACUCUGAGCUGGGAGCCUCCAAAGAACAACGGCGGCUCACCUGUAAAACAUUACAUCAUCGAGCGUCUGAGCUGGGACACCAGCGGCAAGGAGAAGGAGACCUGGAAGCAGUGCAACAAGAGGGAUGUGGAGGAGCUCACCUUCAUUGUGGAGGAUCUGAAGGAGGGAGGAGAAUAUGAAUUCAGAGUAAAAGCUGUGAAUGCAGCUGGACCCAGCMGACCGUCUGCCACCGUUGGACCUCUGGUCAUCAAGGAUCAGACAUGUCCUCCCACCAUUGAGCUGCGUGAAGCCAUGGAGGGUGAGGAGGGCUGCGAUGUCAGCAUUGUGGCGAGGAUCAGUGGCUGUCCCUUCCCAACCCUGACCUGGCACAAGGCCAGCCUGGCCAAACCCGAGGAAAAGGCUGCUGUCCAGUAUGACCAGCACAUCAACAAACUGGUGACUCCAGACAAGUGCACACUGUUGAUCCAGCAGGCCAGCCGGAACGACAGCGCCCUCUACAGCCUGACGGCCAGUAAUAGCCUGGGUACUGUCUCCAAGGACAUCAAGCUGGCAGUGCUGGGACCUCCUGGCCCACCAGUGGGACCAAUCAAGUUCACAGAGGUGUUUGCAGAGAGGAUCGGCCUGGCCUGGAACCCUCCCACCGAUGAUGGUGGAUCCAAGAUCACCAACUAUGUGGUUGAGAAGCGUGAGGACAACAGAAAGACCUGGGUCCACGUCUCCAACGACCCGAAAGAGUGCGCCUACGUGGUGACACGACUUACAGAGAACCAUGAGUACGAGUUCAGAGUCAUGGCCCAGAACAAGUUUGGAGUCGGACCGGCAGUGAUCAGUGAGCCAGAGAAGGCCAGAAACCUCUUCACUGUACCCGGUCAGUGUGAGAAACCAACAGUUACUGAAGUCUGUCUGGAGUCCAUGACCGUCAACUGGGAUGAGCCCAAAUCUGACGGCGGAUCUCCCAUCACCGGCUACUUCGUUGAGAAGAAGGAGACCACUUCCAAACGCUGGACCCGUGUCACCCGGGAACCAAUCCGUGCGCUCCCACUGGGCAACAACUGGGACGUUACAGGCCUGCUGGAUGGCGCCCUGUACCAGUUCAGGGUGAUCGCCAUCAACGCCGCCGGCUGUGGCCUGCCUAGCUUGCCCUCUGACCCUGUACUCUGCAGAGACCCCAUCAAGCCUCCCGGGCCGCCUUACCCGAAGGUGAUGGACUGGACUAAAUCAACGGUGGAGCUGGAGUGGCUCCCUCCAUCGACAGAUGGAGGCUCCAAGGUGACAGGUUACAUUGUUGAGCUGAAGGAGAUAAACAAGGAGGAAGAGGAGAUGAAAGCCAAGAGGAGGCUGCUGUUGAGCGAAGCCGAGGAAGAGAAGGAGCCUGAGAGCGACGAGAGCUGGAAGAAGGCAAAGGACACAGAGAUCAGAGGAACUAAGUUUGUUGUGACCGACCUGACAGAAGGAGGGCUGUAYCAGUUCAGAGUCCGAGCUGUGAACUCUGCUGGCGUGGGAGACCCAGGUCUGGUGUCUGAGCUGAUCGAAGUCAAAGACAGAACAAUUCCUCCUGAGAUGGACCUUGAUGCCUCAGUGAAGGAGAAGAUUGUGGUCCAUGCCGGAGCCACCAUCCGUAUCAUCGCCUACGUGUCAGGCAAACCCGCCCCGCAGAUCACCUGGUGCCGUGACGACGCUGAGGUGCCCAAAGAGGCCGUGGUAGAGACGACGGGCAUCUCUAACUCUCUGGUCAUCAAGAACUGCAGACGGCAGCAUCAGGGCAUGUACACACUGAGCGCCAAGAACGAGGGAGGCGAGAGGAGGAAGGCCGUCAUCGUUGAAGUUCUCGAUGUUCCUGGACCUGUUGGUCUUCCCUUCGCUGGUGAGAAUCUGACCACCGACUCCUGCAAACUGACCUGGUACUUCCCCGAAGACGACGGCGGCUCAGCCAUCACCAACUACAUCAUCGAGAAACGAGAGUCCGACCGAAUGGGCUGGACCUCGGUGUCCUACACRGUGACGAGGAACAAUGCUGUGGUGCAGGGACUGAUCGAAGGCAAGGGCUACUUCUUCAGGAUCGCAGCUGAGAACAUCAUCGGAAUGGGACCUUUCAUCGAGAUCGAUAAGAUGGUCCUCAUUAAAGACCCAAUCUCCGUCCCGGAGCGUCCAGAGGACCUGAUUAUCACAGGUGUUACCAAGGACUCCAUCUCUGUUGCCUGGAGACCACCCAAAUACGACGGUGGUGCAGAGGUGACCUCCUACGUCCUUGAGUCCCGAAUGCUGGGCCGUGACACUUUCACUAGGAUUGGAGGCGAGGACAAGCUGAUGGACAGGAAGUUCACGCUAACUGAACUGAAGGAAGGUUCGAGUCAUGAGUUCAGAGUCUCAGCCGUCAAUCAGGUGGGGCAGGGCAAGCACUCCUUCCCCACCAAACCUGUGCAGUGCAAGGAUGAGCUCGAACCACCUACUUUGGACCUGGACUUCAGAGACACGAUGAUGGUCAAGGUGGGAGAUCCAUGCAUGCUAUCAGGACGUUACAGCGGCAAGCCAGCCCCAACAAUCACCUGGACGAAGAAYGACGAAGAGCUUAAAUCAGACGAAGAGAUCAACCUUCACAGCACCGCACGCCACCUCAGCAUGAACAUCAGCAAGGCCAAGAGAGAACACAGUGGCCGCUACUGCGUCAGCAUCGAGAACGCCGCCGGGCCUCGGACAGGAAUUUGCACCAUCACUGUAGUCGACCGUCCUCAGCCACCAGAGGGCCCCAUAGUGUUCAACGAAGUCUACAGGAACUACAUGGUCAUCUCCUGGAACCCUCCUCUAGAUGACGGCGGCUGCGCCAUCUCCAAUUACAUAAUUGAGAAGAGAGACACCAACAGAGAGCUGUGGAUGCCCGUCACCUCUUCCUCCACCAGAACCUCCUGCAAGGUGCCAAAGCUGAUCGAGGGUCGUGAGUACAUCAUCCGGAUCAUGGCUCAGAACAUGUAUGGCAUCAGUGACCCACUCCUGUCAGCGGAGACCAAAGCUCGAGACGUCUUCAAGGUGCCUGAUGCGCCAAAGCAACCCACAGUGAAGGAAGUUUACCAUGACUGCGCCCUGAUCAGCUGGGAGCCACCUGCUGAUGGAGGAAAACCAAUCACAGGUUACAUUGUGGAGAGGAAGGAGACCAAGGCCAACAGAUGGGUUCGCUGCAACACAGAAAGAAUCUACCCCAAAGUGGAGUACUGUGUGACAGAGCUGCUGCAAGGCUGYGAAUACGAGUUUAGAGUCAGCGCUGAGAACGUGGUGGGAGCUGGAGACCCCAGCCCACCAUCCAAACCAGUUUUUGCCAAGGAUCCCAUCGUAAAACCUGGUCCACCUGUCAACCUUCGCGCCAUCGACUUCACCAAAGAGUCAGUGACUCUGUCCUGGGAGCCGCCCACCGACACUGGACGAGGCAAGAUCUUCGGAUACCUGCUGGAGUUCCAGAAGGCUGGGCAAGAGGAAUGGAGCAAGGUGAACCAGACUCCAGAUUCCUGCCAGGAGACCAAGUUUAAGGUGAUAGACCUGGAAGAUGGUGCUCUGUACCGCUUCAGAGUCAUGGCUGUGAACGCAGCUGGAGAGUCUGACCCAGCCAACCUGAAGGAUCCAAUCAGAGUGCAGGAGAGACUUGAGCCUCCAGAGUUGAUCCUGGAKGCUGGAAUGACCCGCGAGGUGAAGGCCAUGGCUGGUACUCACAUCACCCUGAUGGCCACCAUCAAAGGCGUGCCAUUCCCCACAGUCACCUGGAAGAAGAAUGAAGCAGAGGUUCCUACCAGGGCUGACAUUGAGACAAACCAGGCUGGUACAAAGCUAGAGAUGAGAUUCUGCAACCGUGGAGACUGUGGAGACUACACUCUGACCGUCGAAAACCCGGCCGGCUCCAAGACUGCUACCUGCACUGUGCUGGUUCUUGACAAACCUGGUCCUAUUCAGCACCUCCGGGUGUCUGAUGUCAGAAGUGACUCCGCCUACCUGUCAUGGAAGGAUCCGGAAGACAAUGGCGGCUCUCGCAUCACUAACUUUGUGGUAGAGAAGAAAGACACUGCAUCCACUCAGUGGGUUCCUGUCUGCUCCACCUCCAAGAAACGCAGCAUGAUGCUGAAGCACCUGAUGGAGGGCACAUCCUACUCAUUCAGAGUUGCUGCUGAAAACCACUAUGGCCGAAGCGAAUUUGUUGAGAUACCAAAGGCUAUCAAGGCAAUGAACCCUCUUUUCCCUCCUGGUCCUCCUAAAGACCUGCAUCACGUUGAUGUGGACAAAACAGAGGUCUGGUUGGCCUGGAAUUGGCCUGAUCGCGAUGGAGGAAGUGAGAUCACUGGCUUCUUUGUGGAGUAUCAGGAAGAAGGAGCCAGAGAGUGGGAAGAAUGGAAGACUGAGAGCAUCCCAGAGAGUCAUGUUACCGGCUUGGAGGAAGGAAAGACCUAUCGCUUCAGAGUGAGGACUGAAAAUGCCAUUGGCCUCAGUAGACCUGACACCACACUGCCCAUCCUCUGCCAGGAGAAACUAGUCCCUCCAAUUGUGGAGGUAGAUGUUAAGCUGAUUGAAGGCAUCAUUGUGAAGGCUGGCACCACCAUCAGGCUACCAGCUAUAAUGAGAGGAAUUCCUGUUCCCACUGCCAARUGGUCCGUUGACGGGGAGGAAAUCACAAGCCAGGGCAACGUCAAAAUUGAUACUGACAAUUUCUCAACUGUGCUUAACAUAAACGAGUGUACCAGGAACCACACAGGCACCUACCUGCUCACUGUGUCCAAUGCGGCAGGGACGAAAACCGUGGCCCUGAGUGUAACUGUUUUGGAUGUUCCAGCUGCACCUAUUGGACCCGUCAACAUCAUGGAAGUCACUCCAGACUCCAUGACAAUCGAAUGGCGUCCUCCCAAGGACGAUGGCGGAAGCCCCGUCACCAGCUACAUUGUGGAAAAACGAGAGUCCAACAAGGAGACUUGGGGAGGCGUUAGCUCCGGCAGCCUUGAAACUGAGCUCAGGAUUACCCGCCUGCAGAAAGGAACAGAGUAUGUGGUUCGCAUUCGUGCCGCAAACAAGAUGGGAGUGGGUGCUCCACUGGAGAGCAAGCCAACCGUGGCUGAACACACCUUCAUGCCACCCAGUUCACCUGGUAAACCGCAGCAUUAUGAUCUGGCUGAAGAUGCUGUUACAAUCGGAUGGACCAUGCCUCUAGCUGAUGGUGGCAGCCCGAUCACUGGCUACCUCAUAGAGCGCAGACACAAGGGAGGAAAAUGGAUCCGUGUUAAUAGGACCCCUUGCAAGGACCUUCGAUACAGAGUCCAGGGUCUGUUUGAAGGAAGUGAAUAUGAAUUCAGGGUGUUUGCAGAGAAUAUUGCUGGCUAUAGUGGUCCUUCUCCUACCUCUGACCCCUGCAAACCCUGCAGACCCAUCUCAGUCCCAAGCUCUCCUAUUAAUCCCAAAGUUAAGGAUUACAGUAAGAACACUGCUGACCUGGUCUGGACCAAACCCUCCAGAGACGGAGGCAGCCCCAUCCUUGGCUACACAGUGGAAAUGAAGAAAGCCGAUAGCGAGGAGUGGAAGAAAGUGAACCUGGAUGACUUCAUUAAGCUGUGUGCCUACAGGGUGAAGGGUCUGGAAGAAGGUGUGGGCUACAGUUUCAGAGUCUAUGCUUCAAACAUGAUYGGAGAUGGAGAGCCAAAAGAAAUGCCACAGUCAAUCACUGCUCAGGAUAUCCUCAUCCCUCCUGAGAUUGAAAUGGAGGCUACCUGUCGCGAGAGGUUAACCGUGCGUGUCGGCCACAAUAUCAACAUCAUUGGCUACAUCAAGGCCCGUCCUGAUCCUGAGGUCAUUUGGUCAAAGGAGGAGACGGUUCUGGAGAACAGCAAACGAGUGACAAUCAUUCAGAACCUCCCGGUGGUUCACCUCAGGGUAAAAGAAGCUACGAGGAAUGAUCAUGGAAAAUACACACUGAAGGCUUCAAAUGAGGGUGGUGAGGCUUCCUGCACCAUCACARUUAAUGUGUUGGACAGACCAAGUCACUGCCAGAAUCUGCACAUAACCUAUGCCACCAAGGACUCAUGCAUGGUCAACUGGGAGGCACCCAUUGACAACGGUGGGUCUGAGAUCACCAAUUACAUUGUGGAGUGCCGUGAGCCCAGCAUUAGCAUGUGGUCCAUGAUCUCUUCUAACUGCACCAAUCGCAAGAUCAAAGCCAAACUGAUGGAAGGCCACGAGUACCUGUUCCGCGUCUGCGCCGUCAACAAGCUGGGACCUGGCCCCUGUGUGGAGACCAAGACCGCUCUGCUGGCCAUCGACCCCAUUGAGAAGCCUGGUGAGCCGGAGAACUUUAGAGCCACCGACAUUGGUAAAAACUUUGUCUAUCUGAGAUGGAGGAAGCCCGACUAUGACGGYGGCAGCCCCAACCUCUCGUACAACCUGGAGUGCAAACACAAAGAUGCUGAACAGUGGGAGAAACUCAACACUAGCACACUAACGGAUACCUUUUUCUUGGCUGACAAGUUGGUUGAAAACCACACCUACACAUUCAGGGUCCAGACUGUGAAUGAAGGUGGAGAAAGUGCAUGGGUAAAGAUCCCUGACAUCGUGGUGAGGGAGGAGAUCCAGAAGCCAGUCAUUGACCUGAAGGUAGCUGGAACUGUGACAGUGAAGGCUGGAGAGUCGGUCAGGAUGGAGGCUGCCCUGAGAGGAAAACCGCAGCCUGAAGUCAAAUGGACAAAAGACAAAGCUGUGGGAGACAAUCCCAGAAUGAGCUAUGAAACYGGUUCCGAUUAUUCCAAAUUUCUUUUGACCAAGUCCAGACGCUCAGACACCGGCAAGUAUGUCAUCACUGCCACWAAUACAGCUGGCACCUUCACAGCCUACGCAAACGUCAACGUCUUGGAUGUGCCGGGACCAGUGAGGAACCUGAGGAUCACCGGCAUCGGAGCUGAYAAAUGCAGAGUGGUGUGGGACGGUCCYGAGGACGACGGAGGCUGCGAAGUGGACAGUUACAUUCURGAGAAAUGUGAGACCAGGAGAAUGGUCUGGUCCACAUACUCCGCCUCAGUAGUCACUCCUUACUGUAACAUCAYCCGACUGGUGGAGGGYAAUGAGUACAUCUUCAGAGUGAGAGCAGAGAACAAGAUGGGAACUGGCCCCGCCAUGGAAAGCAGGCCUGUAACUGUCAAGACUCAGUUCAACAGACCUGGACCCCCUGACGCCCCCGAAGUUACUAAGGUCAGUAAGGAGGAGAUGACUGUGGUCUGGACUCCACCUGAGAACGAUGGAGGAAAGUCCAUCACUGGYUACAUUCUKGAGAGGAAGGAGAAGCGGGCGGUGCGCUGGGUGGCUUGCACAAAGAGCCCCAUCUCUGAAAGACGCAUGAAAGUGGGAAACCUGAUUCCAAACCAUGAAUACCAGUUCAGAGUGAAAGCAGAGAACGAGGUCGGCCUUGGAGAACCAAGCAAACCCUGCAGACCUGUUGCAGCCAAAGAUCCUAUUGAACCACCUGGACCACCAGCAUGCCUGAAGGUUUCUGACAGCACAAAGACCUCCAUUACCCUGUCCUGGUCUAAACCCGUGUAYGAUGGCGGCGCCACCAUUAUUAACUACAGCCUGGACUUGAGGCUGAAGAGCGACGCCGACCCAGAGAAACCCUCAGAGGGCUGGAAGAGAAUCGAUACCCGUGGCCCGCUGGUGAUCACAGAGUUCACUAUCGGCCAGCUGGAUGAGAAACAGGAGUAUGARUUUAAAGUCUCCGCCCAAAACCAGGUGGGRUGGGGUCGYCAUGCCUACCUGAAGGAGGCAGUGUCUCCCAAGGAGAUCCUUGAGGCCCCUGAAAUUGAGCUGGAUGCCAGUUUGAGGAAAGGCCUCGCMGUCAGGGCUGGGUGUCCCAUCCGGUUGUUUGCUGUGAUCAGAGGAAGRCCGGCCCCCAAGGUGACCUGGAAGCGCCUGGGUGUGGACAACGUCAUACGCCGAGGUCACGUGGACCAGGUCGACACCAUGUGCUUCCUGGUGAUCCCUGAGAGCACCAGAGAGGACUCUGGGAAAUAUUCACUGACUCUGUCCAACUCRGCUGGAGAGAAAGCUGUGUUUGUCCGAGUCAAAGUGCUUGACACUCCUGGUCCAGUUGGCGGCUUGGAUGCUACCGACAUAACUAAAACAACCGCUCAGCUCUCCUGGUUGCCUCCAGAAAAUGAUGGCGGCAGCCCCAUUAUUAAUUACACUGUGGAGAAACGGGAAGUGGAUAGGAAGACUUGGACCAAAUGCACAGAGRACCUGAAGAAAACCAGCUUCAAGGUGACCAACAUGACGCCAGGCAUYGAGUACUACUUCAGAGUCAUGGCAUGCAACAAAUACGGAAUUGGAGUUCCUCAGGAUUCUCCCAGAUCCUAUCUGGCUGUGGAUCCUAUAAGUGAGCCGGACCCACCUAAGAAGAUGGAUGUGUUGGAGAUCUCAAAGAACAGCGCCACGUUGGGCUGGCUGAAGCCCCUCAGAGACGGAGGAGCUAAGAUCAACGGUUAUGUUGUUGAUUACCAGGAAGAGGGAGCUCCCGAGGACAAGUGGACACCUUACUCUGUCGUCAARGACCUGACCAUUGUGGUGGUUGGUCUGAAGGAAGGAACAAAGUACAAGUUCAGAGUGGCAGCAAGGAACUCKGUUGGAGUUAGCUUGGCCCGCGAGGCGGAGGGAGUGUUUGAGGUCAAGGAGCAGCUCAUGGCUCCAAAGAUCAUCAUGCCCGACAUUGUUACGGUGAGGGCCGGAUCGAAAAUGGUGAUCGAGGGCAUCGUGGCUGGUAAACCGGCUCCUUUCUGCAAGUGGAAGCAGGGCAACGAGGACGUACUGACCUCAGACCGCCUGUCGGUCGUAAAGACUCUGACAACCUGUACCCUCAUCAUCAAGAACGUGAACAGAAAGGACAGCGGCUACUUCAGCCUGUCAGCCGAGAACAGCACCGGCAAGGUCAACCAGAUCCUCAGAGUCAUCGUCCAGGACAUCCCUGGACCUCCUAGUGGCCCUCUGGAGAUCUCAGAAUUGGAUAUUGAUGCUUGCACGCUGCUCUGGAACACCCCGGAGGAAGAUGGCGGCAGCCACAUCACUAACUACAUYGUGGAGAAGUGUGACAUCAGCCAGGGUGACUGGAUCACCGUUUCARCUUCCUGCACCAAGACCAGCUUCCGAAUGACCAAACUUACACCUGGAAAGGAGUACUGGUUCAGGGUCCGGGCUGAGAACAAGUCYGGCGUCUCUGAGCCCCUCUACUCUGAGAAGAUGAUUGCCAGAUAUCCGUUUGAUCCUCCAAGUGAACCCAGAAGCCUGCAGAUCAACAAGAUCAACAAGGACUUUGUCAUUCUGUCUUGGGAGCGUCCCAGCAGCGAUGGUGGAAGCCCCAUCACUGGUUUCUGCAUAGAGAAGAAGGAGAGGAACAGCCUGCUGUGGGUGAAGGCUAACGAGUCUGUGGUCAAAGCCACGCAGUACACCUGCACCGGCCUCAUCGAGGGCCUGGAGUACACCUUCAGGGUGUCGGCCUACAACAUGGCUGGACAGGGAAAACCCUGCAAACAGACCGACUUCAUCACCGCCAGAACUGCUGUUGACCCACCAGGGAAACCCGAAGCAAUGGAUGUGACCAAGAACUCUGUCUCAUUGGUCUGGAGCCGUCCCAAACAUGACGGCGGCAGCAAGCUGAUUGGCUACCAUGUGGAAUACACUAAGCUGCCAGAGGACAAAUGGACUUGCUGCAACGCCAACUGCAUGAACAUCCAGACCGAGAGCUACGUGGUUCAGGGCCUGGAGGAGGGUCAGAGGUACCAGUUCAGAGUCAUUGCCAAGACUGCCAUCAACGUCAGCCUCCCGUCUGAGGUGUCGGAUCCCAUUGCUGUUAUUGCUGAGAAUGUUCCUCCUCGCGUUGAACUGGGCAUCAACAUGAAGGGCCUCAUUGUGGUGAAGGCAGGCGACAACGUCUUCCUGGACGCUGAGGUUCACGGCAAACCCCUGCCUAAGGUCAGCUGGAAGAGAGACGGUGCGCCACUGGUGAUCGCAGAAGGAAUGAAGGCGAUGCAGAAGAAACACGUUCAUCUGCUGGAGCUCUACUCAGUCACCAGGAAGGAGACUGGAGACUACACCAUCCUCGCUGAAAACCUGAGUGGUAGCAAGUAUGCCACCAUUAAGGUCAAGGUUCUGGACAAACCCGGCCCUCCAGCCUCAAUAAAAAUCUCCAAAGUGUUUGCCGACCGUGUGAAGGUUCGCUGGGAGCCUCCACACGCAGAUGGAGGAUCUGAAAUCACCAACUACAUUCUUGAGAAGCGUGAAACCAGCAGGGCCAACUGGGCGCUGGUGACCGCUAACAUCCACGGCCACAACACCGACUGCUCAGUGGAAAAGCUCAUCGAGGGUCAUGAGUACCAGUUCAGAGUGAGUGCUGAGAACCAGUAUGGUGUGGGAGACGCCAUCAUGACUGACGCCGUAACCGUGAAGAACCCGUAYGAUAUUCCUGGGCCAUGUGAGCCACCGGUCAUUACCAACAUCACCAAGRACUCCAUGACAGUCAGCUGGAAAGCCCCCGCCAAUGACGGCAAAGCUCCCAUCCUGGGUUACCUGGUGGAGAAGCGUGAGGCCACGGAGUUGACCUGGGCUAAGGUUAACCGCCGACCCGUCAUCGACAGAACCAUCAAGGCAGCUCAGCUGACCGAGGGCUCAGAGUACGAGUUCAGAGUCAUCGCCUUGAACAAGGCCGGCCUGGGCAAACCUAGCGAUCCSUCCAACGCCGCUCUGGCUGUUGACCCCGUCUAUCCGCCUGGCCCUCCUGCGUUCCCCAAGGUGGUGGACUCCACCAAGCAUUCRAUCAGCCUCAGCUGGACCAAACCAGCUUACGAUGGCGGCUGUGAGAUCAUUGGAUAUCUGGUGGAGUGCAAGCGAGCCGACGCCGAGGAGUGGACCAAGUGCAAUGUCCCAAAGAAACUCCAGGCCACCAAAUUCGUGGUGACCAGCCUGACGGAAAACACAGAGUACCAGUUCAGAGUCACUGCCGUCAACAAGAUUGGCUACAGUGAGCCCAGCGAGGUUCCUGGAAACCACACGGCCAAAGACAUCCUGAUUGCCCCUGAAGGUGAGCUGGAUGCUGAUCUGAGGAAGGCUUUGGUUCUGCGAGCCGGCAUCACCAUGAGGCUGUACGUCCCGCUGAGGGGACGCCCGGCGCCCAAGGUGACAUGGACGAAGGUGGACGCCAACCUGAARGACAGGCAGGGCCUGCUGAUCAAGACAUCUGAGUGGGACACUCUGCUAAUGAUUGAGGACAUUAACAGAUAUGAUGCAGGCAAAUAUGUCCUGUCUCUGGAGAACAGCAGUGGAUCCAAGAGCUACACCAUUAUCGUUAAAGUCCUCGACUCACCUGGACCACCUGCUAACCUGACUGUGAAGGAGACCUCCAGGACCCACGCCUGGAUAAGCUGGGAGCCGCCGCUGAUCGAUGGUGGAAGUCCAGUGAAAAGCUACRUUGUGGAGAAACGUUUGGCUGAGAGGAAGGCGUGGACCUGCGUCUCCGCCGAGUGCCACAAGACCUCCUUCAGGAUCACCAAUCUGGAGCCGGGUCAAGCAUACUGCUUCAGAGUUCUGGCUGAAAACGCUUACGGCAUCGGAGAGGGCUGCGAGACGGCAGGCAGCGUCCGGGCCUCAGAACAACCUGGUCCAGUGACAGACCUCAGAGCCCAAAAGACCACCAAAGACUCUAUCACACUGAGCUGGAAGAAACCCAUCAGUGAUGGCGGAAGCUUCAUUAUCGCUUACAUCCUGGAGCAGAGCGAAGGAGAGGAGAAGUGGAAGGAGAUUAUGAAGGGCAAGAACACCAGUCACACCAUCAGUGAGCUGGCAGACGGCAAGCAGUAUUUAUUCCGGGUCAAGGCCCUCAACGAGUCUGGAGAGGGACCACCAACUGAGCUCACUGCUGUUGCCAAGGACCAAUUUGUGCUGCCUGACUGCAACUUGAGCAGUUUGCAUGAUGGUUGCUGCGUGGUGAAGGAGGGCACCACCAUGCGCAUCAACAUCCCUGUCAUUGGAGUGCCUAACCCUACCGCCACCUGGAAGAAGGGCGACAUGGGACUUGGCGACACUGGCCGUAUAUGUGUUGAGGCUUCCCAGGGCAUUACCACUCUACUGGUCAGAGACUGCCAGAGAGGAGAUGCAGAUACCUACACCAUCAAUGUCAGGAAUAGCGCAGGCUCAAAGGACUGCAAGUUCCAGUUGAAGGUCGUCGGAAAGCCUGGAAUAUGCACUGGACCCAUCAAGUUUGACGAGAUUACUGCUGAUGGCAUCACUUUGGAGUGGGCACCGCCCAAAGACGAUGGAGGUGCAGAGGUGUCCAAUUACAUUGUUGAGAAGAGGAGGACAACAGACAACAAAUGGGCCACAGUGGCUUCAGCCAUCCAGAAGACCACCAUGAGGGUGAUCAGACUCCACGAUGGAAUAGAGUACAUCUUCAGAGUGUGUGCUGAGAAUAAGUACGGCAUCGGAGAGUUCCUGAGGUCUGACYCAGUCAUCGCCCAGCAUCCGUUCAAUGUACCUGAGGCACCAGCUCCUCCUGAGAUUCUGAGCAUUCGACAUGAGUCAGCCAUUCUGACUUGGGCUGAUCCAAAAGACACCGGUGGCUCCCCAAUCACUGGGUAUCACCUUGAGUUUAAGGAGAGAAACAGCCUGAUGUGGAAGCGAGCUAGUAAGACUCCUUUGAGAGUAAAGGAGUGUAGAGUUACGGGUCUGGUUGAAGGACUAGAGUAUGAGUUCAGGGUGAUGGCUAUGAAUAUGGCCGGCCUUGGAAAGGCAAGCAAAGUCACUGAGGCUGUUGUYGCCCUUGAUCCUAUUGAUCCACCUGGUAAACCAGAUGUGAUUAAUGUUACCAGGAACACAGUCACUCUAAUUUGGACUGCUCCUAAAUAUGAUGGUGGCUAUAAGCUGACUGGCUACAUGGUGGAGAAACUUGAGGCUGGUGGAAAGGCAUGGAUGAAGGCCAAUCACGUGAACAUCCAGAGCUGUGCUUUCACCGUUACAGACCUGACAGAAGGAGCUCAGUAUCAGUUUAGAAUCAGGGCCAAGAAUGCUGCUGGUGCUGUCAGUGUUCCUUCAGAGACCACUGAAUCACUGACCUGCAAGGAUGAGUAUGAGCCUCCAUCUAUCACUCUUGACCAAGAGAUGAAGGAGGUUGUGCCCGUCAAGGCAGGAGACACAAUUGUUAUCUCAGCUGCAAAGAUUGUGGGCAAACCUCCCCCAACUGCUUUCUGGUCCAAGGGAGGUCGUGAAUUCAAGAACUCUGACAUUGUCAAUGUAACUAGCACUCCAACCUCUUCAACCCUUUCUAUCAAGUAUGCAAGCCGGAAGAAUACCGGAGAGUACACAAUUAAUGCCAGUAACCCAUUUGGUAUUAAGGAAGAACACAUUAAAGUAAAGGUCCUAGAUGUUCCUGGACCACCAGGCCCUAUUGAAGUCAGUAACAUUUCAGCUGAGAAGUGUACCCUGACCUGGCUUCCACCUGAAGAGGACGGAGGCUCCUCUAUCAAGUCCUACAUCCUUGAGAAGAGAGAGACUAGCCGCUUGCAGUGGACCAAAGUUGCGGAAAAUAUUAUGGACUGCAGACAUGUAGCCACCAAACUGAUCAAGGGCAAUGAGUACAUCUUUAGAGUGUGCGCUAUAAACCAGUAUGGCACAGGAGACUCUAGCCUGUCUGGUCCUGUCAAAAUGGCUGACAGCUAUGGUCCACCAGGUCCACCCUCAGCUCCAGAGGUAGAUAAUGUCAGUCGGAAUGCUGUUACCAUUUCAUGGAAGAGACCUGUACAGGACGGAGGAAGUGACAUUAGAGGAUAUUGUGUAGAAAGGAAAGAAAGGAGAGGAAUGMGAUGGGUGAGAGCCUGCAAGAGAACAGUUCCUGACCUUCGCUUCAAGGUGCAGGGCCUGAGUGAGGGAGUAGAGUACGAGUUUAGAGUCACUGCUGAGAAUAAAGCUGGAUUUGGGCAGCCAAGUGAGCCAUCACGCCCUGUAAUGACCAAGGAUAUUGUAUAUCCACCUGGUCCUCCAUCCAACCCUAGAAUUACAGAGACCACAAAAACUACAGCAGCCUUUGCUUGGGGCCGUCCUCAUUAUGAUGGUGGUCUUGAAGUAGAAGGUUACAUUGUUGAGUAUAAAAAGGAGGGUCAUGAUGACUGGGAGACAGAGACACAAUAUCCAAUUAAAGUUACUGAAUAUGUCAUUGGUAAACUUCAAAAAGGCGGCAAAUACCACUUCAGAGUUAGUGCUGUAAACUCUGAGGGAGUUGGUGAGCCUGCAGAGGUCGAGAAAGUGACUGAACUAGUUUACCAGGAAACAAUGCCAGACUUUGAGUUGGAUGCAGAGCUCAGGAAAACUCUGGUUGUCAGAUGCCGUGCUUCAAUUCGUCUAUUUGUUCCUAUCAAGGGCCGUCCUGUUCCUGAAGUCACUUGGAGCAAAGAAAAUACCAACCUGAAAGCACGUGCGCACAUUGAUACAACAGAGUCCUACACUCUACUGGUUAUUCCUGACUGCACUAGGUACGACGCAGGAAAAUACCAGCUCUCUUUGGAGAAUGUUGCUGGUAAGAAGUCAGGCUUUGUCAACGUGAAAGUUCUGGACACUCCUGGACCUCCAGUCAACCUUAAACCAAGAGAGAUCACUAAAAACAGCAUAACUCUCCAGUGGGAAAUCCCUAUUAUAGAUGGAGGAUCCAAGAUUCAUAACUAUGUCAUUGAAAAGAGAGAUGCUACAAAGAAGGCUUACACCGUGCUUAGCACAACAUGGCAAAAGUGUUCUUUUAAAUUUCAAGACCUUGAGGAGGGAGCUUACUACUACUUCCGUGUUUCUGCUGAAAAUGACCUUGGUGUAGGUGAACCUGCUGAAACCCCUGAACCCAUAAGAGUAUCUCAGGCCCCCUCUGCACCAGAUAACUUGUACGUUACUGAUUUGACCAAUGACAGCGCAAGCCUUGCAUGGACCAAGCCUCUUCAUGAUGGUGGUAGCUUGAUUACAGGAUAUGUCAUUGAGGCUCAAAAGAAAGACACUGAUCAAUGGGUCCACAUAACCACCAUUAAGGCUCUAGAUUAUACUGUGAUAGAUCUGAUUGAGGGUGCUGAAUACACCUUCCGUAUAAUGGCUGUCAAUGCAUCAGGCAGGAGUGAUCCUCGUGAGAGCCGGCCAGCUGUGAUUAAAGAGCAAACGUCUGCUCCAUCUUUUGACCUGAGAGGAGUGUACCAGAAAACCGUAAUCGUCAAAGCAGGGGACCGUGUUAAGGUGGAGAUUCCAGUGCUGGGAAAACCCAGGCCUGUUGUGUCAUGGAAGAAAGGAGACAUGGCACUUAAGGAAACACAAAGAAUCAACACUGAAACCACAGCAACAUCAACAAUCCUAAACAUCAGUGAGAUCAAAAGAACUGAUGAAGGCCAGUAUUCCAUGACUGGAAAGAAUAUUCUAGGCACACUGACAGAAACCAUCACAGUCCUGGUCCAUGACAUUCCAGGUCCUCCUACUGGUCCUGUCAAGCUGGAUGAGGUCUCGUGUGAUUAUGUUAUCAUGUCCUGGGAACCACCAGAGAAUGAUGGAGGUGUUCCUAUAAAUAAUUAUAUUGUUGAGAUGCGUGAGACUACAGGUACUUCAUGGAUGGAGUUGGCAGCUACAGUUAUUCGCACCACAUUCAAAGCUGCACGACUUAAUACUGGAACCCAGUAUCAGUUCCGUAUCAAGGCUCAGAACAGAUAUGGCGUUGGACCAUGUGUUCUGUCUGAACCAGUGUUAGCUGCCUAUCCAUUUGAUGUGCCAGGCCAGCCUGGCAUUCCUGUAGUUACAGCUUUCAACAAAGAUUCAAUGACUCUUAGUUGGAAUGAGCCAUCUUCUGAUGGAGGAAGUCCUAUUCUUGGGUAUCAUGUGGACAGAAAAGAGAAAAACAGCAUCUUGUGGCAGAGGAUCAGCAAAGCUCUUGUGGUUGGAAACAUCUUUAAAUCAUCAGGCCUUGUUGAUGGCAUUGGAUAUGAACACCGUGUUAUUGCUGAAAACACGGCUGGUCUCAGCAAACCUAGCAAACCCUGUGAGGCUACGUAUGCUUUGGACCCAGUUGAUCCACCAGGUAGACCUGUGGCAUUGAAUAUCACCAGACAUGAGGUGACAUUGUCAUGGACCAAACCAGAAGGUGACGGAGGAUUUUCUAUUACGGGAUACACAGUGGAGAGGAAGGAGAUGCCUAAUGGUCGCUGGCUUAAAGCAAAUUUUAACAACAUUCUAGAAACCACGUUCACAGUCAGUGGUCUGACUGAAGAUGCAACCUAUGAGUUCCGUGUGCUUGCUCGAAACUCAGCUGGUGCUGUUAGUGCUCCAUCACAGCCAUCAGAAGCCAUUACAUGCAGAGAUGACAUUGAAGAACCCAGGCUUGAUAUUGAUGCAUCAUAUAGCAGUAAUGUUGUAGUAAUGGCAGGAGAACCGUUCAAGUUGGAAGCCAGUGUAACUGGCAGGCCAAUUCCUUCUCUAGUAUGGACCAAGGAAGGAAAGGAGCUGGAGGACACAGCUAAAAUAGAAAUAAAGACAUCUGACUUYCACACAACCUUAACCAGCAAAGAUUCUCUAAGGAGAGAUGGUGGUGCUUUUACCCUGACUGCAAGCAAUCCUGGUGGAUUUGCAAAGUUCACUUUUAAUGUUAAAGUACUCGACAGACCUGGACCACCAGAUUCCCUUUCAGUUACGGAUGUUGCUGCAGAAAAAUGUGUGCUUAACUGGGUGCAUCCAACACAUGAUGGUGGUGCCAAAAUUGAAUACUUCAUCAUACAGAGGCGUGAGACCAGUAGGUUGGCAUGGACAAAUGUGGCCACAGACCUUCAAGCAAACAGGUUUAAGGUCACAAAGCUUCUUAAAGGAAAUGAGUAUAUUUUCAGAGUAAUGGCUGUCAAUAAGUAUGGCAUAGGUGAACCCCUUGAAUCAGAGCCUGUGACUUGUGUGAACCCAUAUGGUCCCAGUGACCCACCAACGCAGCCUGAGGUCACAACUAUCACCAAGGACUCAAUGGUUGUUUGCUGGGAGCGUCCUGAACAUGAUGGAGGCAGUAGAAUUAAUACAUACAUAAUUGAAAGAAGGGAUAAGACAGGUUUACGUUGGGUGAAAUGUAACAAGAGGACUGUGACAGAUUUGCGAUUCAAGGUCUCUGGUCUCACACAAGGUCACGAGUAUGAAUUUAGAGUUUUUGCUGAAAACAAUGCUGGUCUCAGUCAGCCCAGCCCUUCUAGUCCAUUCUACAAGGCUGUUGACACAAUUUUUCAGCCUGGACCUCCAGGAAACCCAAGAGUGCUUGACACAUCUAAAUCAUCCAUUACUGUUGCCUGGAAUAAACCUGUUUAUGAUGGUGGUUCUGAAAUCACUGGUUACAUUGUGGAGACUUGCCUGCCUGAGGAAGAUGAGUGGACAAUCCAUACUCCUAAGAAAGGAUGGACAGCCACAUCUUUUACCAUUACUAGUCUGAAAGAAAACCAGGAGUAUAAAAUCAACAUCUGUGCAACAAAUUCUGAAGGGGUGGGAGAACCUGCUGCUGUACCUGGAACCCCUAAGGCUGAAGACAGAUUAAUUCCGCCUGAAAUUGAACUUGGGGCAGAGCUACGUAAAGUUGUUUCCAUCAGAGCCUGUAGCACACUCAGACUUUUUGUCCCCAUCAAGGGAAGGCCAGCACCAGAAGUAAAAUGGUCAAGAGAGCAUGGAGAAUCCCUGGACAAGGCUAACAUUGAAAUUACCCCAUCAUUCACAACUCUUCAGAUAGACAAUGUUGACAGAUUUGAUGGAGGUAAAUACUUGGUGACAGUAGAGAAUGCCUCAGGAAGUAAAACRGCUUUUGUUAACGUUAGAGUACUAGAUACUCCUGGACCACCUCAGAAUCUCAUUGUUAAGGAGGUCACAAGAGAUUCAGUUUCUCUGGUUUGGGAUGCACCUCUCAUAGAUGGGGGCUCCAGAGUCCGCAGCUACAUUGUGGAGAAGCGCGAGUCAACCAGGAAAGCCUAUUCAACUGUAUGUGCCAGCUGCCAUAAGUCUAGUUGGAAAGUGGGAGACCUGGAAGAAGGAAAAUUGUACUUCUUUAGAAUAGUCGCUGAAAAUGAAUUUGGCAUUGGUCUGCCAGUGGAAACCAUUGAACCAAUUAAGGCAUCAGAAAAGCCUCUGCCACCAGGCAAAGUAUCUCUCCGUGAAGUUACCGGAACAAGUGUCACACUAACUUGGGAAAAACCAGACCAUGAUGGAGGAAGCAGAAUUACAGGCUAUAAUGUUGAGAUGCAAUGUAAAGGAAGUGAGAAAUGGACACAAGUGAUGGURGUAAAGACAAACGAGGCCCAGGUAACUGGACUUACACAUGGAGAGGAAUAUAUGUUCCGAAUCUCUGCAUUCAAUGAAAAGGGUGUUAGUGACCCUCGGCCGCUCAAUGUACCUGUGGUGGCUAAAGAUUUAAUAAUACCACCAGCUUUCAAACUGAUUUUCAGCACAUUCAGUGUGCUUGCAGGAGAUGAUCUCAAGAUUGAUGUACCAUAUGUUGCCUGUCCUAAAGCUACAGCAACUUGGCUAAAGGAUGAUGUCAUUCUCAAAGAAACAACAAGAGUUAAUGCUGAGGCCACAGACAAAAACCUUCUUCUUAUCAUCAAGGAGGCUUGCAGAGACGAUGUGGGCAAAUAUACUAUAAAACUAAACAAUACAGCUGGGGAGGCUACAACAGAUAUCAGUGUUGUUGUCUUGGACAAACCUGGUCCUCCAACUGGCCCAAUCAAGCUGGAUGAGGUCACAGCAGACAGCGUUGUCUUGUCUUGGRAUCCACCACAAUAUGAUGGAGGUUGCUCAAUCAACAAUUACAUUGUAGAGAAGAGAGAUACCUCAACUACAAACUGGCAGAUUGUGUCUGCUACUGUAGCUAGAACAACCAUCAAAGCGGCUCGCCUGAAGACUGGUUCAGAGUAUCAAUUUAGAAUUGCUGCAGAAAAUAGAUAUGGCAAGUCAUCUUUUCUCAUUUCUGAUAGCAUUGUUGCUCAGUAUCCAUUUGAGGUGCCCAGUUCACCACGAUCUGUUGUGGUAAAAUCAGCCACUAAAGAGACCAUGACUGUUGUGUGGGAGAAUCCCAGCAGUGACGGUGGAAGCAAAAUUCUGGGCUACCACUUAGAACUUAAAGAGAGAAACAGCAUUCUCUGGGUGAAACAAAACAAGCAGAUCAUCCCAGAGACCAGAUUUAAAGUGGUUGGACUUGAAGAGGGCAUUGAAUACGAGUUUAGAGUGUAUGCUGAGAAUAUUGUUGGCCUCAGCAAACCUAGCAAGGUGAGUGAAAUCCAAGUAGCUAGGGAUCCUUGUGACAGACCCGGAAAACCAGAGGCUGUCAUUGUAACAAGAAGCCAAGUGACACUGAGAUGGACCARACCUGAAUUUGAUGGUGGUAUCAAAAUCACUGGUUAUGUUGUUGAGAAAAAGGAGGCAAGUGGGCGUUGGAUGAAGGCCAGUUUUGCCAACAUUAUUGAAACUGAAUUUGUUGUCACAGGACUUACUGAGGAUCAAAUUUAUGAAUUCCGUGUCAUUGCCAAAAAUGCAGCUGGUGUCUUUAGCCAACCAUCUGAUUCUUCUGGAUCCAUCACUGCCAAGGAUGAGAUUGAUCCACCAAAAAUUGACCUGGAAGCUAAAUACUCCCAGGUUGUGGUUGUAAAUGCCGGAGAGACAUUUAAACUUGAGGCUGCUAUUUAUGGUAAGCCUGUGCCCACUGUACACUGGAUGAAAGAAGGCACUGAGAUUGCAGAAGCAGCUCGUUUAGAAAUCCAUAAUACCGAUUUUUCAGCUUGUCUAACUGUUAAGGAAGCUAUUCGUGUUGAUGGAGGGCAGUACACAUUGCUGGUAAAGAAUGUUGGUGGAGAAAAAGCUAUUAACAUUAAUGUCAAGGUAUUGGACAGACCAGGUCCACCUGAGGGCCCUAUCUCUAUUUAUGGUGUCACUAGUGAGAAAUGCUCAAUUUCCUGGAAACCUCCUAUGCAAGAUGGAGGUUGUGAUAUCUCUCAUUAUAUUGUUGAGAGAAGGGAAACCAGCAGGCUGGUAUGGACUGUAGUUGAGCAAAAGGUUCAGACCCUAAAUCUAAAAAUCACCAAACUUCUUCCUGGUAAUGAAUACAUCUUCAGAGUGAUCCCUGUCAACAAAUAUGGUAUUGGCGAGCCUUUGGAAUCUGAGCCAAUGAUUGCCAAAAAUCCAUUUGUCACACCAAGUCCCCCAACUGAUGUAGAAGUUUCUUCAAUUACUAAGGUCUCUAUGGUGAUAACCUGGGAGAGACCAAAUAAUGAUGGUGGCAAUUCCAUUCAGGGGUAUGUCAUUGAGAAACGUGAUAAGGAUGGUGUGAGAUGGACAAGGUGCAACAAGCGCAGUGUGACAGAGUUGCGUUUCAGAGUGACAGGACUCAUAGAAAACCAUAGCUAUGAAUUCAGAGUAGCUGCUGAGAAUGCUGCUGGAAUUGGUACACCUAGCACACCAACAGUSUACUACAAAGCACUGGAUCCUGUUUUCAAACCAGGCCCACCCAACAACCCCAAGGUAGUAGACACCUCUAGGUCUACUGUAUCUCUUACAUGGGGUAAACCCAUAUAUGAUGGUGGAAGUGAGAUCAAGGCUUACAUUGUUGAAGCAUUUGAUGUAGCAGCUGAUGAGUGGUUUAUGUGCACUCCACCCACUGGAAUAACAGACACUAAAUUCACAGUGAAAAAGCUUCUAGAAAAGCAUGAGUACCAGUUUAGAGUUUGUGCAAUCAACAAAAUUGGUGUUGGUGAACAUGCUGAUGUGCCUGGUAAAAUUCUUCUUGAAGAGAAGCUUGAGGCUCCUGACCUUGAAUUAGAGGCUGAUAUGAGAAAAAUGAUCAACAUCAGAUCAGCUUGCACACUGAGGUUGUUUGUACCUGUGAAAGGGCGCCCAGCUCCUGAGCUGAAAUGGGGAAAGGUUGACGGUGAGAUUAAAGAGACUGCCCUAAUUGACAACACAGGAAGCUAUGCUUCACUUACCAUUGAGAAUGUUGACCGGUUUGACAGUGGCAAGUACACACUGACUGCAGAGAAUGCCAGUGGAGUUAAAUCAGUGUUCAUCAGUGUCAGAGUCCUGGAUUCUCCUAGUCCACCAACUAACUUAACAGUUAAAGAGAUUACUAAGAACUCUGUCACUCUUUCAUGGGAACCUCCACUUCUGGAUGGUGGUUCAAAGAUUAAGCAUUAUAUUGUUGAGAAGCGUGAAAGCACAAGAAAGGUUUAUACUACCAUUACAACAUGUAACAAGAUGUCAUGGAAAGUUGAACCUCUUCCAGAGGGUGGAAUCUUCUUCUUUAGGGUUUUGGCUGAGAAUGAAUAUGGUGUGGGUCUSCAAGCUAAAACUAUGGAACCAAUUAAAAUAUCUGAGAAGCCUCAGCCACCCGGUAAGGUUAGUGUUCUUGACGUCACUCACAGUACYGUUACUCUAAGGUGGGAGAAAUCUGAACAUGAUGGUGGUAGUAGGAUCAGUUAUUAUGAWAUCGAAAUGGCUCCUAAGGACAGUGAGGCAUGGACUGUGUGUGCUAGUGUAAAAGGCCUGGAGACAGUAGUGAGCAACCUUCUCAAGGGAGAGGAAUAUCAGUUCAGAGUUGUUGCUGUAAAUGAGAAAGGUAAAAGUGACCCAAGACAACUGGCUCAAUCAGUUGUAGCCAAGGACCUAAUCAUUGAGCCUUCUGUGAGACCCAAAUCAAGUUCCUACAGUGUUCAGGUGGGAAAUGACCUCAAGAUAGAGGUUCCAGUUGCUGGUCAUCCAAAACCAACCAUUACCUGGACUAAGGAUGGAGUGGCACUUAAGCAGACCACCAGAGUUAAUGUCAGUGACUCAGCACAUCACACCACUCUAACCAUAAAGGAUGCCACCAGAGAGGAUGGUGGUAUGUACACUGUGACUAUUGCUAAUGCCUUGGGUUCCAAGGAUGCCACUAUUGAAGUUAUCACCCUGGAUAAACCAGGACCACCAACAGGUCCAAUCAAGAUUGAUGAUGUUAGUGCUGAGAGUAUCACUCUUAAUUGGGAACCUCCCUCAUACACAGGUGGCUGUCCAAUCUCCAACUAUGUAGUGGAAAAGAGAGACACAACUACAACUAAUUGGGUUGUUGUGUCUGCCACUGUGGCUAGAACAACUUUAAAGGUUGCCAAUCUCAAGACUGGAAGUGAAUACCAGUUUAGAAUCUUUGCUGAAAACAGAUAUGGAAAGAGUUACGCAAUUGAUUCAGYGCCUGUUGUAGCACAAUAUCCAUUCCAAGAACCUGGACCACCAGGAACACCAUUUGUCUCCUCAUACACUAAAGAUUACAUGGUGGUCGAGUGGCAUAAACCUCCAUCUGAUGGAGGCAGUGCCAUUUUGGGUUAUCAUUUGGAGAGGAAAGAGAAGAAUAGUAUCCUGUGGACAAAGAUCAACAAAAUGCUCAUUCAAGAUUGUAAAUUCAAGUCUACUCCUCUUGAGGAGGGCAUUGAGUAUGAGUAUAGAGUAUAUGCUGAGAAUAUAGUUGGCAUUGGAAAAUGCAGCAAAGUCUCUGAGGUAUAUGUAGCCCGUGACCCCUGUGAUCCUCCUGGCCGUCCAGAGGCUGUAAUUGUAACCAGACAUUCGGUGAUGCUGAGAUGGACACCCCCGCAAUAUGAUGGUGGAAGCAUUGUAACUGGCUAUUUAAUAGAGAAGCGUGACCUUCCAGAGGGAAAAUGGAUGAAGGCUAGUUUCACAAACAUUAUUGAAAAUGAAUUUACAGUUACUGGCCUUACAGAAGACAGUAAAUAUGAUUUCAGAGUGAUUGCAAGGAAUGCCGCUGGUGCUGUCAGCAAGCCCUCUGAGAACACAGGAUCCAUAACAGCUAAGGAUGAAGUUGAGCCACCCAAGUGUGAAACUGAUCCUAUAUAUAAUCAGACUAUUGUCCUUAACGCUGGCGAGACUUUCAGUCUGGAGGCUAGUGUAGAAGGAAAGCCCAUCCCGACAGCCCAGUGGUUCAAAGGAAKUGUUGAAGUUGAAAACUCGGCAAGAGCUGAAAUUAAAAACACUGAUUUUAAAGCAUUACUUGUAGUAAAGGACUCCAUCAGAGUGGAUGGUGGACAGUAUACUUUGGUUCUGACAAAUGUUGCCGGAACUAAGACUGUCCCGUUCACUGUGAAGGUUCUUGAUAGACCAGGCCCAUCCGAGGGACCCCUCACAGUCAGUAAUGUUACUGAGGAGAAAUGCUCACUGUCAUGGCUGCCACCCAGGCAUGACGGAGGAGCUAGCAUUUCUCACUACAUCAUUCAAAAGAGAGAAACUAGCCGCUUGGCUUGGACUGUGGUUUCCAGUGAUUGUGGAGCUACAAUGUUCAAGGUUACCAAAUUAUUGAAAGGCAAUGAGUACAUCUUCAGAGUUUUGGCUGUCAACAAAUAUGGAGUUGGGGAACCUCUGGAAUCUGAGCCAGUUAUCAUGAGAAAUCCAUUUGUUCCUCCUGGUUCACCUCGUGAACUAGAAAUCACUAACAUUACAAGGGAUUCAAUGACUGUUUGCUGGAACCGCCCACAGUCUACAGGAGGAAGUGACAUUKCUGGUUACAUUAUUGAAAAGAGAGACAGAGCUGGAGUGAGAUGGACCAAGUGCAAUAAACGUAGAGUGACUGAUUUGCGUUUUAGAGUAACAGGUCUCACUGAGGACCAUGAUUAUGAGUUCAGGYUAUCUGCUGAAAAUGCAGCUGGAGUGGGCCAGCCAAGCCCACCUACACCCUAUCUCAAAGCCUGUGACCCUACUUUUGAACCAGGCAUUCCCACUAAUGCCCAUGUAGUUGACACAACAAAAGACUCCAUCAGUUUAGCUUGGCACAGGCCUAUAUAUGAUGGGGGUUGUGAAAUUCAAGGAUAUGCUGUUGAAAUAACCAAGGCAGAAGAGGAGGAAUGGACUAUUUGCACACCACCCACUGGAGUGAAUCUUGCUAAGUUUACCAUCAAAAACCUGAUAGAACAUCAAGAAUACAAGGUGCGUGUCUGUGCUAUGAAUAAAAUUGGUGUUGGUGAGCCCACAGAAAUUCUGGGAGUUGUAAUUCCUGUGGAUAAAAUUGACCCUCCAGAGAUGAUUUUGGAUUCAGAGCUCAGGAAGGGAAUAGUUGUUCGUGCAGGAGGCUCAAUGAGAAUCUGCAUUCCUUUUAAGGGUCGUCCCACUCCUGACAUUAGCUGGGCUAAAGAGGAUGGUGAGCUGCCCAGUAAAGCACAGAUUGAGACUGCUGAACAUUUCACACAGCUUUCUAUUGACAUUUGUGAUAAAUAUGAUGCUGGAAAGUACAUCCUCAAUGUAGCAAACAGUGCUGGCAGCAAAUCAGCUUUUGUCUUUGUUAAAGUUCUGGACACUCCAGGGGCUCCAUUAAAUCUUAAAGUUAAAGAAAUAAAGAGGGAAAGUGUCACUUUGACUUGGGAACCCCCUGUAAUUGAUGGUGGCUCAAGAAUAAAGAAUUACUUGGUUGAGAAGCGUGAGUCAACCAGGAAGGUGUACUCUAAUGUAGACAAUAAAUGUACAAAGACAAGUUACCGUAUCACAGGUCUGACUGAGGGAACAAUUUAUUACUUUAGAGUCUUAGCAGAAAAUGAAUUUGGUGUUGGCCAGCCAGUUGAAACAAAAGAAUCUGUUAAAACAUCUGAGCCACCUUUGUCUGUGGGUAAAGUUAAUUUGACUGAAGUCACAAAAACCACAGCCUCACUCUCGUGGGAGAAACCAGUCCAUGAUGGAGGCAGCAGGAUCAUUGGAUACUACAUUGAGAUGCAGCCUGUGGGGUCAGAAGAAUGGGUUGUGGCUGCCACAACUAAGACCUGUGAGGGUACUGUUACUGGUCUAAGUGCAGGACACGAGUACCUUUUUAGAGUAUCAGCCUUCAAUGAAAAAGGAAAGAGUGACCCAAGGCCUCUGGCCGCAGCAGUAACUGCUAAAGAUGUUACUGUUGAGCCUGGAUUCAAGAUGAGAUUCAAUACUUACAGCUUACAACAAGGCGAGGAUCUGAAAAUUGAGAUUUCAGUACUUGGACGUCCUGUUCCAAAGGUUGAAUGGAAAAAGGAAGGACAACUUCUUAAAGAGACAACUAGAAUAAAUGUAUCAAGCACACCAUCAUCUACAAAGUUGGUAAUCAAAGAUGCCAAUAAAGAAGAUGCUGGAAAGUACACUAUUACAGCAACCAGCAGCAUUGGAACAGCUACAGAGGAGAUUACUGUUAUCAUUCUUGACAAACCUGGACCUCCUACAGGCCCUGUGAAGAUUGAUGAAGUGAGUUCUAAUUUUGUUACUCUGUCCUGGGAACCACCAGAGUAUACUGGAGGUUGUCAGAUCAACAACUACAUCGUAGAGAAGAGAGACACCACUACUACUGUGUGGCAAAUUGUUUCUGCUACAAUAGCCAGGACAACCAUAAAAGUCAGCAAUUUGAAGACUGGCACUGAAUAUCAAUUUAGAGUCUCAGCUGAGAAUAGAUAUGGAAAGAGUUCAGCUAUUGUCUCUCCUGCUGUGGUUGCCAAGUAUCCAUUUAGUGAACCUGCUGCCCCUGGAAUACCAGUUGUUACAUCUGCAACCAAAGAGAGCAUGGUUGUUGAAUGGAAACCCCCCACCAACAAUGGGGGUAGUCCAAUUAUAGGCUAUCACCUGGAGAGAAAGGAGAAGAACAGUCUUUUAUGGGUCAUACUAAACAAGCUUCUUAUUCCAGAUGCUCGAUUCAAAACCACAGAAUUGGAAGAGGGUAUAGAGUAUGAAUUUAGAGUUUAUGCUGAGAACAUUGCUGGCCUCAGCCCAGCUAGCAAGGUCUCAGAGAGCACAGUAGCCAGGGAUCCAUGUGACCCACCAGGCACUCCUGAGGCUAUUGAAAUCACCAGAAACCAUAUCACACUUCAAUGGACCAGACCCCAGUAUGACGGAGGCAGUGCAAUCACUGGGUAUUUGAUCGAGAGAAGGAAGCACCCAGAUAAACGCUGGAUGAAAGCAAGCUUCACCAAUAUCAUUGAUACCCAAUACACUCUCACUGGUCUCACUGAGGAUCGUGUUUAUGAGUUUAGAAUCAUUGCUAGGAAUGCUGCYGGUAUUUCUAGUUGCCCAUCUGAAAGCACAGGAGAAAUAACAGCUAAAGAUGAAAUUGAGGCUCCAGAUGCCACCAUGGAUUCUAAGUUCAAAGAUCUCACAGUUGUUCAUGCUGAUGAGACAUUUAUCAUUGAUGCUGAUUACACUGGGAAGCCUUUGCCUGAGGUCACAUGGUUAAAGGAUGGAAAAGAAAUUGACAAAACUACCCCAAGAAUGGAAAUCAAGACCACACUAACCCGCACCAUCCUGACAGUUAAAGACUGCAUACGAGUUGAUGGUGGCCACUUUGUUCUCAAGCUUGUUAAUGUGGGUGGAGUCAAAAUGAUCCCAGUUAACGUAAAGGUUUUGGACAGACCUGGUCCUCCAGAUGGACCAUUAGAAGUGAAAGGAGUGACAGCUGAAAAAUGUUAUCUGCACUGGAGCCAUCCUUCACAUGAUGGUGGAGCUAGCAUCUCUCACUAUAUCAUUGAAAAGAGGGAAACCAGUCGUUUGUCAUGGACCAUGGUUGAGCCAAAGAUCCAGGCAAUCAGCUACAAAAUUACAAAACUGCUCCCUGGAAAUGAAUACAUCUUCAGAGUUACUGCUGUGAAUAAAUAUGGAGUUGGUGAACCUUUAGAAUCUGAGCCUGUUGUGGCUCGUAAUCCAUUCACCACUCCCAGCGCACCCACCACUCCUGAAGCCAGUGCUAUUACUAGGGAUUCCAUUGUGCUUACUUGGGAGAGGCCAGAGAAUAAUGGAGGAGCUGAGAUUGAAGGAUAUGUACUUGAAAAACGUGAUAAGGAUGGCGUCAGGUGGACCAAGUGCAACAAGAAAAGGCUGACUGACUUGAGAUUUAGGUGUGGUGGUCUCACAGAGGGCCAUUCCUAUGAAUUCCGGGUCUCAGCUGAAAACGCUGCAGGUGUUGGAAAGCCUAGCACACCGACACAGUACAUCAAAGCAUGCGAUGCCACUUAUCCACCAGGACCUCCAAAUAACCCCAAAGUCACUGACCAUUCCAGCACUACAGUCUCCCUUUCCUGGUCAAGACCUAUCUAUGAUGGUGGAGCACAGAUUACUGGAUAUGUUGUUGAAAUGAAGGAGGCAUUAGAUGAUGAAUGGAUUGUUUGCACACCUCAUACUGGUGUCCAAGACACUCAUUACACUGUAAAGAAGUUAAAAGAGAAUGCAGAAUACAAUUUCCGCGUAUGUGCCAUGAACUGUGAGGGAGUAGGGGAUCAUGUGGACCUCCCAGGGUCUGUGAUUGCGGCAGAGAAGUUGCAGCCUCCUGAAAUUGAACUAGAUGCUGACCUGAGAAAGAUGGUCAAUGUUCGUGCCACUGCAACACUACGUCUUUUUGUGACUAUCAGAGGAAAACCUGAGCCUGAGGUCAAGUGGUCAAAGGCCGAUGGCACUCUAAAUGAGCGUGCUCAGAUUGAAGUCACAAGCUCAUACACAAUGCUUGUGAUUGAAAAUGUUGACAGAUUUGACACUGGCAAAUAUGUACUAACCCUUGAGAACCUUAGUGGCUCUAAAUCAGCUUUUAUCAAUGUUAGAGUUUUGGAUUCACCCAGUGCUCCAACAAACCUACAAGUUAAGGAUGUGAAGAGACAUUCUGUCUCUCUUUCCUGGGAGCCGCCUCUGAUUGAUGGUGGAGCAAAGAUAUCACACUAUAUUGUGGAGAAGAGAGAGCAGAAGCGAAUGGCUUUCACCAGUGUUAGCACCAAUUGUGUAAGGAACUCAUACAUUAUUUCUGACCUGCAGGAGGGAGGUAGAUACUUUUUCCGUGUGUUGGCUGUAAAUGAGCUAGGAGUUGGUCUGUCAGCUACAACAGAUCAAGUCAAAGUUUCAGAGGCACCUUUGCCCCCGGGUAAAGUAACCGUGGUUGAUGUGACUCGUCACACUGUCACCCUUUCAUGGGAAAAACCAGAUCAUGAUGGUGGCAGCAAAAUUACAAGCUACAUAGUGGAGAUGCAGCCUAAGGGAGAUGAAAAAUGGACAGUGUGCAGUGACGCCAAAGCACUAGAAGCUACUAUUGARGGACUUACUACUGGUGAGGAAUACUCCUUCAGAGUAACUGCUGUGAAUGAUAAGGGUAGGAGUGAUCCCAAACCUCUGGCUACGCCUGUGCUAGUAAAAGACAUCACAAUGGAGCCCACCAUCAACUUGCUUUUCCAUACAUACAGUGUAAAAGCAGGAGAUGACUUGAAGAUUGAUGUUCCUUUCAAAGGCAGACCUCAACCUGAGGUGUCCUGGAAGAAGGAUGGCAGUGCAYUAAAGCAGACUACUAGGGUAAAUGUCCUGAAUUCAAAGACCUCAUCAAAGAUCAUAAUCAAAGAUGCCACCAAGGAUGAUGUUGGAAGAUAUGAGAUCACUUUGACUAAUUCAAUUGGCACAAAGACAGCUGAAAUUUCUGUAAUAAUUCUGGAUAAACCAGGCCCACCCAGCAACAUUAGGGUGGAUGAGGUGAGUGCCGACUUUAUCUCUCUGUCCUGGGAUGCUCCAAUCUAUGAUGGCGGGUGCCAAAUUAACAACUAUGUUGUGGAGAAGAGAGACACUACCUCUACCACAUGGCAAAUUGUCUCAGCUACAGUAGCCAGGACAUCCAUAAAGGUUUCCCGCCUCACUCAGGGCACAGAGUAUCAGUUCCGCAUUGCAGCUGAGAACCGUUAUGGCAAGAGUCCAGCAAUUGAUUCUGCUCCUGUUGUUGCACAAUAUCCAUUUGAGCCACCUGGCCCUCCAACCAAUCUUCAUGUUGCCCAUGCCACCAAGACUGGCAUGCUUGUAGUAUGGGGUAGACCUGCGAGUGAUGGUGGAAGCCCUGUCAUUGGUUAUCAUGUUGAAUCCAAAGACCAAAGCAGCAUUUUGUGGACCAAAGUCAGUAGAGGUCUGCUGACUGAAAACCAAUUUAAGAUGACGGGCAUCGAAGAAGGCCUGUCAUACCAGUUUAGAGUCUAUGCUGAGAAUAUUGCAGGCAUUGGUCCUUGCACUAAAUCUUGUGAACCUGUUGCAGCCAGGGACCCAUGUGAAUCUCCACAUAACCUUAAAGUCACAAAUAUUACCAGAAACUCUGUUUCUCUCUUCUGGGAUCCACCUGAAUAUGAUGGUGGAGUGAAAAUUGUUGGAUACAUAGUGGAGCGCAAAGAGCUCCCUAAUGGUCGCUGGCUAAAGUGUAACUUCACCAAYCUACAGGAGACUUACUUUGAUGUCACAGGUCUUACAGAAGAUGCACAAUAUGACUUCCAUGUUAUUGCAAAGAAUUCUGCAGAGAUCUUGAGUCUYCCUUCAGAAUGCACUGGUCCUGUCACCAUCAAAGACGAUGUAGACCCUCCAUCCAUCAUCUUAGAGGAUAAAUUCAGGCAAUUGGUUGUCAUUAAGGCUGGAGAGAUAAUUAGAAUUGAUGCUGAAAUUACAGGUCGUCCAAUCCCAGUGGUAUCAUGGUCUAAGGAUGGAAAAGAUAUUGAUACCAAGGCCAGGUGUGAAAUUACUUCCACAAACUUCACCACCACUCUGAUUGUCAGAGAUGUUAUCAGGAGGGAUUCUGGACAGUAUGUCUUGACUUUGCACAAUGUAGCUGGAACCAGGUCUGUAGCUAUCAACUGUAAGGUUUUGGACAGGCCUGGACCAGCUUCAGGACCUUUAGCAGUGUCUGGCCUUACAGCAGAGAAGUGCACUAUAACAUGGGGUCCACCUCAAGAGAAUGGAGGAGCUGAAAUCAUGCACUAUAUAGUGGAGAAACGUGAGACAAGCCGCCUUGCUUGGACUCUUGUUUAUGGUGACAUGAAGGCAACUACCUGCAAAGUUACUAAGCUGCUCAAAGGAAAUGAGUACAUUUUCAGAGUCAGAGGAGUUAACAAAUAUGGAGAUGGUGAGGCUCUGGAGAGUGAGGCAGUAAAAGCUUUGGAUCCAUUCACUGUAGCUGCAGCCCCCACUAAUGUCCAGGUCACCUCAGUCACUAGUGGGGCCAUGACAAUCUGUUGGGAAAGACCAGUUUCUGAUGGUGGCAGCAGUAUCUGUGGCUAUGUAAUAGAAAAGCGAGAGAAGACUGGCCUCCGUUGGUGCCGUGUCAAUAAGAAACCUGUUUAUGACCUCAGAGUCAAAGCUUCCAAUCUUCGUGAAGGAAGUGAAUAUGAGUACAGAGUGUUUGCAGAGAAUGCUGCUGGACUUAGUGCACCUAGCACCCCUUGCCCACUCACCAAGGCUGAAGACCCACAGUUCCUCCCCUCACCUCCUGCUAAGCCCAGGAUCAUUGACUCAACAAAGACCACAGUAACACUAGCAUGGAAUAAACCACUGUUUGAUGGUGGAGCACCUGUAACUGGUUACCGAGUAGAAUACAGAAAGUCAUUAGAUGAUGAAUGGUUCGUUGGAGUCCAGAACACCAAGAAUAUGGAGUUUACAGUGGUGGGACUGACUCCAGGAGCUGAAUAUGUAUUUGUUGUCAGAUCCAUUAACAAAAUUGGAGCAAGUGAGCCUAGUCCUGAAUCAGACAAGCAGACAGCUAAAGAAAAAGAAGAAGAGCCAGUCUUUGAAAUAAGCAAUGAGAUGAGGAAGACUCUUAUUGUGAAAGACGGCAGCUCAUUUACAAUGACAGUACCCUUCAGGGGCAAGCCUAUUCCCACUGUUAGUUGGACAAAGCCUGAUAUUGAUCUUAGAGUACGUGCUGUCAUUGACACCACAGACACCUUCACCUCGAUCACCUUAGAGAAGGCAACACGCAAUGACUCUGGAAAAUACACUGUCACUUUGUCCAGCAUUGCUGGAACCUCAUCACUGAUGCUCAAUGUUAGAGUUCUUGACUCGCCUGGACCUCCUGCAUAUGUGGAAGUCAAGGAUGUGACUAAGUCAUCUGCUACUGUAACUUGGGACACUCCAGAGAAUGAAGGAGGAGGACCAGUAAAGAAUUAUCUUGUUGAUUUCCGAGAGGCAAGCAAAAAAGGUUGGACUARGUUGACUGAUACAUGCCACAGACUGACUUACAAAGUGUCAAACCUAAAGGAAGGAGAAGUUUACUAUUUCAGAGUGACGGGCGAGAAUGACUAUGGUGUUGGUGUAUCAGCUGAGACCAAAGAGGGAACCAAGAUCACAGAAAAACCAAGCCCACCACCAAAGCUUGGAGUAACUGAUGUCACUAAGGAGAGUGUGUCAUUGGCAUGGGCUAAACCUGAACAUGAUGGAGGCAGCAGAAUUACUGGAUACCUGCUUGAAGCACUGGARAAGGGUCAGGAGAAGUGGGUUAAAUGUGGUGUCACCAAGUUUAUCCACUUUACUGUGUCUGGCCUAAGGGAGAAAGCCGAAUACUUCUUCAGGGUCAGAGCUGAGAACCUUGCUGGAUUUAGUGAUGCUAAGGAAAUGUUCACCCCUGUUAUGGUCAAAGACCAGCUGGAAUCUCCCGAAGUCAACAUGAAGGACUUCCCCCACAACACUGUGUACGUUAGAGCUGGCUCUACUCUGAAGUGUGAAAUUCCUCUGACGGGCAGACCCCUGCCCAAAGUCACUCUUUCUAAGGAUAAUGUAGAACUUAAGUCAACAAUGAGGUUCAAUUCUGAAGUCACUCCUGACAGCAUCAAAAUCAUCUUGCGUGAAAGCGUUGCUGGAGACUCGGGACGCUAUGAUAUAACUGCCUCCAACUCCAGUGGAACCACAAAGUCCUUUGUCAAUAUUGUGGUUCUGGAUCGCCCAAGUGUUCCACUUGGACCUGUAGAGCUGUUUGAUGUCACAGAAGACAGCGCAAGCCUCAGUUGGCUCCCACCUGCAUAUGAUGGUGGCAGCCCCAUCACUAACUAUMUUGUCCAGAAGAGAGAAACAACUACAGCAAACUGGAUUGACGUCUCAUCUGCUGUGGCUCGUUGCACCAUAAAGGUUAUGAAACUUACCACUGGCCUGGAGUAUCAGUUCAGAAUCAGGGCUGAGAACAAAUAUGGAAUCAGUGAACAUAUUGAUUCUCCAGCAGUCACAGUCAGUCUUCCUUAUACUAUUCCAGAUGCUCCAUCAACUCCAGAAGUUACUGCUGUAACCAGGGAGAGCAUCGCAUUAGCCUGGAAGGAGCCCAAGUCAGAUGGAGGCAGCCAUGUCUUUGGCUACCAUCUCCAGAUGAAAGAUAGGAACAGCAUCAUGUGGCAGCUAGUUAACAAAACAGUGAUCCGUGCUACACACUAUAAGGUCACCACCGUUAAUGCUGGACUUAUUUAUGAGUUUAAGGUGGCAGCGGAGAAUGCUGCUGGCCUCAGUGAUUUCAGUAAGGCUUCAGAUGCUGUGUUGGCUAUAGAUGCCUGUGAGCCACCCAUCAACCUAAGAAUCAGUGACAUCACCAAAAACUCUAUCAGCCUUGCCUGGGAGAAACCCAACUAUGAUGGUGGAUCCCCCAUCACUGGUUACUUUAUUGAGAAGAGAGAAGGUGUUAGUCCUAAGUGGUCCAAAGCUAACCUCACCAAUAUCACGGACACACAUUUCACUGUGGCUGGACUUACCCAGAAUGAAACAUAUGAAUUCAGGGUCAUGGCCAAGAAUGCAGUUGGUUCAGUCAGCAACCCAUCUAUGACAGCUGGACCAGCCACCUGUGUAGACACCUAUGGUGCCCCAGAAAUUGAAAUUCCCCAGGAGUACCUUAAUGAGGUCAAAUACAGCGCAGGCUCAGAUGUGGAACUUAAAUUCAAUAUCACAGCCAAACCUACCCCCACGAUUGAGUGGUUUAAGGAUGGACGAGAGCUCAAACCUACUGCUCAGCUCACUUUCAAACACACAUUUGARUCCACCGGUWUAUUCCUGAGRGACACUACUCGCCUGAACUCGGGGACGUAUGAGGUCAAAGUGAAGAACUCCCUGGGAUCUUCAUGUGCCAUUGUCAGGCUGCUCAUUCAAGACAAGCCAGGACCUCCUGCUGGCGAAAUUCAGUUUAAAAAAGUGAUGGCCGACAACAUCACCAUCAUGUGGUCUCCACCUGCCGAUGAGGGCGGUGCCAUGGUAACUCAUUACAUCGUAGAGAAGAGAGAGACCAGCAGAGUCAUGUGGUCUAUUGUGUCUGAGAAACUCGUAGACUGCAUCGUGAAUGUGCCCAGACUCAUCCAGGGUAAUGAGUACAUCUUCAGAGUCCGUGGAGUCAACAAAUAUGGCAUUGGAGACCCCUUGGAGUCUGAGCCCAUUAUUGCAAAGAACCCAUUUGUUCCUCCCAGUGAACCAUCCAAGCCUAAGGUUACUAUGAUCACCAAGUCCACAAUGACUGUGAUCUGGGAAAGACCUGCACUGGAUGGAGGCAGUGAUAUUGACGGUUAUUACCUUGAGAAAAGAGAGAAGAAGAGUCUUCAGUGGUUCAAGGUGGUGAAGGGAACAAUCAGAGACACCAGACAGAAAGUCAGCAACUUAACUGAAAAUAAUGAGUACCAAUUCAGAGUUUGUGCUGUAAAYAAGGCUGGAGCAGGAAACUACUCUGAUGCCUCUGAUCUUUACAAGGCCUAUGACCCCAUUGAUCUGCCUGGUGAACCCUCAAAGCUCCGUGUGGUCGACUCCACAAAGACCUCCAUCACUCUUGGCUGGGAGAAGCCUGUCUAUGAUGGUGGCAGUGAAAUCACACACUACUUACUGGAACAGAUGAAUGCAGGAGAGAAAGAAUGGGUUAUCACCAACCCACAGGUUAAGGGUUGCGAGUAUGUGGUGUCCCACUUGAAACCUGCCACUUACUACUUUUUCAGAGUGUCUGCUGUGAACAGCAAGGGCAAAGGAGAGGACAUCAAGAUGUACCAGCCUGUGCAAGCCAAAGACAUAUUAGAGGAGGCUGAUUUGGACUUAGAUGUUCCUAUGACAACUCAAUACACAGCUAAAGCCGGCCGAGAUGUUGAAGUGUUUAUCCCAUUGAAGGGACGACCAGCUCCCAAUGUCACCUGGCGACGUGGCGAUCGUAACAUGGCUGGUGAUAACCGCUACACCAUCAACAGCACUGAGAGAUCCACCACACUCCGUAUUCCAAAGGUCACUCGUGAUGACUGUGGGAAGUACGUGCUGGAGAUAGAGAAUGGUGUAGGUGAACCCAAGAUAAUCACCGUUUCCCUCAGGGUUCUAGAUAGUCCAUCAUCCUGCCAGAAGCUAAUAAUCAAGAACGUAACAAGAGGAAAGCUGACCCUAAGCUGGGAGGCUCCUCUUGUUGAUGGUGGUUCRCCUGUCACAAAUUACAUUGUUGAGAAGAAAGCCUCAACCAUGAAGGCCUACCAGGUGAUCAGUGCAGAAUGCCCCAACACGUCUUACAAGGUGACAGGCCUGGAAGAGGAUGUUGCUUACUUCUUCCGUGUGUCAGCUGAAAAUGAGUUUGGUGUGGGUGACUUCUGUGAGUCCACUGAAGCUGUCAGAGCAACAGAGACUCCUGGAGCUGUUAAAAACCUGGUAAUGUUGGACUCUACAAAGACCUCUGUUACACUGCAGUGGACCCGACCUGACCAUGAUGGAGGCAGCCACAUCACAGAGUACAUAGUUGAAAAGAGAAGCCAGGAUGAAGUCAACUGGAGUUUAGGUGCAACAUGCAAACGUUGCACAUGUGARGUGACUGGACUCAGGGAGAAUGCCAUUAUGGAUUUCAGAGUGUUUGCCAAGAAUGAGAAAGGAAGAAGYGAUUUCUCUCAGAUUGGUCCAAUCCCUGUGAUAGAUUUUAUUAUUCCUCCAGAAGCCAGUCUCAGUGAUUAUCCAAAUGGAGAGCUGGCUGUUCGUAUUGGGCAAAACAUCCACAUUGAGCUACCAUUUAAGGGAAAACCAMGACCUGCAAUCAGCUGGCUGAAGGAUAACCUUCCACUAAAGGAGAGCGAGAAGAUUCGCUUUAGGACCACUGACAACAAGACUGCAGUCACAGUUAGAGGAGCCAAGAAGGAGAAUGCUGGCCAGUACACUUUAGUUCUGGACAACAGAGUGGUCAAAAACUACUUUGACAUAAAUGUGRUCACUCUUGGACCACCRACAGCUCCUGUUGGUCCUAUUCGCUUUGAUGAGAUAAAGGCUCAGAGUAUCAUCAUUUCCUGGGAUGAGCCAAAGGAGGAUGGCGGUGGUGAGAUUACAUGCUACAGCGUGGAGAAACGUGAAACCUCCCAGGCCAACUGGAAAAUGGUCUGCUCAAGUGUUGUAAGGACCAGCUUCAAGAUUCCUAACCUAGUCAAAGGAGCUCAAUACCAAUUCAGAGUCCGUGCCGAGAACAAGUAUGGAGUCAGCGAACCACUCAGCUCCUCAGAUGUUAUUGCUCAGCACCAGUAUAAACCUCCAGGUCCACCAGGAAAACCAGUUGCCUUCAACGUCACCAGUGAUGGUAUGACCAUUAAGUGGGAUGCCCCAGGCUUUGAUGGAGGUUCUCCCAUCUUGGGUUAUCAUGUUGAGAAGAAGGACAGGAACAGCCUCUUGUGGCAGAAGGUGAAUUCCACAAUCAUUUCCAACAAAGAGUACAGGAUCAUUGGUCUCAUGGAAGGCCUGGAGUACUCUUUCAGAGUUUAUGCUGAAAACAAUGCUGGACUAAGCCCCAUCAGCGAGCAGAGCAAACAUGCUCUUGCCAUAUCCCCUGUUGACCCACCUGGCACUCCUGUCUGCAUUGAUACAACCAGGGAUUCAGUCACCCUGCAAUGGGAAGUUCCAAAGAGAGACGGUGGAAGCAAAAUUGUGGCUUACAAUGUAGAAAGGCGCCAAGGAAGAGGAAAAUGGCUACGAUGCAACUUUAUUGAUAUAAGUGAUACCCAGUUCACUGUGACUGGUCUGUCCCCUGGAGACAGAUUUGAGUUCAGAGUGAUUGCAAGAAAUGCUGUCGGUACAGUCAGCCCACCCUCUAACUCUUCUGGAUAUAUCAUGACCAAGGAUGAGAGCAUUACUCCUGAAAUCGAGUGGUCUCCUGACCAGGUGGUCACUCUGAAGGCUGGAGAAAAUGUUAAGCUCAAUUGCACCAUCAAUGGGCGCCCAGUUCCUCARGUUUUGUGGUACAAGGAUGGCAAAGAAAUUGACAAGCGAACAAUGAUUGACAUUGAGAUUACCACAGGCAUUGGCACCAGCAGCCUGUUUAUCCGUGAUGCAGACAGGAACCACCGUGGAAUUUAUACGGUGGAAGCCAAAAAUAGCUCUGGCAGUAGGAAAGCAGAYGUUAAUGUCAGAGUGCAAGAUACUCCUGGACCUGUUGAGGGUCCCAUCYGCUUUACCGGCAUCACUGCUGAAAAGUGCACCGUAUGGUGGAACCCACCAGAAAAUGAUGGCUGUGCUGCAAUCACCCACUAUGUAGUGGAAAAACGGGAAACAUCCAGAAUUUCCUGGGCCUUGGUUACAUCCAAAUGUGAAGCUUGCUCAUAUAAUGUCACCAACCUCAUCAAGGGAAAUGAGUACCAGUUCAGAAUCUCUGCUGUCAACAAAUUUGGGGUCGGCAAACCACUGGAUUCUGAUGCCGUUAUUGCACGCAUGCAAUACACUGUGCCAGAUGCUCCUGGUACGCCAGAUGCAACUCACAUAACUGGAGAUAGUAUCACUAUGUGCUGGACCAGGCCCAGAUCAGAUGGAGGUAAUGAGAUCAAGCAUUAUAUUCUGGAAAGAAGAGAGAAGAAGAGCCUUCGCUGGGUAAGGGUGUCUUCCAAGAGGCCCAUAACAGAGCUAAGGCACCGUGUCACCCGCCUGACCGAGGGCAAUGAGUACGAGUUCCGCGUCAUGGCUGAAAAUGGAGCUGGUAUCGGACCAGCCAGCAGCACCUCCAGGCUCUUCAAAUGCAGAGAGCCAACCAGUGCUCCUAGUGCUCCAAGUGUAAUCAAGGUCAUUGACUCCACUAAGUCCACUGUCACUCUGGAAUGGACAAAACCCGUAUUUGAUGGUGGCUUGGAAAUUAUUGGCUAUAACAUUGACAUGUGUAAGGCCAGUCUGGAGGAGUGGCACAGAGUCAAUAGUCAGAUUUGUAUCCACAAUAGAUACACUGCAAAGGGCCUGAUAGCUGGAGAGCUUUACAAGUUCAGAGUCAGUGCAGUGAAUGGAUCAGGAGAGGGCGAAGCCUCAGUUAUGCCACACCCUGUUCAGGCUCUGGAUAGACUUACAUCUCCAGAAUUUGACAUCGAUGCAAACUUCAAACAAACUCACACUGUGAAGAACGGAGGAAUAGUCACUCUCAGCGUCGCUUUCAGAGGAAAGCCUGCUCCCCUGGCCACCUGGUCUAGAGUAGAUGGUGAACUUCCUGUCAUGGCGGAUGUCAACACCACAGACAGCUCCUCCACUUUGACUAUAGAAGGUUGCACAAGGUAUGAGGCAGGAAAAUACACCCUCUCCCUGGAAAACAACAGUGGACGAAAGUCUAUCACAUUCRCAAUCAAAGUCUUAGAUACACCAGGACCUCCAGGAGCAAUCUCCUUCAAAGAUGUUACACGUGGUGCUUUGACAAUGAUGUGGGAUGCUCCGUCCAAUGAUGGUGGAUCCCGCAUCCAUCACUACAUAGUAGAUAAACGUGAGGCAAGCCGCCUUGCUUGGCAGGAGGUCAGCAGCAAGAGCUCACGCCAAAUGAUAAGGAUAACUGGUCUAGACAUUGGCGUGCCAUACUUGUUCAGAGUGACUGCUGUUAACCAGUAUGGUCAAGGUGAACCAAAGGAAAUGACUGAGCCUGUCGUUGCCACAGAAGAGCCUGCACCACCCAAAAGAUUAGAUGUUGUCGAUACCACUAGUUCCACAGCUUCCCUAGUGUGGCUUAAACCUGACCAUGAUGGAGGCAGCCGCAUCCGAGGGUACAUUGUUGAAUUCAGAGCCAAGGGUAGUGACCGUUGGAUUGUUUAUGGAGAGACUAAAUUGUCAAAGAUGCUGGUAGAAGGUCUGAUUGAAAACUCUGAGUAUGACUUUAGGGUCAAGGCCAAAAAUGAUGCUGGAGUCAGUGAGCCUCAAGGUACUUUCAGCUCUGUGGUCAUUAAGGAGCCUCUCAUUGAGCCAACUGCUGAUCUCAGCAGUAUCACUAACCAGCUCAUUACCGUUAAGCUUUCCAAUACUAUCACAAUUGAUAUCCCAAUAAGCGGCAGACCUGCACCCAAGGUCACAUGGAAACUGGAGGAAAUGAAGCUGAAGGAGACUGACAGAGUCUUGAUCAGGACCACAAAGGAGAGAACCACACUGAUAGUGAGAGACAGCAAGAGAAGUGACAGCGGCAAGUAUUACCUGAUCCUGGAGAAUGCUGCCGGUGUGAUGACUUUCACAGUGACUGUGGUCGUCGUUGGCAGACCUAGCCCACCAACUGGCCCAGUCAAGAUUUCUGGAAUCUCAUCAGAGUCUUGCACACUGUCAUGGUCAGAGCCAGCUGAUGAUGGCGGCACCGAAAUAACCAACUACAUUGUUGAGAAACGCGAGUCUGGCCAUGCUUCAUGGCAGGUAGUGAACUCCAGUGUACAGAGAACGACAAUCAAAGUGACUCAUCUUACCAAAUACAUGGAAUACACAUUCAGAGUGUGUGCCGAGAACAAGUUUGGAGUCAGCAAGUCCAUUGAGUCUGCAGCUGUUGUGAUCGAGCAUCCAUUCAUUCCUCCAAGUCCUCCAAGUCGCCCUGAUGUGGUAUUUGUGUCAGCAAAUGCCAUUGGCAUUAAGUGGGAUGUGCCAUAUUCUGAUGGUGGCAGCCAGGUGACAGGAUACUGGAUUGAGAAGAAAGAGAGGAACACAAUCUUGUGGGUGAGGGAGAACAAACUGCCCUGCCUUGAGUGCCAUUACAAGGUGUCCAACCUGAUCGAGGGUUUGGAGUAUCAGUUCAGAGUGUACGCCAUGAACMUCGCUGGACUGAGCAAGGCCAGUGAAGCMUCCAGACCAGUGGUGGCGCUCAAUCCUGUUGAUCCGCCUGGUAAACCUGAGAUUACCGACAUCAGCCGCUCCUCUGUUUCGCUGUGCUGGACUAUACCCUUCAACGAUGGUGGCAAUAAGAUCGUCGGCUACAUUGUGGAGAGGAAGGUCUACAGCACAGAUGAGUGGGACGACAACCGCUGGCUCAAGUGCAAUUACACCACGAUCACAGAGAACUACUUCACAGUCACAAACCUGGGAGAGGGAGAAACCUUUGAGUAUCGUGUCAUCGCCAAGAAUGCAGCCGGGGUCCACAGCAUGCCUUCUGAGACCACUGGACCAAUCACAUGCAAGGAUGAGUACUCUCCUCCUAGAGCAGAACUUGACAGCAAAUUGACGCGUGAGGUCAUCACCAUUAUGGCUGGCUCUGACCUUGUCCUGGACGGUGCUGUGGGAGGCAAACCAGAACCCACAGUGUACUGGUCCAAAGGUGACAAGAUUUUGGAGUUGGGAGAGAAAUACUCUCUGACAUACACGUCAACAAGAGCCAUGGUCGUCAUCAAAAACUGCGACAGAUACGAUACGGGUAGAUACAUCCUCACMGUCAAGAACCCCAACGGCAUUAAGACCGCUUCGGUCAACGUGAAGGUUCUGGACACUCCUGGACAACCUGCUGACAAGAUCGUGAUCAGCAGAGUCACUGAGGAGAAGUGUACGGUUUCCUGGAAGAUCCCUCUGGAGGACGGCGGAGACAUCGUCACCCACUACAUUGUAGAGCGACGUGAAACCAGCCGGCUCAACUGGGUCAUCAUGGAGCCAGAGUGCAAGUCGCUGUCAUGUGUCAGCUCCAGGUUGAUCAAGAACAACGAAUACGUCUUCAGAGUCAGAGGAGUCAACAAGUUUGGACCCGGAGUUCCUCUGGAGUCUGAGCCGAUCAUUGCCAGAAACGCCUACACUGUCCCAUCCCCACCGGGCGCCCCAGAGGCCACAGCGGUGGGUAAGGAGCACAUCAUCAUCGAGUGGCUGAAGCCUGAGAGCAAYGGAGGCAGUGAGAUCAAGAACUACAUCGUGGAAAAACGAGAGAAAAGCAGCACAAGAUGGACUCGGGUGAACAGAACUUACACAAUUUAUGACAUCCGUCUGAAAAUCACCGGCCUGAUAGAGGGAGGCGAGUACCAGUUCAGAGUCACAGCUGUCAACAAUGCUGGAGAGAGUCAGCCAAGCGACGCCUCGCCGUACAUUAUCUGUAAAGAUCCCACAUACACCCCGGCUGCUCCAUCAACACCUCGCAUAGUGGAYACAACCAAGCACAGCAUUAACUUGACCUGGACCAGGCCCAUGUACGACGGCGGCUCCGAUGUCACAGGCUACGUCAUAGAGAUCUUAGAGGAAGACACAGAGCAGUGGUACCGCGCCACUGCUAAGCCCAUAAAGACCAAUGAGUACGUGGCCGGUGGCCUGGCAGCCAAUAAGAAGUACAGAUUCAGGGUGGCAGCCAUCAACGGCAACGGUACCGGGGAGUUCAGUGAACCGAGUGGAGAGAUCGAACCACUGGAGAAAGUUGAAAUGCCCGACCUGGAACUGGCCGAAGACUUGAAGAAGACGGUUUGUCUGCGUGCUGGCGGUACCCUCCGUCUGUUCGUGUCCAUCACCGGCCGACCGGCACCAGUUGUUGCCUGGAGAAAGACCGGUGUGGAGCUGCAGAGUCGAGGCUUCAUUGAGACCACCGACAGUCACACCUCUCUCCUGGUGGAGAAAGUUAAUCGCUAUGAUUCUGGAAAAUAUGUUGUGGAGGCCGAGAAUCCAUCUGGAAAGAAGACGUGCAUUAUCCUGGUCAAGGUCUACGACACCCCUGGUCCUCCUGGUUCAGUCAGGGUGAAAGACUACACCAAGGAGUCGGUUGUGAUCACCUGGGACGUCCCAAGCCUGGACGGUGGCGCUCAUGUCAGCAACUACAUCGUAGAGAAGAGAGAAGCCAACAUGAAGUCAUACAAGACUGUGACCACUGAGUGCAGGAAGACUCUGUACAGGAUCACAGGGWUGGAGGAAGGCGUGCACUACUUCUUCAGAGUCCUACCUGAGAACAUUUAUGGUGUCGGCGAGCCUUGUGAGACAGCUGAGCCUGUGCUGGUGUGUGAAGUACCAUCAGUGCCCAUGGACCUCAGCAUUGUGGAUGUCACCAAGUCCACUGUGACCCUCCAUUGGGAAAGACCAUUGCAUGAUGGCGGCAGCAGGCUGACAGGUUACAUCAUAGAGGCUUGCAAGGUGGGAUCAGACAGGUGGAGUGCCGUGGCGACAGUUAAGGCCUCUCAGUCCCAGCACACAAUCCAGUCGCUUACAGAGAACGAUCAGUACCUGUUCAGGAUCCGUGCCACCAACAGCAGGGGAGUCAGUGAGCCCAUGGACAUUGUGACACCAAUCAUAAUCCAGGAGAUCAAGGUGAUGCCAAAGAUUGACUUGACCAGCAUCCCUCAGAAGAUCGUUCAUGUGCACCGGGGCAAAUCUAUCGACCUGAACAUCCCGAUUAAAGCCAAACCAGCGCCGGUUUGCUCCUGGUACUUCAGUGGUGCCAAGCUGAAGGACAGCUUGGACCGCAUCAAGAUCGACAGCAACGGGAAAUACACACACCUCGUCAUCCGUGACACCACCAUCGAUGACACUGGAGAUUACACUUUGGAGGUGAAGAAUGCUAUCGGCAUGGCAACGGAGGUUAUCAAGGUCGUCAUCCUGGACAAACCUGGUAUCCCAGUCGGUCCCAUGAAAAUCGAGGAGGUUGAUGGAGUCUCGGUAACAGUUAGCUGGGAGCCUCCAGAGAAAGACGGUGGUGCCAAUGUCAGUGGCUACRUGGUGGAGCAGCGUGAAGCCCACCACCCAGGCUGGUCCACCAUCUCUGAAUCUGUGACCAGACCUUGUUUCAAGUUCACCAGGCUUAACGAAGGAACUGAGUAUGUGUUCCGUGUUGCUGCCAUGAAUCGCUUUGGUUUUGGCGGCUUCCUGCAGUCUGAAGUGGUGGAGUGCAAGAGUGCCAAGACCAUCCCUGGACCUCCAAGCAGGCCAGAAGUGAUUGAUGUCACCCAUGAAGGCAUGACCGUGACCUGGCAACCACCUGUGGACAACGGUGGCUCCACCAUUGCUGGCUACAUAAUAGAACGUAAAGAGGCCCGAUCUGACAGAUGGUUGAGAAUCAAUAAGAAUCCAGUCACUAUGACCAGAUAUCGUUCUUCCGGGCUGAUUGAGGGCCUGGAAUAUGAGUUCAGAAUCACUGCUAUCAACUCCAGAGGAGCUGGCAAACCCAGUGAAAGUUCUGCCGUAGCUGUUGCCAUGGAUCCCAUUGAACCUCCAGGUCCUCCAGCUAAACCCAGAGUCACAGACAGCACACGGACAUCGGUCUCUCUGGCCUGGCUGCCGCCUGAGGAAGAGGGUGGUUCUGUUGUUACUGGAUAUCUCAUUGAGAUGCAAAAGGUGGACCAGGUUGAAUGGACUCUGUGCAAUACUACACCCACCAAGAUGUGCGAGUACACCCUAACACACAUGCCCCAGGGAGCAGAGUACAGGUUCAGAGUCAUUGCCUGCAAUGCAGGUGGUGCUGGAGAGCCAGCAGAGAUUUCUGGAGUGGUUAAAGUCCAAGAAAUGCUUGAUUAUCCUGGCUUUGAGCUUGAUCGUGUGUAUGAGGAAGGAUACGUGGUGCGGCAAGGUGGAGUCGUCCAUUUGUCUGUUCCCAUCAAAGGCAAACCUUUACCCACAGCUAAGUGGACAAAGGAUGGUCGUGACAUCUCACAUCGUGCCAUGAUUGCCACCCAUGAUGACAUCACUGAGCUGGUCAUCAAAGAGGCACACAAAGACGACACCGGUACCUAUGAUUUGGUGCUGGAGAACAAAUGUGGUAGGAAAGCUGUGUACAUCAAGGUGAAGGUGAUUGGUCGACCUGAUAUCCCAGAAGGUCCUCUAGAAUUUGAUGACAUCCAGGCUAGAUCAGUUCGCGUCAGCUGGAGACCGCCUUCAGAUGACGGUGGAUCUGACAUCCUGGGCUACAUAGUAGAAAGGCGGGAAGUACCCAAGGCCGCCUGGUACACAGUGGAUGCCAGGGUAACUGAGACCUCCCUGGUGGUCAAGGGSUUGAAGGAGAAUGUAGAGUACCACUUUAGGGUGUUUGCUGAGAACCAGUUUGGUGUUAGCAGAUCCCUUAAAUCAGAUGGAGCUGUUCUGCCAAAGACACCUCUUUGUCCACCUGAACCUCCCAGUAAUCCACCAGAGAUCAUGGACAUCACCAAGACCACAGUGUCUCUGUCUUGGGCCCGGCCCCGGGACGAUGGUGGCUCUCGUGUCACAGGAUACUAUGUUGAAAGAAGGGAGGUUUCCACAGAGAAGUGGGUCCGUCACAACAAGACCCACAUCACUACCACCAUGUUCAAUGUCACCGGACUUAUACCCAACGCAGAGUACAUGUUUAGAGUGGUGGCUCAAAAUGACAUUGGGCAGAGUGAACCUGGUCCUGCUUCAGAAUCGGUGGUCUGCAAAGAUCCAUUUGACAAGCCCACCCAACCAGGAGAUAUUGACAUCAUCUCUAUUACCAAAGACAGCAUCACCAUUCAUUGGCUCAGGCCAGAACAUGAUGGUGGAAAGGAGAUCCUGGGUUAUUGGAUUGAGUUCAGGGAGGCUGGAGAGAGCGCUUGGAAGAAAUGCAACAAGGAGCGCUCCAAGGAUCGGCAGUUCACCAUGGGGGGCUUGAUGGAGGCCACAGAGUAUGAAUUCAGAAUCUUUGCUGAAAAUGAGGCCGGACUCAGCCGACCUCGUCGCACACCCAUGGGCAUCAAGACCAAAUUGAGCGUUGGUGAAGCUCCAGCUUUGAAGGAAGAGGUCCAAGAUGUAACCACCAAGCUUGGCGAGUCUGGCACUCUAACUUGUGGAAUCAUUGGCAGACCUUUGCCCGAGAUCAAGUGGUAUCGCUACGGCAGAGAACUGAUCCAGAGCCGCAAGUACAAGAUGAGCUCAGAUGGUCGUAACCACUCCCUCACAAUUCUGACAGAGGAGCAAGAAGACGAAGGCGUGUACACCUGCAGGGCCAUCAACGAAGCUGGAGAGAUAGAGACCAGUGGCAAACUACGCUUGCAGGCAGCUCCCCAAUUCCACCCUGGCUUCCCUCUGAAAGAAAAGUACUAUGCUGGGGCUGGUACCAGCCUCCGGCUCCAUGUCGUCUACAUUGGUCGUCCAAUCCCCCAGAUCAUGUGGUUCUACGGCAAGAAACCUCUAAAUUCAUCUGAGAACGUGAUCAUUGAAAACACAGAAAGCUAUACCCACCUYGUUGUGAGGAAUGCCCAACGAAAAACCAACGCUGGUCGCUACAAGGUUCAGCUCAGCAAUGUGUAUGGAACUGUUGACACCUCUCUGCGUGUUGAAAUCCAAGACAAACCUUGCAUCCCUGAGGGUCCCGUUGUUGUUGAAUCCCUGCUCAGGAACUCAKYUGUGAUCAGCUGGAAGGUUCCUAAGGAUGAUGGAGGGUCUGUAAUCACCAACUACAUUGUAGAGAAACGCGAAGCCAAAGAGGGUGAACAGUGGCACCUGGUGUCCUCCUCUGUCUCUGGCACCAYCUGCCGUGUCCCCAACCUGACGGAGGGCUCUGGAUACUACUUCAGAGUCUCAGCACARAACCAGUAUGGUGUCAGUGAGUCUCUGGAGAUUCCAUCAGUGGUCAUCAUCAAGACUCCAUAUGAUAAACCUGGAAUCCCACAGCAGCCGUUCAUUAUCAGUUCUACCAAAGACUCUUGUGUUGUUUGCUGGAAGCCUCCAACUAGCGAUGGAGGAGCGAAAAUCACCAGCUACUUCCUUGAGAAACGCGAGAAGAAGCAGAACAAAUGGAUGUCUGUAACAACAAAGACAUUUACGGAGACCACCUAUGAAGUCACUGGCUUGAUUGAGGGCUUUGAGUACGAGUUCCGUGUGAAAUGCCAGAACAUUGGCGGUGAGAGCGACUGGUCUGAGAUCUCUCUGCCAGUCAUUCCCAAGUCUGAACAGGCUCCUCGUGCUCCUGCAUUCAGAGAGGAGAUCAGAGACAUGACUGUCAAAUACCAUAGCAAUGCCACCUUUGUCACCAAGGUUGUGGGCCAUCCAAAACCUGUUGUCAAAUGGUAUCGCAGUGGCAAGGAAAUCCUGGCAGAUGGAACAAAAAUAAAARUCCUUGAGUUCAAGGGUGGCUACUAUCAGCUGGUCAUCACUGCAGCGGAUGAGAGCGAUGCCUCAGUGUACCAAGUCAGAGCAACUAACCCGUCAGGAUCUAUCUCUACAAUAGCCAACCUGGAGGUGGAAGUUCCUGCAAAAAUAUACCUGCCUAAAGAGCUCCAGGGAAUGGGAUCUGUACAAGCUGUGCGUGGYGAUCACAUCACCAUCAAGAUCCCCAUUUCGGGAAAGCCUGAGCCAGCGGUCACUUGGCAGAAGGGUCAGGAGGUCCUCUCAAGCUCUGCUUAUCAYCAAGUUAUCACCACAAGAUCCUUCACCUCCCUGGUGUUCCUGAAGGGAGUACAGAGGAAGGAUACUGGCUACUAUGCCGUUACUGCUAAGAACAGAUUUGGAUCAGACAAGCAAACUAUUGAGGUGAAUGUGGCUGACAUCCCCGAUGCUCCAAAGGGACUUGUGGUCAGCGACAUUGCACGGGACUCUAUCACGCUGACCUGGGAGCCCCCUGCCAGUGAUGGUGGCAGUGAGAUUAUUAACUACAUUGUAGARAAGUGCCCAACCACUGCUGAUAGGUGGAUUCGUGCUGGUCAUACAACAGACUGCAGUAUCACCGUCAUCAACAUAUUUGGAAAGACCAAAUAUCAGUUCCGUGUUAUUGCAGAGAACCAGUUUGGUGUCAGCCUUCCAUCUGCUCCAACUGAGCCCAUUACCACCAAGGAAGACAAAUCUGUGAUCAGGAACUAUGAUGAGGAAGUGGAUGAAGAGAGAGAGAUCACCAARGAGGAAGCUGUGUUCUACAAGGUGAAGGAGCUGUCUUCCAAAUACAUAAUCUCAGAGGAGCUUGCUCGCUCCCAGUUUGGAGUGGUCCACCGCUGUGUGGAGAUUGCCACUAAGAAGACUUUCAUGGCAAAGUUCAUCAAAGUGAAAGGAACUGAUCGCGAGUUAGUCCUCAGGGAAAUAGAGGCUCUUAAUGUUGCAAGACAUAAGAAUUUCAUCUACCUCCAUGAAUACUUUGAAAGCAUGGAGGAGAUUAUCCUGAUCUUUGAAUUCAUCUCUGGAGUUGAUAUCUUUGAGCGGCUUGGUACCAGCAACUUUGAGCUGACGGAACAGGAGAUUGUCCGCUACCUGAGACAGGUUUGCUCUGCUGCCAAGUUCUUACACAGCCAAAACUUUGGCCACUUUGAUAUCCGCCCAGAUAACAUUGUUUACACCACAAGGAGAAGUCUCAACAUAAAAAUUAUUGAAAUGGGACAGUCUCGACUGUUGGUUCCUGGAGAAAACAUCAGAAUGCUGUUUUCAGCUCCUGAGUAUUAUGCACCGGAGGUUCAUCGCCAUGAUCUGGUCACAACAGCCACCGAUAUGUGGUCUAUUGGUGUUUUGGCAUAUGUUCUACUCAGCGGCCUUAAUCCAUUUGCUGCCGAGUCUAUGACAAAGAUGAUUGAGAACAUCUCAAACUGUGAGUACGUCUUUGACAGGGAAGCAUUCAAGGACAUCAGCUUAGAGGCAAUGGACUUUAUAGAUAGACUUCUAGUCAAGGACAGGAAGCUCCGUAUGACUGCUCAUGAAGCUCUAGAACAUCCAUGGCUCAAGAUGAAGAUUGAGCAUGUUAGCAACAAGGUCAUCAAGACACUGAGACACAGAAGAUACUAUCAGUCACUAGUAAAGAAGACUGAUACCAUAGUUUCAGCAGCUCGUGUGGCGUUUGGAGGUGCCUUCAGAAACCAGCGAGGUCUGGAAGUUGGUAGAGUUAAGAUUGGAACUGAGUACCAUGGCUUGCGUGCUGGGCCUGUCAUGCAUGCCUCAGCUGAAGAAGGUGGCCAUGUCAGAUUUACCUGUAGUAUUGUGAACUUUGACAARAGCACUCAGAUAACAUGGUACUUAGGUAACCGUCAGUUACAUCCAAGCCCCAAGUAUGAGAUUUCCUACAGCAACGGCUUUGCCAGUAUUUACGUGAAGGACAUUGAAGAGUCUGAUGAUGGUGUCUACAGAUGCAAGGUGGUGAGUGAUGAUGGAGAGGAYAGUGCCUAUGGAGAACUCUUUGUAGAAACUGUGAGGAGCAUCAGAGAGCACUACAUGAGCCGCACCAUCAGGAAGCUGAGGAGGAGGGUUGACAAAACUAAACUUCUCCAGAGACCACCGGAGUUCACUUUGCCACUCUACAACCGCACAGCAUAUAUUGGUGAGGAUGUGCGCUUUGGUGUCACUAUCACUGUGCACCCAGAGCCUCAUGUUACCUGGCUUAAAAAUGGAGAACAAAUCAAAGAAGAUGACAGGAAGUACACCUUCACAAGUGAUAAGGGCUUGUAUCAACUCAUGAUUCACAACCUUGACAUUGGUGAUGAUGCUGAAUACACAGUCAUGGCCCACAACAGGUUUGGAGAAGACAGCUGCAAGGCUCGUCUCACUGUGAUACCUCAUCCUGUGCUCGAGGACACAAUGAGGCCCAUGUUCAAACGUCUCCUGGCUAAUGUUGAGUGCACAGAGGGAGACAGUGUCCGCUUUGAACUCAGGGUGUCAGGARUUCCCGCUCCUUCUCUUAAAUGGGAAAAAGACGGCCUUCCUCUACAGUUUGGUCCCAAAGUUGUUGUCAUAGAACAGGACAUUGAUUAUCAUGUCCUUCACAUCAGGGAGACUUUGCUUGAGGAUGAUGGAGUAUACAAAGUCACAGCAACCAACUCUGCUGGCUCUGCAAGCUGCCAGGCCACUCUGAAAGUGGACCGUCUCACUUACACUAGAAGAGAGUACAAGAGCGAAGAGGAGAAACUCCGACAUGUACAGAAACAAAUAGAGAAGACCAACAAAAUGGCUCAGCACAUUGCAGCUACUGAGGAACUUGUACCUCUAAACCCAACAGCACAGGAGGCCCUCAAAUUUGCUGCAGAGGUCUACAAACCCGCAGUAAGCACCAAGAACAUCGAAGGCGAAUUUGACAUCACAGAGGAGAAGACRGAGACCAAGAAGCUAGAGGAAGAGAGAAGGAUUUUCAUGCCCUAUGAAAUUCCUGAGCCUGUGGUUCAUGAUCCUAAAGCUCUGGAUGAAGACAAAGCCAUUAAGCAGUUUGUACCUCUGUCUGAYAUGAAGUGGUAUCGCAAGAUACGAGAUCAGUAUGAGGUAUCAGAGAGAACAGAAAGGAUUGUGCAAAAAAGGCAGAGACGUAUUCGUCUGUCCAGGUGGGAGCAGUUCUACGUGAUGCCUCUCCCCAGAAUCACUGACCAAUACAGACCAAGAUGGCGCAUUCCCAAAUUGACAAUGGAUGAUUUGGAGACUGUUAGACCUGCCCGACGUUCACCAUCUCCUGAGUCCGAAGUUUCCUUUAGAUCCAGAAGGAGGUCUCUGGGAGAUCUCAGUGAUGAAGACCUGCUGAUGCCUGUGGAUGACUACCUGACAAGGAAGAGAGCUGAGGAGGAGACAAUGAUGCUGGAAGAUGAACUUGAGCUCGGCUUUUCUGCCUCUCCUCCUGGUAGCCCCAUCCGAGUUCAACGACGUGUCGUUGAACAUGAGGAAAGGAGGCAGGAAGUCAGACAUGAGGCCGCUGAGGUUGAGACAAAGAAGAAACGUACUAUUUCUCAGUACACGAGAAGGAGAAGGUCACUGUCUCCUACCUACAUWGAGCUGAUGCGACCAGUCUCAGAGCUAAUCCGACCACCACAUGCUAGACCUGUGGAAACAGAGGGAGAGAUUGUGGGGAGGAGAUCCCCUACUCCAGAGAGGACCCGUCCUCGUUCUCCCAGUCCUAUUAGGUCAGUGGAGAGGUCUUCCCGCUCCUCCUCUAGGUUUGAGCGAUCGGCACGCUUUGACAUCAUGUCCCGUUAUGAAGCCAGGAAAGCUGCUCUGAAGUCUGAGAGGAAAUACCAGGUUGUGAGUCAAGCGCCUUUCAGCCUUGAUCACGCUCCUCGUGUAACUGUCAGGAUGCGCUCUCAUCGCAUCCCAACUGGUCAGGACACAAAAUUCACCCUGAACAUCCAAGCAAAACCAGAGGCUGAAGUUGCAUGGUUCCAUAAUGGAGUGGAAAUCUCUGAACAUGUUGAGAAAUACAUCUUCACAAACAUGAGUGGUGUUCUGACCAUUACUAUCUUGGACUGCCAAGAAGACGACAGUGGCACAUACCGCUGUGUGUGCUCCAAUUCAAAGGGUGAGGCAUCUGACUACGCCACCCUGGARGUGUCAGGAGGCGGAUACACUACAUUCUCCUCCCGCCGCAAGGAUGAGGAUGCUCCUAAAGCAUUUGUCCCUGAAGUCACACGCAUUGAUCACUAUCACACCACGCACUUUAAGKCUGGCUAUACCUCACAAACCUACYUGGAGGUGGAAGAGAGCAAGUCAAAGCUAACAGAAACACGUGAGGUURUCACACGGGAAAGAAUUGGUGCCUCGGCUGAGAGAUUCUCUUCUGGAGAGCGAUUCUCCUCUGCUGAGAGGUAYGACUCAUCUAUCAAGUAUGCCUCCACUGAAUAUCUUUCUUCUAGUUCCUCAUAUUCUUCAGAGAAGUUUUCUUUAACUGGAAAGCAUGCAACGUCUGAAGAUAAACUGAAAACAUCCUUGACUGCUUCUGAGCAACUUUCGUUGCCCAAGGAAAAACCUUCUCUUCCUGCCAAAAUCCUCACCAAGCCACAGUCYGUGACUGUUGCAGAGGGAGAGACAGCCCGGUUCUCUUGUGACAUCGAUGGGGAACCUGCACCAACUGUGAMAUGGAUACACGAGAGCAAAACAAUUGUAUCAUCUCUUCGUAUCCAUGUCACCACAACUCAGUACAAAUCCAGCCUAGAGAUUUCAUCUGUGACCACAUCUGAUGAGGGCAGUUACACUGUGGUCGUUGAGAACUCAGCAGGUAGACAGGAGGCUCAUUUCACUCUGACAAUYCGCAGGCCACCUCCUAAGGAGGAAAUCAAAGCUGUCAAAACCACUGAGCCACCUGUGAAGUCACCAGCAGCCAGUGUUAAGUCACCUGAGCCCUCAGCRGCAUCCCCUGCUCCUUCCUCAGCACCUAGUAUAAAGUCACCAGAGCCAAGUGUAAAGUCACCAGCUGUAGCAUCUCCUCCCCCUGAAGUUAAGUCACCCACACCAAGUGUAAAGUCUCCUGAACCAGAGGAAGCAAAAUCUGCUAAGAGCAUCAAAUCUCCRGAGCCAUCAGCACCCUCUCCAGCACGCAGCUUAAAAUCACCAACUCCUGGUGUAAAAUCUCCUGAACCGGAAGGAAUCAAGUCACCACGUGGGCUGAAAUCUCCAGAACCCAGACUAAAGUCACCAACACCAGCCAAAACUYCUGGAGGUGUGAAGUCACCAGAACCUGAAGAGGCAAAAUCUCCCCGUGGUGUUAAAUCACCAGAACCUGCAGGUAUCAAAACACCAAGAGGUCUYAAGUCACCAGAACCUGCAGGAAUCAAAACACCAAGAGGCAUCAAGUCUCCAGAACCUCCAGGUAUCAAAUCUCCAAGGGGACUGAAGUCACCUGAGCCUGAGGGAAUCAAAUCACCUCCGAGGGUAAAAUCACCUCCUCCAAUUAUGUCCCCCAAGAGGGUUGUGUCUCCUCCCACUGUGAAAUCCCCGACCCCGAAACCUCCCAAAGUCCUCAGCCAGCUAACAGCUGAGGCCUGCGAGGGUUCAGUCAAGAUGUCCUGCGUCUGUGAGAGCAGUGUMAGGGAUGUGGUGUGGUACGUUAGCGGCAGGAGGCUUUCACAGAGCAGCCGCUUUGAGAUGCACUACUCUGAAGGAUCCUGCAGUCUUCUGAUUCAUGAGCUGGCAGAGAGUGACCAGGGAGAGUACACCUGUGAGAUGACCUCAGAUGGAGGAGUGUCCAAAUCCUCCUUCUCCUUCACUGGUCAGGUGUUUCAGUCCCUAUACAAGAAAGUCACAGCUUACCGAGAGCAGCAAGUGGCACUUAAAGGGUCAAUGAUGGUGAGUCACCAGGAGUCAUCAAAGGCCUCGUCUAUGAUGACAAAGAAAGAAAUCCAUACGAUGGAGGAGUCUUCGGCCUUUUCCUCCUCUGCCCACCAGACAAUGAUGUCAUCCAUGAUGGAGUCCAGCUCCUUCAGCAGCAUGGCAGCUGAGAUGAAGUUUGAGACCAUGUCAAUGUCCAGCAUGUCCUCCAUGACAUCUGAGACGUACGCCAUGAGCUCCAGCAGUCUCACAGAAAUGACAUCCCACAUGGAGGGAACCUCAAUGAGAGCAAUCGGUUCUGCUCCGAGAAUUGAAGCUUUGCCAGAGGACAUCAGCAUCGAACCUGGCAAAGUCCUGACAGUCGCUUGUGCGUUCUCCGGCGACACCAAGCACAUAGAGUGGUCCCGCUCAGGCAAGACGAUCAACGUGUCCACGGGUGGACGAUUCCACAUCGAGACCACGGAGGACCUGACCACCCUCAUCAUCACAGGGGUGAAGGAGGAAGACGCCGGCGCCUACACCCUCAGACUGUCCAAUGAGCUCGGAUCGGACUCAGCAACCGUUCACAUCAGCAUUCGAUCGGUGUAAAAAAAAAAUCUGAUAUUACAAAUGUCCCCUUUUCCCUCCUUUCAUGACUUUUUAUUUAUUGAUGAAACACAGUAGUCUACUUGAUAAGGAUCUGGAAUAUUCUUGUAAAUAGGAACUAUUUUUGUACCAAACCUGACGUUAAUUUAUGCCAAACUAGACUAAAGUCUAAAGUUGUAAAAUGUGCCAUAUUGGAUAACUAUGACUUAGGAUGUUUGAUCCAUUUUUCUUUGACAUGUACAUAAUGUAUAUAGCCGAGUUUACCGGUUAUGGGAAAUGUAUGCAUUGUUAUUUAUGACAAUAAUAUUAACUGAAACUUAAAGAAACUAAAUAUAGUUUAACAGGAGAAAGUUUCCGYUGGAACGAAUACCCUGCUAAACUGGGAAACUAAACUCUGUGCCUCAACGAUAAGUUGAAGUCUUUAAGUUUGCCUCAACAGGUAGAGAGGCUCCCUGUUGAUGUUAUGAACCGGAGACAAAACUUUGAGCGCGCCGCUGCGAAGGGAGCGGCGCUUUAGUUUGUAACAGGAGCAUGAGAUCCUGAGUGCUGUUUGCAUCUACCCUCAUGGAAGCAGGACGACUGGACCUCAUGUGCCGACUGAUUAUGUCAUACUGCCAUUUCUAUGACAGGCUCACAGUGCGAGCGGCCUGCACUGCUUGAGUCCAAAGUGKUUUUUUUUGUUUUGUGCUCUGAUUCUGGAAAACGACCGUCGGCUCAGACUCUUCCGUCGUUCCAUCAACCUGGCCAGAGUCCUGCCGGCGCUCGUUUUCAGAGGCAGAGCUGCCUCUCGGAGGUCUGCAGUGUGCUUGUGUGUUAGUUUGWAGAGGUUCACCCAUCGGUCCACAGGGUGGCGCCAAUGAGACRACAAGCAGCCACAAACGCCUGCGUGCCGUGUCCUUUGGUGUCAUCCUGCACUUUGUUGGAUUGUUGGAAGUUAGCUGUAGCUUUCAGUGUUUUGCAGUCUCCUUGAGUUUUUCUGCAAUUAUUGAUUUAAUAAAGCAUGAUCAUCAGCACUA